CUGAAGGUGAGGCUAAUACAUCAGUCCAACAGGAAAUGAGACUUCAAAGCAGGCUGGCUCGAGCUCUCGCCUUUCAAUACCAUGUCUGGAUCCAAGUACUCAACUCAGACAUUUAAAUGAGCUGGCAUGGAGGCAAGCCCACACACACUAACCCAUACACACACAGACUAUUGUGCCUCCUGCAUUCAUAAGGAUAACUGCAGACACAGGCACACGCAUACGCAGCAGCAAGCAGGCAUACAGAAGAAAGAGCUGAUUUACAAUGGCAAAUGGAUGGUAAUACAGUAGUCAGGCUAAUUAGCUGACUGUCUUGAUUACAUUCUUCUAAUGAACAUUCAAAAUGAUGGUACUGACUCUGUCCAGCAGAGCUGUUUAUGUAACCAUUAUGCUAGCUGUAAUGAGCUAUGAAUAGGCGCUGUGCUUUGGUGUUUAUUUCACUCGGGACUCUCUCAGGCUGAAUGGCGUGAAAUUCACUUAUUAUGAAGCAGAAGUCAGCUGAGGAUUGUCUGGAAGAAAGACUCCACACAGUGCUCUACAACCCACAGCCAUAUAGAGUGAAUUUAAUCAGGAAAUGACAGUCACACUGCAGAGUAAGUCAGAGGAUUCAUUUUAGACUCAUUGGGAAAAUGUUUUUUGAUGCAAUGCAGUGUAAAUGUCACAGUUAAACAGGUUUAACUGAUCUGCAGACAGUCUCUGUUCCACUUGUUGCAUUCAGGCAUGACAUAAAACAUUAUUGUUUCAGAGGUAGAGGUGCAGAUAACUGCAUUAGGGAGUUUACAUAGGAAUCAUAUAAUGAAGGUCUCAACCGUUGUAAAUUAACUGUAACAUCAGGUCCAUGCCUGUGUUCCCACAGCCUUAUGUUCCUACAGUCCAAUAGUCCCACAUUUGAGAUUUAUCACACAGUGCAUGUUCUGCUGCAAGGACACCGUUGUGUAAAUACAUGUGGAAAGAUGUCUAUGGGUGUGAUGUAAUGCGUACAAAAUGGUUAGUGUACAGAGGUGGAAACAAUUAUCCUUGUAAAGGACGAUAAAAUCUAAAAUAUAAUCUAAUAUAUCCACAAUGUAUCCAGGGAACACAGGGCCUAAUUUUCUGUGACAAAGAAAAUGUUAAAAAUGUGGGAACAUAGGAAUGAGCCCGUAACAUCCAUGGGGAAUUUCUGCAAGUUGUGAGACAAUCAGCCUCUCUUGUAAGGUUAUUUUAGUGUAUUAUAACAUGACCAUUUACUUCUGUUUUCUAAGGUGUCAGUUGGGUCUCAAAAUCCAUUUCAGGAUUUUUACUGAAAAAAAAAAUAAUAAUAAAAAAAGGAGUUUAGAGCGCAGUCCACUUUGUGCAGCAUGACCCCUGUCACUAUGGCAGUGGAUCUAGUUCAGGGCCGUUUUCAGGCUGAAUUCCCUCUAAAGCAUCCCACUGAAAGUACCUUUUUUCUGUGUCUCUGACACUGAAAAUGGCCAGAUCUUCACUAUUUUGCUCAUCUUGUUAGUUAACUGUCUAUCUUUAUGCACCAAUAUGAGGUUCAGAGUUUGAUUGUCAAACUAUCUAAAAGAUCAACUGUCCAAACUAGGGACCCUCAAACACUGUUUGAUUAACAAAACAAGAGCUUUUUACUCACCCUGUGUGUAAAUUUUCCAACAAACAUAUCAACCACAUCAAAAAAUAAAAUCGUGCAUUGAAUGGGUCCUUGUGCUUUGGUGCUUUGGUACUGUGUGAUGAAACCAUGACUGAGGACAGAGUCGAUAACACAGGCUCUCCUCAAACAUGUGAAAUUUGGAUCAGACUGUAAACGACAGUUAAUGGUGGGUCUUACUGGAAGCUGGGCACACCGCCAUGAAUCUGGUAACUGUAAUUUAUCUCCAAUUAAAUUUUCUUUCACGCUGUCAUUUUCAUGUUGUCCGAUUACACUGCAUGAACGCAAGCAAGCAAAGAGCCGAGAGAGCUGGUUCUCGCUGAACCAAAUGACCAGGAAUCAUUAAAGAGAGCUGUAGACAGUUUGAGUAAGAUCACAUGGCCUUUGUAGAUUUAGGCUAAUUGGUCACUUUGACCUCUAUCCAGACCAUCUGAAGUGCACACCGCACGUUGAGUUAAGGCAAGCACAAAAUCCCGGCAUUACAUAUGGUUUGGGGUGCAAAUUUUACCUCUCCAUUCCUCUCAAUCCAUGGGCAUCAUAAUUGGUGGUGGUGGUUAAGGAUAGUAAAAAAUGGAAAAAAUGAAAUGAAAUACUCAGUCAGGUUUGAGCAUCUUUGUCAGUGUGUGUCUAUUUCUGCAUGUGCUUGAGAGAAUGCAUCCAAGAGCUUGGUCUUAGUCCCAGACUGUGGCUACGGUGAAACAGACGUGUGUGUGGUCCUAAUGUUGAGGGUGUCCUUGUCUUCUGCCAUCCUUGGAUCAGGUCAGGUUAAAUGUUGUGUGGGAGUCUGGGAGUCUUACAUGUUUAGAUGGAUCAUGAAAAGCCUAGAAGAAGCUUGUUUAACCUGUAAAUUUACAAUCCUUGAUUUUGGGCUUUGGGUAACCAAGCAAGUGGCUUUUGUUGUUGAUCUAGAUGCACUAAAAUACCAAAUGUGUUCCAUACUUUGUUCUUUUUGGUGUAGGUGGACUCCUUUUGAAAAUUAAAAACAUGCAUUAUGGAGCUGUUUUGCUUUGCCAUUGCACAGGACCUCUUGCAUACAUACAUUUUCACCACUUUUAAUGUCUGUGCCAAGUUUUUUUUUUUAACCCUGAGACCAAGUAUAAGAUAUAUUUUGGACUGUAAUGUGCAUUGUAAUUGCAACCUAGAAAAGUAACAUGGUUCUAUAAGGUCUUUUGGAGAUAUACUUACAUAUAAAGCUCCUCAACUCUCCAAGUUAUUUAAGGAUAAUAGUGCAAGGAAGGUGAAUCAGCCCCACUUGUCUUUUUAAGAGCUCCACAACUCUUUAAAUUUUUUAUUAUCCAAUUUACAGCCUAGUAAUGCUGCUUCCAGAGGGGUUACCACUGAAGUAGUAUAGCAGAUAAUAUGCAGAGGAAUUCUGGCAGGAAAUGAUGUGCAGUCUGUGAAAUUGAAAUAUGCAGAGCUUCCUUUGUUGGAAGGAAAACAAUGUUAUUUACUAUAGUCUGCUAUGUGUAUGUAUUACACUAAGACCGUGAACUGUCACAGAUUCAUUAAACAAAUUAUAGGCUCCUGUUUCAAAGCUCUCCAAAGUGGUCUGAUCGAGACCUCCACUGUGCUCACUGAUAAUGACUGACACCGUAUGAUAGCCUACAGAUUUCUAAUCACACAGCACAUACAGUCGCUCAAUAGGAGGUCUCAAAUCAAUUUACAUAUCUGACACUCUCAAAGAAAGCUUUACAGGCUUUUAGAUUUCUUUUGAUAUUUUCUGUCUGAUCUCUUCUGCGUGCGGACUACCCACCUUCACAAGCACUGCAGGAAACAGUGGGCUAUAAGCAGCGACAACAGCGAUUCAAUCUACACUGCUGUUAUUCCCAGGGAGUACUGUAACAGAGUGUGAACUCUUUCAUGAAAGUUGUUUUGUCACUGACUUUUUCAUUCUGUCAGUCUGCCUCUCUCUCCCACACACACACUGAUAAUGUUAGUGGCCGCCUCUCUCUGCAUCACUAACUUUGUUGUAGGAACCAUGCAGGUCAGUAAAAGGGAUGGGAAGACUGUGAAAUCCGACAAAAUGGAGUUUCAACAUUAGAAGAAAAGUUGGUGAAGUUUGAGGGAGAGAGGGAUGAUCUUGUUAGUGAGCAGAGGGGCUGCUGAAGAAUAUGCACAGGAUGCACAGUUUGUUGGAUUUACAAAAGCCGUUUAAAUAUAUACCAAACUAUUACAUACCUAUCCAACACCCAAAUAACUGUUUUGCUUAUCAUAAGUUAAAGACUCACUCUGAUGAAAAUCAUAUUUUUUCUUGUUGUCUACGUGUUCAUAUGGCAUUUUUCUGAUGUUAGAGGACAUAUGAGGACAGUAAGUGCUAAAUUCAAUUUCUCAGUAUUUCUGUAAUCAAAUCACUGUAAAUCUUUGGCAAAUCUAAGCGGCAGGUUCAGAAACUGAGAUUUCCUAUGUAGCAAAUCCAAGCUCCACCCCUAGAGCCCUGCUAUGCAGGUCAGACUUGCAAAAGUAGAGAGGACAAUCGCAGAACAAGCAUGUGAGUUAGCAGAUUGCAAUGCUCAUAAGAAAGCUAAUUAUGAUAUUAACUUUCAUCAUGUCCCCAAAGACAUUAGUGUCUGAGAGCUGAAUAGCUCCUAUGUUACCUGUUACUUCUAUUACACCGUUAGGCUACAAGCUAGCAUGAAGAGGAGUGUGCAGAGCAGCAAUGUCUCCGCCCAUGACUCAGAGGCGAAUUGCUAAUGAGCUACUGGAUCUCUGCAGAUGAAAAACCCUUGAAAAUGACACAGGUAACGUGAUUUUGGGUAAAAAUAUCCUAAUCACAACUUACAGACCACUGAGAACAGGAUCAUAUUUAGGGGUUUUUUUCUUGGAUGCUAUCUGCUGUCUUAAAGACCCACUGGCUUUCCUGCAGUGCAACUAAUAGGCCUGAGACCUCAUUUAUCUUCAGAAAUGUUGAAUCAGCUAACUUAAAAAUUUCACAAAAUAUGGGAUAAUAAUUUGAUAAUAAAUCCAAUUACCUUUACAGAUUGCCACAUAAUAGAUAACCAUUAAUUCAUGUUCACAUUUUUGUUACCCUUGGGAUGAAAUGCAGUAAUUUGAGGGAACCUCUGACUUCAUCUAUUCUUCAUUAAUGGGUCAAUUUUCAAUUAUUUGGGGAAUUAAAUUAGAUUUUUUAAAUUGUCAUCUGUGAGGGAAAUUCAACCAAGCUUUCCCCUCCAGUGAUAUCUUCUCCAAAAGAGCAGAUGCUGGAUGAGAAUGCACUUUCCACUUCAUAAAUAACUGAGCAGAGAGGUAGGUGGAAGAGAGCAGACACCGGGCAGACUGAAUUAGUCCUCACAGAUGGCUGUCUGAUUCUGCAACAUUUAUGGACGACAGGCUGUCAUUUUAUUUUUUGUGUUUAUCAUCAUUAGGUAAGCUGACAGGGCCAAAGCAUUGUUUGGUUUCACUGCCCUCUCCAGAACACAAACAGAAUUUGCUGACUUUUGGCGGACGCGACUCUUCGCUGUUCCCUCAAUCUGCUUGUCAUAGUAGAUACAAAAAAUAUCCACGAGUGGCUGCAACAUUAAAAUCUUGUGAUUUAUUCAUUUUGAUUCUAGACCAUUGACUGUGUGUUAAUAUGGAUGUCACACCUUCAUCUCCUCCUGUUGUGCUAAAGGAAGUCAAAAUACCACCUCAGUGGGCGCUGACUUAUUGAACUGGUGAUGUAUUGUGGAGCCAAGAUGUGUAGAAGCAAUCAGGCUGGAGGAGCCAAGGGAUUGACAUCACAGCCCUCUUCCUAACGAAAACACAAAUUUCACCCACCAGUGAAAUGUUACAGAUCCCUCAAGUUCGUACAGGUCAGAGUAGCAUUGGAGAAACUAUAAUAACCAUGGUUUUAUGAACGGGAUAACUGUUGAACCAAAAUUUGGCGUGUUUUUUCUCUUUGGUUAUUUCUUUUCUCUUUUCACACAGUUGGGAUUGAUAAUCAAAAAAGUCACCUAGUCUUAAUUUACCAUUUUAAACAAAAAACAAUGAGACAUUUUCUAUUAAUUUGCUUAUUUUGACAGUUCAGUAAAAGGACAGUCAGAUGGCAAGCUAGAUGACAUGAUAAAAUGUUCAGAAUAAAAGCAAAGAAGAUCACUUAAAAUCCAGUUCAUCAUAAAACCUCACAUAAAUAAGAAUAACUUCAAAAUUGUUUGGCGAUUUCAAGGGAUCUGCAACAGUGAACAAUAUAAUUAUGGCCCUACAGCACCCAACGAUUUCCACAUUAAGGGGCCAUAAACACCCCCAUCAGUCCUUUCUGGCACCUUUUCCAGUUCAGACAUGUCCACUUGUGUAUCUGAUCCUGCAACUUCAUGACAGCCUCUGUAAUACAUGAAGAAAAGCAAAAUUACUGUAUGUCACAGUGUGACACAAGACUUGCAUCUUUAUCUCUGCUGUGAUGUAGUGAGCAAGUCACUCAGUUUUUAUAUUUGCUACUGAAGGUUAAGAAAAAGGAGAGGAUGAUUUUUUUAAUUUGAGUUCACAUUAAAGUUGAAGGUGCACCUCGAUAAUUAAAGUAUAAAUUAAGAUACGUGGGUCACUUCUAAUUAGCUUUGAGGGGCAACAAGAAAUGUUCAGUAUGUAAUGUGAUCAGUUUCACCACUUGUUCAAAGCUAAAUCUCAAGUGAGGGGGUGAGUGGAAAACUUAUUUGUGAUGGGUGAGCGUGGUAAGACAUGUUCCCUUUCUGAGAAGUUGUCUCUACAUCAGACAGGAGAUUUUUUUUUUUUUUCUAUCAGGACAUCAUGGACAAAAUUUUUAAAGCUCCUGUGAGUAUUUUUUAUUUCUAUAAAGUUGACUAAAAUUUAGAUGGAUUCUUGUUCAUAGUAUCUAAAAGCAAAAAAGACCAUCAGUAGCAAGACUAAUGAAUUUUUCAUUGUCAUUUUUAAUGCAUGGACCCAGUGUAAGGGGUUAGGUGCCAGACCAUGCCUUACUCAGAAGUCCAAUAACAAAACUUACGAAAACUUUGACGGCAUGUUUUUCUGUUUUCCAACCAUGAGCUGUGACAAUGGGUUGUCUAAAGUGCUGUUUGAUACAUGAGCAAAAUCAACAGAGGUCACAGCUCAUCUAUCUUCCUCCAACUUGCAGUCACACAGAGGGGACCCUCUCAUACUCCAACCCAGCGGGGUCUGGGCAUGGCUUGUAAGCAUCCUCACACUCAGCUCUUCUCACCUCAGUUAACUUGGUGAAAAAGAGAGAGUUCAAACCUUUUCUGAGAGUUUUUGUACUUUUCAUGGUUUGAGUCUGACUGUAUUUUGCUGAUUUCAGUCCUCCGUCUGCACAGGCUCCUGUGUCUUCCCUGCCAGAGAGGUGACAUUUGGUGUUUCUUGAACCAGAACAGUCUGCUCUGUAGGAGAACAGCAGGCCAAGAUUUCCUCUUCUGCCUGUCACUUGGCUCUUGUUAUUCUCAGCCUCUAUGCCUAUCCCUUUGUGUUUUUGGCACUUUUCAAGCUGAACCACUUUGAGCUCACUAGGCCAAGGCCCAGUCUGGCUCUAGGGUGAAUGCCCAGGCUUCCCUUUUUCUGGAUGGGAAGCACAAAUUUGUCCUUACUGAUUCAUAGUGGUUAUGUGAAUCGCUCUUCAGUUUAAGCCCUGCGGGAUUUUUGCCUUGAGGUUAAUGUCCCUGACAAAGCAGCUCCCGGGGAAAUAUAAAACACGAACCUAUCCAGCAGGCUGAUGUAGCCGGUCUUGAACCCUUUUUUAACGUCAUUUUCAGACACUUUUUUUUUUGUUUGCUUUUUUUGUCUUGGCUCCUUUUUCUAUGCUGAAUAAUGACAUCUUAAUUUACACCCAAAAUGCUUAUAGUGUAACAGCAUGAUUGAUGUGAGAUGAAGAUGCUGAUCAAGUGUUAUGAUUAGCUGUUCCUGGAUCGGUCACAACCAUAGACUGUAUCUAUGGACAACUUGGUUCCUCCUUCUGCCAGUAUACAGAUUUGAAGCCAAAAAGCUCUCAGUAUUGCUGGGUUUUUCGUGAAUCCAACAUUGCACAGUAGUGUUGUACGCUUUUACACCUGGAGUCACUGUGAUGACGCUUGGCUCAAACAGCGUAUCCCCAUGGGUGAGCUAUGCAAUCUUCGUACACCCAUAGGCUGUAUCAAGUGUCAAUCAUAGAAAACAUGAACCCCUAAUAACUUUUAAAAAUGGAGCUGCACAGAAAAAAGAGGACUUGAGCACAAAUCAGUCUUACAGUAACUCCACAGCUCCAUAGGGAUUGCUGGAGGAGGCGGGAUUUAUGACCUAUACUGCAGCCCGUCACCAGAUGGUGCUGUUCUCACUGUGGCUUCACCCAGUGAGCAGGCAGAUGGCGUCCAGUCUAUAUACAGUCUAUGGUCACAGCAUAAACCAGUAAAGGCUGUAGUUGUAGCACAAAACACGAUGUUGAAGUCUCAAUAGUGUAGCACAUUUCCCUGGAUUAGAGGCGUAAAUUUGUUCUUACUCAAUGUGCUCUAUGGAGGAACACGUGAAAUAGUUAAAAGUCGAGCUGCUAAAAUUGGGAGUAUGAGGAGAAAAGUUAAUUAACAUAUGUCUGCUGUUCUUUAAGCUGUCCCCUGAGAGAUACUUCUUUCUUUGCAUCUUUCUUUUAUCACUGUUCCACUCUUGUUAUCUGUGUCUUCUGUUUUUCCCUUUUAUUUGCUGAGGGAGCUUAGCUUUAUACCUUUACGCUAUUGUGUCUGUUUUUUUUCUUCACAUUCUCAGUCUGUAGUUGCAUGGACGUUGUGUUUUUUCCCUUUGUCCUUCAUUCCCCUCUGUCUGACAGAUGACAAAGUAAUUAGUUUGUUCUUUGCACAUUUGUACUUAUACUUUCAACAGACAGAGGAUUAUGUUAAUUGCCAUGCCACAUUUGACACUAAUGACUUCGCGAAGCAAAACACCCAAAUAUGCACAUGCAAAACUAAAAUGCUGCUGGUGCACUCAGAGGUAUAGAGGCAUAAUUUAACUCCUGGGAAGCGUCUUUGUUGAAAAAAAAAUCCAUGCGCAAAACAUGAGUAUAUUUAGGUUUCUAGACUGCAAAACAACCGUGACCCAGCAGAAGUUUCAGGGUUUGUUUGCUUGUAGCUGUGUUUACUCCUGUGUUCGUCUCACCCAAAGCCACUUUCUCUUGGGGUCACUAAUGCUCCGCGAAGCUACUCGAUGUGUUCCAUUUCACAGAAAGCAAGUGUUUACCAAGUGUUUACAACCCCUUUUCACCUCUAUCCCAUCACUUUUUAUCCUCUCUUUCUCACUUUUUUUCUCUCCAGUUUUUCUUUAGUCCCCUUCUUCUGUCACUUUGUCAGUCGUCUCCGCAGUAAUCGAGUGGUUGUCAUCCCUGAUUCACAGAGUGCGACAGGUGUAUGUGAGAGCUUAGUGUCGCCCAUCAUUGUCCCAGUCAGCGCUGUCUCCUCUGCACUCGCAAUGCAUCAUAUCCAGGCAGGCAAAUUCAUAUCCACACACCUGGAUGUGUUUUUGAGUGGCUGCUCAUACCCCAAACUGCUCGGCAAUACACACAGGCACCCAAGAAGUAAAUACGACAGGAUAUGGAAAAAUAAAAAGCGGUCAUCCCAAGAUUUUUCACUUUGUAAACCUAUCAACUAGAAGAUUGAAAAGGACCUUCUCUAUCCCCAGGCGACUUAUUUCAAUCAUAAUCAUCUUCCCCUCAGACACCCAGAGGGCUGGAAUGGAUUUUACAAAACUGGCACCAUGUAGAUGUAUUGAAACAGUGGUCACCGACGGCAACGAUAUGACAGCCAGCCUGUGAUAAAAACAGAGUAAAAACUACUCCAGCGACAAUCACAGCUCAGAAUGAUCUUAUCCAACUAUCACACUAUGGUCUCAUAUUCCCUAACUGCUAUCUUUUGCGUCAUACUUUUUUCAUCCCCCUUCUUCUGAAUGCACCAAAUGUGAGCUGAGUCCUGCUUUAAUGCUUCUUUUCACUCAAAGCUCCUGUGAGAUUUUUAACUGGUUGUGAAAUUGAUUGAAAUGAAUAAUGAUUUUUCUUUUACAAGCUACAAAAACAACCAAGGCUAUCUGCAACACAACUGAAAAUGUUUUAGAGACUGCAGUAAAGUGGGUGUAAGACCAAAUGAUUAAUAGCAGGGUGAAGGAAAAAGCCUUUUAAAUGUUUUUAAGAGCAAAAUGAGUGGUAAAGUUGGUCGUUAAAGCCAUUUACAGGACGAAACCAGCAACAGAUAAGUACAGAUUUGUUUUAAAGGGGUAUUACGGCAGAAAUUUUAAGGCAUGGUCAAAAACGCCCUAACACAGAGUUAGACACCCCCUUGAGAGAUGAAUGUUGCUGACUGCUUGCUUCUCGAGUUAUACCAACUUUAGUAACUGCCGCAUGAUAGCAAUACACAGCGGUCUAUGUCUCCACAUACAAACCUCAAUCAGAAAGCCACUCUAUUGCCACAAAUAAAGCUCAGAACAGCACCUAACUUCAUCAACAGCCAUAGUACAAGCCAUCAAACAUCUUUUUAGCUUUGCCUGGUUUCUUUAGCAAAGAGACCAAACACAGCUCACCCACUCUCCUCCAGCAGCUGCUUGUUUGUAGGGGAGCCCUGACGAGUCCAUCACUCAGAACGUUUACAUGAUGCUCAAGAAAACUGAAUUAUUGCCUUACUCUAAUUACAACUGGACAGCUGAAGUGAUGGUAAACAUUUUAGUCUGACUAUAACUGGAGUUUGAGAACUCCGAUUUGAGUCGGAGAACUCCGAUUAAAACACCCAGAUACUGGAAUUAGAUUUUCUCUACCAUGUAACCAGCGUAGUUGGAGUAUGAUCAGACAAUGCAUGUGCGUGUGCGCCACGCAUCCGUAACCCUGGAGCAAAAAUACCAGAGAAGAAGUGGCACUAUCAUUUUAAGAACUUUUGACUCAGAAGCAACUGCAACAUGGCUGAAGCAUGAAAGCAUGUCCACUUUUGGAAUGACGAGAGUGCCGUUAUGCUCUCCCUCCUGACAGAAAUGGACAUUGAGGAAAACAGACAUCUUUAAAAAAGGUCUGGAAACAGCACAGCUGAAAAGCCCCAUAUUGCCCCCUAGUUUUGGUAAGGAGGACACGUUCACGUCAAUAAUUCUAUUUUCACAGCUGCAUGUAUACGCGGACAAGGAGAGAAGUCAGAUUCGGCAAAAGAAACGAAUUAUGAGCUUAAUCCGAGCUUAAUCUUCAUGCAGGAGUCUCAUAUAGAGAAACUAUUUGCUCAGUUCUGCAGAGUACAUCUUACAUUUAAAAAAAAAAUCCCACCAGAAAACAAAAAGGUGACUGAGGACAUUCAUUGUUCACAGAGAAAAUACUACAUCUGAAAAUAUCUUUAUCUUCUGCGAAAAAGAAAGUCUUCACAGGUUUACCUUAUUGUGCUAUUUUGCUAAAGUUUGGAAACUUAAAAGUCACUUUUCUUCUUUCACAUCGUGUUUCCGUUCUGCUCUAUUCACUUAGAAUUUAGCAGCUUUCUGCUUUACAACACUACAGAGCAGUUUAGUGCUUUUGCUUUAUAGAUGCAGAACCAUCGCCAAGCUGAAAUGUGUUUUCAAUAAUGCCUCCUUAGCUGCCUCCUGAAAGAUAAAUGUUUAAUAAAGGCUCUCAAUCCUUUUAGAAAAUGCUAUUGUAAAUCUCGCCAUUUUCAUCAUGUCUUACUGCCGGCAUCAUUUGUUUAAUAGCGCCGCCGCUUUGUUACAUUCAGGUUCAUUUGUGACUCACUGCCAAAGCCACCUCAGCUGAGUUGCAUUUAUCUUCCCAAGUUCUUACAGUAAAGUAACAGGACCUCUCUUACUGGAAAAAUGCUAUUUGUUUAUGCCCUCCAUUUGAACAUGGAAAAUAUUGAAAAUUUGAUGGAUUGUACCCCCUAAACAGAAAAAAAAAAACACAGCUACAAGCUCUGGUAGUUGUGGGAAUGAGCAGCAAGUUUGAGUUUGGUGUAAGAGGGGCUGCAGAACUGGCCAAGUGUGAGCCAGAGCUACAUAGCUGCUGUCAGGCAGAAACCUUGUAUACCAAAAACCACAUAAUGAUACAUAAAAUUUGAAUUAUAAUGAGAAUGAUUAUACUAUCCUGGUGCAAAAUCACAGGUCUGAAAGCUGAAAAUUAACAGUUGAAAAUCAGCUGAUGUCAAGUGUCCUCAUUUGCACCAGCAGGAGGAUGAGGUGUAUCGUUGCACAGGGCGGUGAACGAACUGUCAGUUUAAUCAAUGUAGCUCCCUCGUGCCACACAUACAAACUACUGUAUAACAGAAAAGCUCAUUGUAGUGUUUCCACAGGUGUGAUGUUUAUUUUUUAUUUUUUUUUAAUUUAUCAUCAGAAAAGAGUAAUCAUGACUCACACAUAAAUAUAUUUUGCUGUCUUUCUGCAAGAAACACCAGUUUUAACAUCUAAAUCGGCCAUCUCUUCCGCUUCUUCUUCUUCUUUUUAUUAUUUUUAUAACUUUUUUUUUUUAAUGUGCCCCUGCCUCCAUCACCCACUAAACCCUUCAGUUUUCCUGCCAGGUAGCGGAGCGUAUUCAGAAGUCUUUAAGAUUUAUGUGAAUACUUAAGUGAGGCAUCCAACAGAAGAAGAGUGGGAGUGACUGCAGCUUAGUGGCAAAGUUGAUUGUUUCUCAUCAGUGAGGUUAGGGUUUGUCCCAGGUCCUGCAAUCCCCAUGUCGAAGUGUCCUUGGGCAUGACACUUUACCCCAUCUUGCCCCCUCAUGUGUGAAUGCUAUUGGUUAAUACUGACUGGCUCCCAAGAUAGCAGCCUCUGCCAUCAGUGUGGUGUGCUUGGGUGAAUGUGGUGUGAUUUAAAAGUGCUUUGAGUGUUUUUUGCAGGUUCUUUAUUGGUAAAAAUUAAAAACUUUUGUAGGAAGAUGAAAAGAAAGUAGAUAAAACAGCAAAUAAAGGCAUGCACAUUAGUCAGAAGAUAAAAAAAAAAACACAGAAAAGCGCCGGGAUGUCUUAAGAUUCAAAAAAGGUUUCUGAUAAAAGAUGGUUUGUGAGAGAUUUAAAAGAAGCUGAAGAUGUGCAGUGUUUUAUAGUUACUGGCAGAGCUCCACAGUCUGUGCUCAGAUUGCAAAGAUCAGUCAUCUUCGGCCACAAGCUGGGAUCUUGAAACAUGCGGCAGAGCUUAAUGUACUGAUGUCAAGGCAAUGCCUGGAUAUCUAUGGAUGCAUUCAUGACAUUGGUGAUGCUUUAGUUAGGGUUCGCUGGUUACAAUCCCAGCACGACUGACAUUAAACCAUCAUUGUAACGGCACUAGACUGUCAAUCAUUUCUGAGAUCAUCUAAAGAAAACGUCAGAUCCCAAAGAUGAAAUGCUGUGUGCAAAUUUAAAACACCUGAAAACAAACAAACAAAAGUAGGAUUGAUGACAGGGGCUGUGAGUGAUAAAGCUGUUAGAUGUGUGUGUGGGAAUUUUGAUCAAAUGAGAUCAGCUGAAAGAUGAAGCAUUGAGGUUUACCACUUCACUUAAUCUGGAAUGACAGCGCUGCCUUUCAUCAAUCUGUCUCAUUUAUCUCCACUGAAAACACACACACUCACAAACACCCAUGCACACACACAAACACACAUACACAGCUGCAGAUACUCAAACUUCUCCAAACUUUAUCCAUAAACAGGAAACCUUAUGUUCUCCUCAUGCAACAGGUAUCUCUUCUUAUACAGCCAUGCCAGCAGAUAAAUAGUUAAAGGACAAUCACGCCUAGUCCCACUUAAAAUUUACCCAGGGUCCAUUGCUUCUCACUGUGCUGGUAAACAACAAACUGCAAGCAGGCAGACAAAGUUCAGUAGUCUACUCAACUGUGAAAUAGACUUCAAAUCACACGUAAUUACUGCAUAAUGAGCCCAAUGUGUUCGGUACACGACCCCUACAAUCAUAAUAAAUUAAUUAAAGUUUUAAUUACUUAAUCUCCAUGGGGUAUUUGUAUGCUAAAAGGGUCGAGAAGUUCUGAUCCUACACUAUUUUAAUGCCUAUCUAAAACUUUCUUGAGUGACUCGAAGCUGUUGGAGUAUUUAAAUUAACGGACUUAUGAGGAAACACUGAAAAAAUGUCAUAUCAGCACCAAAAGUUUCCUGUCCCUGUGCCUUAAGUCAUUAAAAUGCUGUAUGUAAUUAUUUUUGCAUUUGGUGCAUUAAAAGCUGACCAAUUUAAUCCCAGUUAAUCAAAACCAAUCAGUGCCUAGUACAACUUUCAAAAAUUAAAGGAACAGUAUGUGCUUUUCAAAGAAGGUUUAUAUGAGGUAAAUAAAGUGUAUUACCCAUAGGGGAUCUUGGUGAACCUGGCCCCUUCAUUGAGAAACCAGAUGGGAAACUGGCACAAAAAGUAGGCUGUCAUAUGUUACAGACAAGUCAAUUUUACCAUCUUUAGUAGCACAUAAAAGCUCAUAUCAGGAAUCAAUGAACGCUGUAUUUGUAGUUGUUUGGUCUUGAUCUUGUUCAGCUGGUGGGAUUAUGUUGACAAAAUCCAGCAAAGACUGUAUUUUCUAUCUGGACUCAGAGUGUGCGGGGAGGACCAUGACUGUGUUUGGAGAGUAUAAUCAGGUGUGGGAUGUUGACAAGCUAUACCAGCCUCCUUGCACAGUUUGCCUGCUUGCCUGUUUGGUCCAGACGACUAUAAAGGUCAUGGGCGGGACUGAAAACCUCUCUCCCCUGGCAAUACAUGAGCAGUCUGCUCUAAAGCAAGCACAGAGAGUGUUGUCCAACUCAUCACACAUCCUCCACCCUGAGUUUAAGCUCUUCCCCUUGGGCAGACAAUACAGGGUCCCCCACUGUAAACUGACCAACUCUAAAAACUCCUUUGUUUUCAGUCCCUUCUUCUCUUACCCUCUUUUCCUUUUACCCGAUGACUUCUAUUUCCAUCCAUCACCCCAUCUAAAAGAGAUUAGUUUUUUUUUCUAUUAUUCUUGCAUGCCAAUAAAUUCUAAUCUUUUUUCAUUUGCAGAUUUAAACAAUCACUUUAUCACCAUCACCAAGUGGCAAAUCGAUUUAACAUGAAGGUUUUUUUGAAGGUCUAAAUCAACCACUCAAGACCAUGACCCCUUGGCACAUCACUCCCACCUCAAAACACAUGUUGCCCAUGUUGUUUCCCUGGUCCAGUCCACUUCAAUUUCUCUCCCCUGAUUGUUCCAUCGCUCUCUGCUUGCAGCCUCUUUUUGCAGUGACCUUGCAUUACCUUGCUUUACUGACUUUGGGUCGGCCAAGGUUGUACAAUUGCCUUUUCCUUGUUUCAGGUUAUACGCUGCCUCCUCUGUCCUUGGUAGACUUUUGAUUUACGGAUACUCUUGCCAUGGAGAUGUAAUAUGCAGCCAGUAGCUUUGAGCAAUAAAAAAGAAGGAGGUGAAAUGAGAGGUACUUUUUGUUGUAAAGUGAUAUCGACCUGUGAAUGCUACAUUCUACAUGUAAUAAAACUGUUUCUGCACUUUUCUGUGUGCUCGGAAAGGUCUGUGCUGAUGAAGUAACAUUUGGAAUCAGAACAAAAUAUGUUUGUUGCACUACAUUUUUUAAAUAUGACAUUUCCAAUGAAGUUCAAGUUCAGAUGAGAAACAGAAAACAAGGCGGCUGCACAAAAAUAGCAGAAAACAACUUUUAAUUGCUGUUUCCUUUGCAAAGACCUGAGAUUAUCUUGCUAGAUUAUACUGUGGUAUGAGGUUGUUCAGAGUGAUUUUUAUACCAUCUGGUCUGAGCUGAAGACGAUCAGCGCCUCUCAGACAUGAAAUCGUGAAUAUUCAACAUGUUCAACCACAGCAACAAUAGCAAAGGCGGAGCAUUAACUAAGAGGGACAUCCAAAAUAUAGAAUCCACUUCUUCAUACAUAACAACAACAAAAGUGUUUGACACAAUGUGUUUGGUAAAAAAAAACUGCAGCCAUGUUGACAUGGGAAGGUGUUGGAAAGAAAUUUCUGCUACUCCAUUUGAAGUACCAGGAAGCUAAGCAGGUAGCAACAGUGAGCCAAAAUCACCUUCGACCAUGACAGACUUCAUGAGAUCUCCACUCAUGAGAGUCAGAAGAAAGAAAAAAACUCGGUCAGUUAAGAUUGUAAAAACUGGUGUAUUCCAGGUUUUAAAGACAGCAUCAAGUGGACAGGAAGAGAAGAGUGGUGCACCACAGAGAAACAGAAACUUUAUAGAAGUAUAAAGAGAGGAUCUAAAAACUUAAAAACCUGUCACUGAUUGGACUACAAUGGAGACAUUGACACCAGACCAGAGAAGAUCAGAAGCACAAUUAUCUAGCUGAUGAGUUUUUAGGUACCAUUGUUGGUGACCAGCAGAGUAUAAACCCGUCUCUAUAUGAGUGAUUUAUUUGCACUCUGAUGCCUCAAGAAAGACAUACAUUUUUCUUGACACCAACAUACUCAUAAAGGUACACAGAUGAGAUCAUGUACUCACAAAAACAUGAGCAUACACCUGGGCAUGAAACUGUCACUGGCACUGGCUGAAGUCGUUGCAAUAUGUAUAGCAGUUUUCUCGACUGCAAGCUAAACAGGAAGUGGAGAAAGCUCUAAAAAUUCCUCAAAUGUAAGGAUGUUGAAAAGGUUUUUGUAAAAGUUUCAUUGGAAACAUUUUGUUGUCUAAUGAGGCCCCCGGUGAACAAGACUAAAUAAAAAAAUGUCUUUUCGUCUUCAUGGUGAGAACAUUGAUGUUCAUGUUGUGAUCCACUGCUGUGAUUGACUUCCCGGGGUAGCAGGAACUGGUAAAAGCAGAAAUUAAUAGUUGAUGUUUUUUUCCAGAGGCAAGAACAAAACUGCAGUGUUCAAUCGUCAAAUGGUGGGCACUCUUUAUGGGGUCCUUAAUUUUCUAAUCUUUGUACCCACCUCAUGUUAGGGCCAUAAAUACCAAGUUCCCCAGGUUAAAAGGGGAAACAUGUUCAACUUCUGUAUUUGUACUUUAUUCUUGACUGUAAGUUAAUCUUCUUUGAAUUACAUCACUGUGUGAUCACAGUUAAAAUUGUUUGUAACCUCCAACAGGCAGAAUAAAGGAAACAGAAUAUCUACUUUGAUUUUCUAAUUUUUUUUAAUGGGAACUGAAAAGGAGUAAACCUAAUACAUUCAAUUAAAACAGUUUAACAAAGGAGCCCAGGGCAAUUGACAAAUUAUGAUUUAAGCAAAAAAAGGUAUUUUUGAAAAGCGCUUCACCUAGAACUUUUUAUGCGAGCCAGAUUGAAAAAAAUGGUAACAGGAUGGAAAUAAAGUCCCAACAGUCUGGUUUUUAGCUGUUGUUAGAAAAUAAAAAUGAGUUUGGAGUUCUGACACAGCUGUGCAGAGGUAUUAGCACUAUAAAAGCUAUGAAGCUUGCUUUUCUGUGUUUUCAUAAAGGACUCUGUGAACAUUGAAGAUGAAGUAAGUUUUUGACAGAAUAUCCAUAAGAGAGAAUUAUGCCUCUACAGCAUGAAAUCAAUUACUUAUGCUGCAGGCCAAAUUGAAUGUAUCACUGGGAGGUGUUGUAAGUCUUUCAGUUUAUCCUCGGAGGUGAUUAAUUAAAGCAGCUCAGCUGCUGGGGGCUGAUUAGUGAGUGAUUUAACUGUCAGCAGAGUGUUUGAUAUACAGCAUGUGAGGAUAUGUAUGUAUAAAAUCAUUUCCCACCGAAUGAACUGAGGUUCAGAAACACAGUGAACUAUUCUGUUGUUUGAACAACCUGUUAUUUGCCUUUAGUGAGGUACAGCAGGGUGCUAUGAGUGGCAAAUUUUCCAGUCUGCCAAAUUCAACCGCUGUGAUAAAGGGAUACUCUAAUCAUCAGAUAAUUGAAGGUGAAAGGUCACAGCUAUAAAUUUUCCAUGGUGAUUUAAGACCAAAGUAAUGUCCCUUUGUGCCAGUCCACUCACAGAGUUGGCUGACACACAUUUACCAAGCAAUAUUUCAAAUAAACCCUCAGGAGGAAAUGACUGGUCAUUUGAAUGUUGACUGAUCAAAAUUGUAGAAAUUGCAGCCUAACGAUUGUUUAUGCAUAUUUUAAUUUCUUUGUAAUCUCCUAAAGUGUCCCAUCAACAGCUUUAUGAAAUACUGAUGAGACUUAAAGAAAUUGUUUGUAACUCCUCAGUAAGGGAAGUCGCUAAUGGAUGUCAUAGUAGUAGCAAGAUGACUUAGGUCACAUAAUAACAAACUGUAUUAACAUCCUCUGAAUUCUGUCCCUUAAAAGUCUGAUGGUUCGUUUUGAGGAUUUAUCAACAUUCAAACUGGCUAUUGUUUAAAUUUGCCCCAUUAAGGGAAUCUGGUUGUUGUAGAGAUGAAAUUGGAACCAUUUCUUUCUUUUUUUUUUUUUUAAAUAAACCUGCUUAACAUAAAAAUCUGUGUUUAGAGGUGCAAAUCUUUGUCUUUUCGUAUUUUUGCUGCUGGACGCAGCCAUUGACAUACACUCAAAGGGUGUCUUUCACCAGGACAUUAAGCUGCAAAAUGUCCUGGUGCAGUUUGACUCCAGAGAACCGAGAGUAAGAAUCAUUGAUUUUGGCUGUGGCAGCUUCUCUGAGGAGAAAUCGUAUUUUUCCUGCAGUGGUAUGAUAUCCAACCUCUGCUAUUUUCUUUUGAGUCAAUAUCUGAAACAUAGACUGUAUUUAAAGAUGAAUGACCCUACAGCUGCCCAAAAAAAGAUGCCAAAACAUUCAGCACUUCUCCUACUGACUGGCUGUAGCACAGGUCAUAGCGCUUCUUUGUUAACUUAUUUGUUAACUUGCAUUUCUAGGUCACCGUCUCCAAUUGUGCGAGCUGCAGCACCAAUCACAAGGGAGAUUUUGGCAUCCAUUUACCACAGCUGGAAGACGUGGAGUAACAGCAAUUAACAGCAACCUCUCCAAAGGUAAGACUCACACACAAACACACACCCUUUCAGAAAAUCAUUUUUAAUGAAAGCAAACAUUCGUCACUGGAAAAUUUACCAACAUUUUUGUUCAUGGUUGGACCUAAUAUUUUGCAUGAAACUAAUUAAAAAAAACACCAGGACAUCAAACUUGAAUUCUUUAUUUGAUCAAGGCACAAUUUUUAGAUUUUUUCAGUGUUUGCCUGUGUUCCGACUUCUAAAUUUCAUACCAAAAUCUUGUUGUUUGAAUCUAGAAAGCCUCUUACUGACUUUAUCUUUGUCUGGUACAGUGUUUAAAAGACAUGUAUUACAUAACCAGAUUUUUCUCAGUCUAGGAAACCAAAACAGUUCCCCUAUCAAACAUGCAGGUAUUUUACCACAACCGCACUGGUCAAAAUAGCCAACAUCGUAAUGUACCAUUUUUGUUUCUAUGACCUUCAAAGGCUUUGUACCAAUCCACCCUUGUUGCCAAUCAACCUACUCCCUCAUAAAGUUGAACAGUUUCCCGUUACUCCAUAUGACUGCAUUCCUCAAGGUAUCAUUUUGGGGGUAACAGGGGUGUCAUUGCUGCGGCUGUAAGCCAUAUGGGUCCUUAUUACUCUUCAUGAGUACAGUUCACAAUCUUGGCUUGGAGUCAAAUUCACACUGAGCCAUGAAUUCCAAGAGGGAUGUGACUCAUUGACAUCCGGGUGUUUUUUUUUUCUUCCUGUAAAUGACGAUGAAGUACUUCUGGUCUGAUUAAGGCGUGACCUUGAUGAUUGGGUUUCUGAGUGGGACACAGUCUGGGUUAAAUGAGCACCGUGAAAUACGGAGUGAGUUUGCAAAUGUUAGGUUUCUUCUUUUCAUCUCCAGUGUGACAGUUGAAGAAGUAGAGCAAAUUUAUUCCAUAAGUGUAUAUUAAGAUAAACAGUGUCAAUAUUUCAAUAUUGCAUAUAUGUAUAUUGGAAUGUAUUUCACAAUCAAAGGACUGCACUCUGCAUGCCAUGUUGCUGAAAGCCAGAAAAGUGUCAUAGGUUCAAUAUGUAAAUACUGUUAGUGUCUCUGUGGAGGACGCCUGUCAGCACAGAUGGCAUAUAGGAAUCAAGAUCUUAUGAUGGGCUUUAGUCUGGUGAUGCCCUCAUCUCUAUCAUCACAACAAUGACUGUCUUCCUGGAAAUGACAGAGAGCCUGCUCUACUUAAGUUUUGCGUGUAUAAAAACGUGCAAACUUGAAAGCAAACGCAAAGCUGUUUUUUGAACCAGGUGCACAGAGAAUCGUGUCUGUUAGAUAAGCAAAUACCACGUGCAAUCGAUAUAGCGUGUUAGCCUUCAUGAAUAUGCAGAUUAACAGAAUGCGCAAAAUACUAGGAGGAGGAGAUGCAAAUGGAAUAAUUUAACACCCGCAAUGUGAUUUUUUGAAACCUGAACCUGAUUGUGGUAGGUGUUUUUGCGUCUAUAUUUAGCACCUUUUGAAAGGCAGGUGCAGACUUGUACAGCGCUACGCAUAAAUCAUCUUCAAUCAAUCAUCUUCUGCGUGUGUUUCAACAUAUUUGGAUUGUCGAAGAUUAAAAAAAAAAGUAGAGACAUGUUGUGGCAACGCUGAGUUCACCAGUGUUUUUAUGCGCCUCCUCCACCAAGACCUCCAACUCCAUGCCUUCAAACUUCAUUUUUCGUUUAUGGCCACUCUGCUCUCCCAAACUCUCCAUGGUGACAACUUUGUAAAAAGAGUAUUGUGUAGAAAUAAAACCUGAUUACAAUGCCUGAUGGUUUUUAUGGUCAAAAUGGAGAUCAGAAAUGCCCAAUGCACUUCCAUAAAACCCUCAUUAUGAACAUCAUGAGAGGCAUUAUUCUGCUUAUACCACAGUCACUUGCUAAGGAGAUGAGUGAGACUAUAAUCUUGUGUUUUUGUCCAUUUUCUAAAUAAAGUCUUUGGUCUCAGUCGUCCAUUAAUUAUUUUCUGUGGUUUCGCCUGAGGGUUUUACUGUUUCCUGAAAAAAAAUCAUUUCCAUCCCAUAUGGUUCUUGGCAAUGAAAAAGUUGUUUAUUACCACUCGAUCACACUGUUAUUGUCUUCCAGAAAUAAAAGACCUUAAUAGUUAUCAUCUCAUUACCAUACAGACACUCUUCACUUUAUUAAGACAUCAUGAAAAACAUUUUAAUACUGGCUUUUAUUCAUUGUGUAUGGUAUAAAUUAGCUGCUUCUUUGCUUGGAUACCUGGCAGCACUUAUCUGGCUGGAAGUGUAACUUGUCACCAUCGUCUCUCUCUUAUUAAGCCAUAAUUAUGCAUUAAACAAACAAUGGCAUUCUAUUAAGGGAAUAAACCUUGUUGAGUGUUGGUCUGAUCUGUGGGGGGCACAUCACUUAGCAGUUCGACUACAUUAAGUUUGUUUUUAUCACUUUUGAGGGUCCUCUGGUUUAUCUAAUGGGUAUUGACAAAGGGUCUCCCAUCUGAGUGUCACUGUUAAAGGUCCAACUGUCAGUAUCAAAAGGUAGACUUGUGCUGGUUAAAGGAACAAUGCUGAAAAAGGGAUUAUCAACUCCACUGCUGUACAGAUAGAGAGUUUAAUUAAAGCUAAAUUAUCUUUAGACAUUAUAGUGUUCACCCCUUUUGCUUCCACCAUCUUUUGCUUUCCAUCUGUAUUCUUGUCUGCCUCUAUUCUUGUGACAAAAACCACCUUCUGCAUUUACACAGACUCUGUGCGCAGCGGUAUCGUGUUUAAGUCACCUUACCUUGAGUCCAAGCCACUGGAGAAGAAUUCCACUUGAGUCUGAGUCAAGUCCUAAAUACAAUUAUCAUGUAUAACAAUCAAGAUGACUUUCACUCCAAAAUAUUGACUUGAUGGGACCAUAAGGAUGUGAAACAAACGGUUUCUUAUAUAGCCAUUAGAUUCUGACUGAUCCCAUUGGUAUAUCUGGAGAUUGAGAUGAUCAAAGAAGUUAAAGUGCUGUGUCUAAUGUGGGGGAACUUACUCAUUGAUUCUGCUGCAGAGGGAUCACUUCAGGUGUCUGGUAUAAAAUCUCUGAAAGCUUUGAGUUCUGAUGCAGUCCGAAUAGGAGUACAAGACUCAGCUAUCACUUAAAUUUGAGUCUAAUUUGAUAAAUGAGUCCUGAGCUAGUGGUAUCCUGGCAAAAUAAAAAGCUAGUAACACUGAUUUGUCCUUCAAGUUUAUUUGUUAAAACCAGAAGAAAAUGGGCAAGUGUGAGGAUGCAGACGACUGUGUCAGAACUGCAGCUUGUGUAGGUUUUAUCUGUAGUCUGCAGUCUGUGCUUACAACACGUUGUCCUAAGACGGAAAAGUGAUGAACUGGCGACAGGAUCAUGGAAAGCUAGCGUGAUGCACUUGAGGAGCAAAGGCUGGUCUAUGUGGUAUAGCACAGUGCAUCAAAGUUCGACCUAAUGAUCCACCAUGGGAUGUGACAAACAGUAAAAUCCAAUCCAUGGAGGCCCGUCUCUCACCUAACAUGACUUAACGUUGAGAGGUCUUGUAGAGCCCUUGUCUUAUCACAUCAGUGUUAUUUCAAACCAGUAGGGUCAGGCAGGGGAAUUCUUACACUUAUAUCUGAUUGAUGUAAUUUUACUGUAAAAACAUGAAUAUCUCGUGAAACAGCCAUGUCACUGUACCUAUAAACUAACUCAGAUUCUCUAACUUAUAAAAGUCGGGUAUUUUUUCUUGUGGUUUGAAAAAGGAAAUGCUUAAAAAUUGAACUCACCAAUGUUGAAACCAGAAACUUUUCCCUUUUCAUGUCUAAGUCUCUUUUUUCUCGACCGCAUCUGAGUCAUCAAAGUCUUCAUAUUCUCCAAAAGUCUCAAAGAAACGCUGAAGCUCCUCUUUGUUAAAACUCGAUAUGAGUGUGUUGUUGUGACAGGAGGCUUUGACUGAGCCUUGUUGCUGUGGUUACUUAUUUAGGCUGAUACAUAAACAGUGCAUUGAUAACGGGUGCUGAACAGUCACUGUCAAUUUAUCGGCAAUCGAUUCCUUGAAGUUUUCUGUCAUCCUGUCCUAUACCAAGGUUUGAACAACUGUUAUCAAAGAUAGUCAAGUAACUAAUAACAUCUCUCCAGUUGCAGAGAUGCUUAUUAGAGUUGACUUUGUGAUACCCAGAAAAGUUAAAAGAGAGCUCUGCCCUGCAGCGGUGGAAGCUAUUCACCGCUUUCUCUUAAAUUAGAUUGCACUGCAGCCAACUGCCCACUUGUUUACUUGUGGUUGCAAUAGCCUUUGGUGCCAUACUCGAUGCCAGAACAGUAAACAGAGCAGCCAUUGAGAAGGAUAUCUCUUAAUGAGGGGGGUUACUUAUCUGCAUGUCUUUCAGUCAUCAGCGUUUUGUCCUUCUCUGCCUGACACAGGGGGAAAAUUUAUGCUCAAUGAUCUGAUCUUGCUGGGCUUGGAAUAGAUAAUGCACUUUCUGUUUGCAGGAGUUAAAAACGUUACACACAGGGAGUGUGAAAAGGCAAAAGAAAGAGAGGGUGCAUAGCCAUGCAUAUUUCCGCCCAUCUGUCAUCUGUCUUGGGGCUGGAUCUAUCAUUGUUUACAUCCCGGGGCCAAUGCAAGCUACAAUGCAAUAUCUCACUUCCAAUUCCAGAAACAACAGACGGUAACUCAGACAACGCUAUUUGAUGUGGUCCUAUAUGUCUGUGCUGUCGCCAACAAAACAACAGUGGAGCAGCAUAUUGCACUGGAAACAUAAAGAAAACCAUCUGAUGGUUGAUGUAAUUAUAAGUAUGUUGAACAUGAGGCCAUACUUGAUGUAUAUUUGAGGAUUAACAAAUGAUGUGUACCUGCAUAAAUUGCAGUAGGGGAAUAAAAAACUAAAUUUAGUCUAACUAAGACUCUCUUGAUAAUAAGGGUGUAUAUCUGUCAACAAAAGCUUUUGCUUCUGUGGCAUUUGAUCCCCCCACUCAUGGGUACUUGUUCCUUGUUGUUAUGUUGACUCUGCAGUGUUUUGAUCCUGUUAUUAAGUGCUCACUGGUUUUAAUGGUGGCUGCAUCAUUAACUACUGCAAACUAAAACUCCAUGACUGGCUCCCAUAACAGCAAACAGUGUGAGGUAAUAGGAUUUCUUGCUGUUCUAUGCAAAAUUUUGUUUUCUCAGUCAGGCCAGGCAUCACAACAAAGUCCAGGUACAGGGAGAAGGAGGAUGGGGAGGAUGGAGGUAAUGGUGUCUGUUGAAAUGCUGUUUUGGGUCAUGAGUCAGCAGGAGAGUGUCCAGGGGGUGAUUGCAUUGCAAAAGGCUAUUAAGUGUUUUUGGCAAGUGUACAUACAUCACACUUUGUUUUGCAGGCACUGUAAAUCCUCUCAUAUAAACCGGGGCUUUCAGUUACUCUUACUGCAGAAAGUACGAGGCCUCUAAACAGGCUAACAUUAGAGACAGUCCUUUAUAUUAAAAUGUCACUGUCAUGGGAAGUAUACCACUGACUGCACUGUUAAUACACUGGAAGACAUUAAGAAGAGGUAUUAUCUAAUUCAAAAGGCUAUAUGAAAAGGUUAACUGUUCCACAAACUGUGCCGCAGAGCCUAAAGCAUCUCUACGGGCCAGUGUUGUUUAUGAACAGCUAGCAUACAGCUGGUAGAGUGAACCAUCUUCAGUUUAGCAUCUGCUAAGAGUGGGUGGUGAUUGCUUUUGAGUAAACAAAGUCUGGUGAAAACGUUUUCACCUCUGGAUAACCUCAAAAUAAUAAAUGUUAGACUCUUUCGUCUUGCUUUGCUUACAGAUUGUGGUAGUGAUCUGAAAUAAAGCCUUGGCCUGUUUGGAUAGACUGGCUCCUCCUUGAAGUUAAAAUUAUGAGUAAAAACCAUAGACUGUAUAUAGAAUAGACAACGUCUACCCCCUUGCUAGGUGAAGCUUCUGCGAGAACAGCACCCUCUGGUGACGGGCUGCAGUAUAGGUCUUUAAUCCCGCCUCCUCCAGAAAUCUCUAUGGAGCUGUGGACAAACUUAAACAAACAAAAUUAAUUAAACAGAUUAUAAUUUUUUCCCCCCUGGUUGGGAUGUUGACAUGUAGUUAUUGUAAGACUGGUUUGUGCUGAAGUCCUUUUUUUUUUGUGCAGCUCCAUUUUCAAAGUUAUUAGGAGGUUCAUGUUUUCUUUGAUUGACACCUGAUUCAGCCUAUGGGCGUACAAAGAUUGCGUAGCUCACCCAGGGGAUACGCUGUAUGCUAGUAAAUACAAUCUAUGGUAAAAACUCGCUCUAAAAUUGUGUUUCUUUAUUUCUGUUAUGUACCAGGAAUAGUACCAAGAUGCUCUACCAGUAUCCAUAGAUACAACUGGAAUUGUGAGGGUUUUUUUACACAGUCAUGAAAUACACUGAAAUUCCCAUUUAUGCUUAUUUGUAAAAAGAAAACAAAGGAAAUAACAGGAACAAGAUUAUGUUUUACAUUGUAAUUUUGCAUUUGAUAAACUGAUGUAAAGGGCAGGUCUCAGCAAAGAUACUGAAGAAACAGCCCUUUUUUUAACAGUUCACACAUAAAAUAUUUAGAUUAUUACAUUAGACGGUCAAAAGUCAGCAGAAGGCAAUUUUUUUGACAUUUUUUUGUUCAAGCAUGGAGAGGACAAGAAAAGCAAAGACUUUUUUGUACACAGGGGGUGUCAAAAUUUCAUUUAUGUUCCUCACAGGAGCUUUUAAAAUGUGUGCCUUCCACUGGUUAUAGGACAGCUAUUGGCCUCAUCACAAUCAAACUCUGAAGACAGAUGCUGCACUGGCCCGGCAAAAACUCAUAAAAUAUUAAAGCAGGAUCACUGACCUAACUGCAACUACAAAAGAAUCAGUUCAACUCUUAAAUUAUGAAAUAAAAUUAGUCAUAAUAUAGGCGCUGUGAUGAGAAAUGCGCCAAAAUAGGGGAAAAAAGUCUCUCCUGAACCACUUUUUUUUUCAGCAAGAAGCAGUCAUGUUAUAUUACAAAGGUGAACAGUUAAAUUUGUGUGUGUAUAUAUAUAUAUAUAUAUAUAGAUGCACGUCGUUUUUUUAUUACCUGUCUUCUCACUUUUUUUUUGGAGAGAGGGUUCUUGCCGCGUUUGCCUAUUAAUGAUUAUAACUCUAACUCCUUUGUGUCCACUGUACCACAAAGGAGCAGUAAAAGUUCAGCUUAUUUAAAUGACACCAACAUGGUACAUUCAGGUACAGCGUCUUCCUAUACGGCUAAGACAGUUUGACCACCUGGGUCAUUAACAGAAUCAAAACUUGCAGGUUCUCACUCUAUUAUUUAAUUAUUAUAGUUAUUAUUAUUAUUGAUACAGACUUCCUGCUAAUGAAAAAUUGGUCAAUUUAACAAGGUUGUGUGAUGCCAUCAGAGAAAAAUGGUCACCAGUUGGGAAAAUAAAGUAGACAGCUGGAGGCCUGGUUCCUGCACAGACCCCGUGAGGAGUUUUUAACUGGUUCUGAAACAGACUAACGAGCUACAAAAACAAACAAGACCAUUAAAAGAAGACUGGCUGUUUCUAUAAAGUUAUUUUUGACAAUGGUAACAGGUCAGUAUCAUGCAAACACUCCGCCAAAACUGCCUUUUAAAAAAUCUUUCUGGCAAAGAUUCACUGUGAGCUGCAGGACAGAUAUUUAAAAGAAAGCAGGUUGACAUUUCCCUCAGAGAAGACUGUUAACCAACAUACGGAAUGAGAACAGUAAAAGCACAAGAGGCUACACUUUUUCCCAACAGGGUCUACUGGUUUAUUUAGCUCGUACUUUUUCUAAAAUUUAUCCCUGACAGACCUCACACUACCUAAUUUCAUGAAAAAGUUACAUGAUAAUCAUACUUGUUUAUUUUUUUUCCCAUAUACUGUAAUUUUAGCUUGAAUAACAUUUUUGAUCGAUUAUUUUGAGGCUAGAAAAGACCAGUCUUUGCUGUCAGGAAUCAUACAAUCUAAUUGCUAUAUCACACAAAAAGUAAGAGGCACUUUUUAAUUUUUCUGAGCAGCAUGCAUAUGCUGUUAGUAACUGAUAGUCUAACAUCUACAUUGAAUAAAACCCUAAAGCGCUGAUCUUAAAGGACCAGAAAGAGACUAUUUCUGUGGUGUCUGGGAGUCAAGACAUGUGUUCCUGUUAAAAACAGACCUCAAUUUGUUGCAUGAAACUGAAUUUUUAAAAGGCAAGAAUCUAAAAAUGCAGCAAUGCAUCUUUUUUUUAGACUUUGUUAAACAUUUUUAUCUAACAAAAAGACUCCCUUUAGUCUACUACAUGUGCAGUAAUUACUUAUUAUUGAUUGCACAAACCAACCCUAAUAUAUCAAGGCUAGCAACACACCAGUUGACAUUUUCCCCAGUGUGUCUGUUUAUGUCCAUGCCUCUGUAAUUGUGCCUCAGUCCCAUGCAGACACACUGUUCGGUUGAAGAUAUAAAGAUAUUAUGGUGGCUUAACUAUUCAUAAUAUCUAUGCUCUGUGUAUUGAUGGAAAUCUUACCUGACAGAUAUAUGACUUGUUUUGCAGAUUAGUUCCCUGAGCUGAAACUGAAAUAGAUGGAUUUAAAAUGCACCAAUAAUCUGUCAUUAAGCUGUGCUGCCUUGCAAAAGGUAAUGAAAUCAAAGAAAACAAGAGCUGUUAGACGACUUUUUGUAAAUGGAGAAAUAUUCAUCUUAUCCAUCCUUAAAUCUCCAUCACUUCUCUAAUAGUGAAAUAUUAAAUUUGAUCUACUUAAAUCCUCAUCAUUUUAGGAAAGAUCUUAACCUGUUAAAAUAACUGAUGUAUCAAAAUAUGGCAGAAUUUCUUGAUAAUUUUCUAUUUCAGAAAAGUAAAGAGGAGCUGAAGUCUGGCAAAGGAAGUGAUUUUCUGUCUAGAGCUUACAUGAAAAUGAUUUUGUGUGCAUAUGAAUAAGAUAAGAAGUUGUCUGGGAAGUGGUCGUGUCUGUAGCUAAAAUAGACAUAGAUAUUUGCUUCUGACUCCAAUAUGCUGUUCUUUAAAUGACACCUUUGUUGUAGUUUUAUCAUACUAAGAUCAUAGGAAGUUUAACGUAGUGAACAGCACCCUACAGCAAAUCCUCAACAUCACAAAAGUAUUUGAUACUAAGAUUAGAGUUCCGCUCAAACAAAUCAGAUGGAUAAGGUGCAUUCUUACUGAGAGAAAGUGAUGCAAAUGAGAAUAUUUCAGACAAGCAUCAAAACAAGGGGUACAGCCCUUAACUUUGUGCAGCAGAGGGCGCUACACACAAAACACCAGAAUAACAAAUUAGCAGCAAAUAAAUGCAUUUCAAGUCGCACCCCGAUCAUUUUUUAUUUUAUUUUAUUUUUUUACCACUUAAAGUGUUCUCAGUGGUCUUUAAAUUGUGGUGAUGACAUUUUUAGCCAAAAUCACGUUACUCGUAUCAUUUUCAAAGGCUUUUCUUCUGCAGAGCUCCAGUAACUCAUUAGCAAUUCGCCUCUGAGUCGUGGGUGGAGACAGCCCUUUUUUGACUUUGCACAAUCCUCUUCACGCUAGCUUGCAGCCUAACAUUCACGACAAAGUAGAGGUGGCAAGAAAUAUAGGAGCUAUUCAGCUUUCAGACACUAACGUCUUUGGAGACAUGAUGAAAGCUUAUAUCAUAAUUAGCUUUCUUACAAGCACUGCAAUCUGCUACCGCACACACUUGUUCUGUCUUCUCUACUUCUCUGAGUCUGGCCUGCAGAGUGGGGCACCGGGGGGCGGAGAUUUGUGACAUAGGAAAUCCCACUGUGUCUAAACUUGCCAUUAGAGUCAGCAAGAAGUUCACAGUGAUUUGAAUCAAGAAAUACUCAGAAAUGCAAUUUUGCUUUUACUUUUCUCAUGUCCUGUAGCAUCAGAAAAAUGCCAGAUGAACAUGUAGACAACAAGAAAAACACGAUUUUUCAUCAGAGCAGGUCUUUAAGGACAAAUGCUAGUAAAUGAUGACAGGUGGAAUGGUAACCACUGCUGCAUUUAUACAGUUUACAACUGAUGCCUUUAAUCUAAAAACUUUUUACUCUUAAUAAAAUUACUUGUGUGCAGAAGAUAAAAGUCAUAACCCUGCCGGACUUCAGGGCUUUGUAGACUAGCAAGUUUGUUUGUGUGAUUUUUGUCCAAAUGGCUCUGCUGGAACAUGAGUUUGGCUCUGUAAACAUUGGAGGGUGAACUUCAACACAAAAGAGCAAUAAUAUUCUGACUCCAGUACUUUGGAAAAUAAUGUCCACCAUCUUCCCCUUUACAAAUUGGAUGUGUGUGGUUCAGACAUCUGAAAGGUAAAAUCUGCUCACUAAUAAAUUUCCCCUUUUCAGUGCAGCACACAACAAACCUGGGGUUAAACAAACAUAAUUUCAGAUAAACAUCAAUUCAUAUGCAAAGACAUACACACUGUGCUGUGCGCCUGCUCAUGUCCAUUUGGGUGUAAUGACCAACAGAUGUAUCUUGAACACUCACACAAACAACCCAACUCAUAAACACCAGGUAGACUGUUACCUUCUUUGCAUUUGAUGGCAGUGAAAGUGAAAAAGAGAGAAAUAAAAAAGCUCUGGACAGAAAAGCUUGGUCCAGUAUGUUGAUAGGACUCAGAGUUUACUUUCAUCUACUCGUUGAGAGCUCAAUUAAUCAAGGGAUUAGAAAAAGGCUCAGCCUCUAUCUGUGGAUUAAUGGGUUUACAGAUCCUUCUCAUGAUAGUGCGGGUCAUCUGAGAGGGUAAUAACAAGAAAAACACUUUGUGCUGCUAUACCAGCGUCUCUCAUCAGUCGUGAUCUUCUAUGAUGGCCGAUGCAUUGUUAAGUUGUCAUCAAGUUUUUACAUCCUGGUCCUGCAGGAGUGGAGGCCAGUAAAUGUCAAAAUGGAUAAAUAAAAAAGAUUUACAAGAAGACAAAAUUUAUGAACGACAAUUUCUUUUAUGAAAAUGUUAAAACCUUAAUCUCAAAUGAAACUUUUACUCUGAAUUCAUUCAAAGCACAAUUUGCACAGGAUAGUGUCAUACUGGGACCUCCGAUAAAUCAUGAAUCGCCUGCUGACAUCAGUGUUUUGUGUGUUGCAUUUGUACAAGUCUGUAAUUUACUUGAAAUUGACAAUGUGCAUUGAUCCAUUGGAAGGAUAUUUCCUACCCCACACUGCAAAGAAUAGCAUUUAUCUAGUUAUAGAUUUUGCACAGUUGUGUGCGCACCCACACAAUUUUGAGGUUUUUUUUUUGGGGUGUUGGGUUCAGUGUUUUUUAUGUGCUUUAACUCAGUUAAACACAUAUUCUGAAUUCCCCAAAAGACACUUAAUUUUCAUCUUUUUCUUUUGUAAAAAAAAAAAAAAAAGAAAACAUUACAUAUGAAAUUAUUUAUUUAUUUGUACUGGUGGAAAUGGGCCUUUAUACCUUUAUACAAAGCCUUGGUCAUUUGAAGAAUUUCAUAAAUUCUUUCAUGAGAGAGGGAGGGAGAGGGAGAGGGAGAGGGAGAGGGAGAGGGAGAGAGAGAGAGAGAGAGAGAGAGAGAGAGAGAGAGAGAGAGAGAGAGAGAGAGAGAGAUCAAUAUUACUGUUGUUUUCAGAUGCACAAAGCUCGUCUUCAACAUUUCACAGUUUUAUUUGUUUGUAUGAUUAUAUAGCCCACCACAUCAGAGGUUAUCCCAUAGCGGUGGGAAAAGGGACCUUAGUUUUCAUUGUUAGUUUAAUUAGGUCCAUUAAUAUUACUGAUUACCAUUGUGGUACAUUGUUGUACAGAGAGUUUCACUGCUGUGUGACAAAGUGAAUAGCACUUGUUUUACUGUAAAAGAGGCAGAAAAAGCUGUGGACACCUUCCUAAAACAAAAUUACCACCCCGAAUGACUGAAACUGACAUUCAGACUGGAUUAACAUCAUCAGAGGACCUAUGUGUGUCAUGAAAUAUGGUAGGUGAUUUGCCCCAGAAUUCAAUCAAUGUGUUUAGCUGUACAGCCAAUUUUAAUGACUGCCAAGUGUGAAAGAAGCUCAUAAAGCUUUAAUGUCAUGAAAAAUAAAACAAUUUCGAUUCAUGAAAAUUGCACCAACCUGGUAGGUUUUGCACUGUCAAGACCUGAAAGGCCUCCACAGUUAAUUUUCUCUCACAGUGAAGUGGUAGUAGCACUGCCAGUGCUUGGACAUGUGUUGAAAAUGCAUGAGGGCUUGUUCUAACACUCAGUCCUUCUGGCUUAGCUUUAGAAGUAAGGUUGGAGGGAAUUGAAACCAGCGUGAGCCACUUGCCAACCUUGGCAGAAAACAGUCUCCACAGACUUGGACCUGGCUGCGUUUUGUGGCCCUUGACAAGCUUUGGGAAUAAAUUAGCUUUUGAAAACGCUGAUCAGAAAGUGAAUGCAGUCAUUUUAGCCCAACAAGUUAGUCAGUUAAGACAUUCAGAACUUUUUUAAAGAUGAUUUUUUUUUUUAAAUAGAUAUAGCACCAGGAAAAUAUGUGCAUUAUCUUAUCAUAAUCAGUACUGGUAAUAAGUAUUGACUGUUGUGAGUGGGAUUAUGAGGUAGUUUUGAGACAAUUUGUAUCAAACAUGUUUAAGUCGGGGAACUCAGGCAGGCUGUGUAUUCUACAGCAUUCUUAUUAUUAGUAGUAUUUUUGUCAUGUAGUGUGCAAUGACUCAGCUCAGUAGUGUUUUUAAUUUUGAUUGACUUGGGGUAUGAUCUGACAACACUGUUUGGUUUGGACGUCAGUCCAUCUGUCUAUCAAUUCAUUCAUCCAUGGUCCCAUAUUUAUUUGACAAUUUUUACACUUAACUUUAUAACUUUAAGUCAAAUGUAUUUUUCUUUCAGCCCUUCAAUGAGAUAUGAAAAAAACACCAUAAGGUAUUUUGGUCAUCUUGUUUUGUAAAACUAACUUUGGGUUACAGAUAUAACAGCUUUAGUCAAGGUGUUCUCAUUUGUGGUAUUUGAUGCCAACUGUAAACAAACCCAAAACUUAAUUCAUUUCAUUGGUAAUUCAUUCCUAGUCUAUUUUGCAACCACAUUACAUGCUAAAUUAAGACAGGGUUUUCAGGGUUCCAAUUGAUACGUGUCUGUCAUGAUGUGAGGAGAGCAUUUCAAGGAUCACUGUAUAUGUUUGUCUCUUGUUGAAGUAGUGCGCUGUCAACUUAAGCUCUUCUUCCACCCUGGUAAACAAUUGAAAUGUCCCACCCUUUCCCAUUUUGUGAAAUAUAUUUUGUGAUCAGUGAGAUGCUGUUGUUUUUAGCGAAAUAUUUCUCUGUUAUGUGAAAUGUAUUUUGCGCCUUUGAAAUAUUUAUUUACUAUUGGCCUUCAGUGCCACAGUAUUGACAGGGUAAUUCAAUUUAGAUUGAAUACACACCUACAUUGCAAUUGAAAUGACCUCGGGUAAUGAGUGUUUUUGAACAAGUAAACCAUAUCAGAUGAAAUAUGUUAUUAGUGUUUCCUCAUUUUCUGAGUGAUGUUAAACGUCCACCCUGACCUUAACAAAUGCUGCCCUUUUAAAACAUUUAUUAACUCAUUGACUGUUGAAUUCAGUAUAGCUUUUUCAGUCUUGCGCACAAAAGAGCUUGUGUUAUAUCAAUUAAAGCCACUGUAAUCACAGAUAUUAAUCUUUAAGCGCUAAUAGACAGUGAAUGCAAUAUUGAUGUGUUUGAACUCAGGUGCUGCUGAAGAUUGAAUUCCCAUCUGUCAGGCAAAAUGAAAGCGGCUGAGUUUCUUACAACAGCAGGUCUUACAAAUUCACAUCAAAUGAAAUCACAUCUUUCAUUUCUAACUUGAAUCAGGUCUGUACAGCUCAAACCCUGCAGGACCACAGGAUUUAACGACACUCAAUUACUGAGAACUAAAGCGUAUCAGAAUAUGCUUUUGCCCGUCUAUCACUGACCUUAACUCACUGACUCCCACUCCUGACCUGUCUGUCCGACUGUGUUUACAGUAAUUACUCUGGAUUCUAUGCUGGGCUUUGGAAUGGAAGUUAAGAUAUUAAAAGUCCACCAUCUCAAUGAUAUUUUUUCAGAAGGAAGUAGAUAAAGAUAAAAGGAGAUUUGGCGCCACACAUAUUUCUUUGUCCACUUAGCUUCCUUUGACAGUCUUUGUUUGAAAAAUAUAUUUACGACAGAAAGUACACAGCAGGAGUUUACUAUUAAUGCAGCCAAAGCAGGGGUCCAAAAUCAGAUUCCCGAGGUCUGCAUUGUUAAAUCGAAUAAACUGGACUCAGACAGACAAAUAAUAAAUUAAACUAGCACCCCACGGGGACUGGUGGGCAGUGUCGCAGUGACAACACUGUGCACCGCCGACCCCCUGCAAUGGUGCAAUGCGCUCCACGGCAGCAGGCGACUUUUGUCCUUUUUUAAUGGAUGGUACCUGUGACUGCUUUUGAGUGUUGUUGGACAUUUAUGGCCAAGUUUGUCUGAAGUGCAUCUAGGUAUCGUAAGAUGCAUAUUGUAUUGUACUAUAGUUUUGUAUUGUUGGGACUUUGAGGUGGGACCUGUUAGAAGAGCAGACUCGAGUAGUUAAAAUGUCCAACUUCUUUGGGUGUUUGAUUAGCAAGUGACUGUUGGAGAUGUAACGUUCGCGAAUGAGUCAGUCAUUUGAACGGCUCUUUCGAAGGGGACAAUAAGAGCCAGUUCAUAGUGGUGAGCUAUUUGUUUGUUAGUUUUUAUUGUGCCACAAAGUUUUGUAAAGUGAGGAAAAAAUUAAAAAUAGUGAUCUCACUUUUUUCCCCAAAUUUUGAACAUUAUUGUUGCAUCAUGCAGCGAGCAUGAUCUACAGAGUGUGUGUGACAGGUGGCAGGAGAAGGAAGAAGGCUCAGAAAAUCAUCAGACUGUUUCUGCUGUUUCUGCAUUGACCAUAUUUACAUUGUGAUGAGUGUGUGUAGUCUCGUGUACAAAGAGAGAGACACAGAACUCUGGUAAUGUUAGUAGACAUACUGAAAGUUAGGACACCAGUGAGCAAGAGUUCUGCUGUUUGUUUGUUUGUUUGUUUUUUAAAUGAAUAAUUUCAGCUCCUCUACUGUGCUCUUGUCCAGGUGUGUUUUUUAUUCUUUAAAUAAUUCUCCAAAUGUAUCUGCAUCUUUUGUUAUAAUAUGAUGUACAAUAAGAAAUUCUAUAUGAGGCUGUGUGAUUUGUUUGUCUCAUUAUGGUUCACUAAGGGUGCUGACUUUUGCAUGACUCUCUUACCCUAUUUGCAGCAGAGGGAGUUUAUGCGGCAAUCAGUUAUUUUUAUUGCUCAUUGCUGUUAAUUAAAUAUAGUCAGGCUGAACAAGCAGCUUGCUAUGGAUAAUUUUUGUGCAGAAGAAAAAUCAAAUGAAAAAAAAAAAACACCCACUUUUGGAGCUCAAUCAUAUAUAGGACUCAGAUAUCUGGAACUUGCGUCAUAGUACAUCCAUCUGAAUAUGAUGUGUGUUUGUGCAUGUAUCAUGUGCCACAUCUUUUUCCUGCAUACUUGAUUUCCUCCACAAUGACAUUCCCCAGGGCCUUGCCACUAUUUCUUGUGUGCUCAACCUGCCAUUUGUCCAAGAGUCCCACACAAUGAAUUAUUCACAGUGCCUUUGAAUGCACAGCUGGCCUGCUCAGCUUUUACAGUUUUUACUCUGUUUCCACAGACAAGAGCAACCGCAGGCCAAAUGUAACCAAGAGUUUAUCCGUCACCUACUAGAUGUGACCUACUCUGAACUCAGUCAACGCUCUCUCCAGCUGCAGCUCCAGUCUGCUCCUCCUUGUACCCUGAAUAUCUCAGGAUUGAUGUGUAGUCUUUGUUCCAAAAAUGAGGCUCUGUUUCCUGAUUGAACUCAGGAUGUUUGCUCCCAUAUGGAGUCACAUACACCGAGAAAAUGAACAAUUUGCAUGAAUGCACCAAAAUGAACCUGGAGCAAAUUUUCAAUUCAUUCUCCCCUCAAUUUGCCUCUAAAAUACGACUGUUAUCCUGCUCGUUUAGGGAUUUCAUGGAUUGGUGAAAUAAGGCAUUAUUCCAUGCGUAGGUCAGUAACUACCCUUAGAAAGCUGUUAAAAAAGAGGAAAAGGAAUACAAGUCAGAGGGUAGACUCACAGUCAAAAAGUAUAGAAGGGAUAUGGAGGAAGAGAGUCCAGGGAGAAUGCGGAAGUGGGUUUGAAGAGGCAAAUACCCACAGUUGUUGGAGGGAGGUGGGAGGAGAAACAACAAAGAGAAUCUUUCCUCUGCAGCGAGAGGAGGGAGCAAAUGUAAAAAAAAAGUACACAAAGAAGAGGUGAGCAUCCAGCUGAGUGUUUAAGAAGGAAGGAAAGGGCGAGAAUAAACAUUCGCUGCAUCACUCCGUCUUCAUGCUACAACUUCUGACUGUGAGGAGGCAGGAGGAGAAAUCGGGGAGAGGCUGUCUGUGGUUUUGGAUCGGGAGCAGCCGAGGGAAGAUUGUAUCACUGUAGGAUGAGCUGCUGUGGCUUUGGCAUUAUUUUCAAAGAUAACGCUGAAUAUGAUUCAAAUCUUUGUAUGGUUUUGCUUUAAUCUCAGGGUGUGUUUUCUUCUUAUUUUGUGCCAGCAUUAGACUUAUAGAAGCUGCAGAUCUGGUGUUCCAAUUAUUCUAUUUUAUCACAUAGAAACAACCAGAAAAAUUUGCUUCAGUUACAAGCAAACAAAGUCAGACACAGCUUUUAUCAGGCAUGUACAGUGGUAGUCAAGUUAAAAAAUUUAAAUGUUUGGAUGUUUUCACUUGGAAGGAUCAAAAGAUUUGACUUCGAUUUAAAUAUGCUGUAGGUAUUCUGAGAUGAGAAAAACAGACCUCAAGUUAUGACAUAAUAAGUCUUUCAGUACCAAGAAAGAGGAUUAGGGUCACACGCAGAGAAAAAAAUAUCAGAGGAACAAGAUUAAUGAAGAUUUGAGAUUAAAGUCGAAAUUUCAAGAUUAAAAACUGAAAUUUCAAGAUUAAAAUUGAAAUUUCGAGAUUAAAGUCGACAUGAAUGAAGUCAAAAUUUCUUGUAUUAAAUUGAAAUUUUAAGUUGAAAGUCGAAAUUUCGAAAUUAAAGUUGACAUAAAUAAGUCAAAAAUUUGUGAAUUAAAUUGAAAUUUCAGGAUGAAAAUCAAAAUUACGAGAUCAAAGUCGACAUCUCUCUGACACAUCCUCUUGUGAGUCCAACUUGAAUCCAACCACAGAGCCAGCUUUUUUCACCAGUUUGUUCAGACAUCUUGCAUCUUUGUGGUUGAUUCUUCCUCCCCGGCAGUCUUCUCAGGCUUAAGAGGUGGCUCUGACCGUUUUUGUAGAUGAAGUCUACAUUCUUCGACCAGUCCAACUUAUUAUCCAUGUGUACACCGAGAUAUUUGUAUGAUGUCAAAUAUCGUCUUUGACGUCAGCAUAAAGCAGAUCCAGGUUUUUGUGUUUCUCUGGUAGGACAGUUCACAAACUGUAAAUCCAGUCAGGUGAGAGAGAGGAAAGGGUUGAAGUAUCCCUGAUAUUAUUAUUAGUGCCUCAGGGUGUUGAGUCUGUAUCCUAGCAACAGUAUAAUGCAAAACAUUGCAUGGAAUUUCAGCCAUUGAUUUGGGUAGGAUGUAAACAAGUCCUGUUGUGAUAUGACUAAAUUAUCUUGGAACAUAAUGUGGCCAAAGAGCACCAACAGUUCAAUAUCUUGACAGCACAACUUCUCCGUUAUGUGUGAAGGGUUACACCAUCUCUAAUGGACAAAUAAAGCCAGACCUUCUCCUUUCUUCUCGCCACUAGCUUUAACAUCUCUGUCAGAUCUUAUGAGAGUGAAGUGAAGGUAGAUCCACACCAGAGUUGGUAAAAUGUAUGGACUUUUAUUAUCAUAAACACCCAAAUUAUACUGCUCCACCUUUGUCUUGCCUUUCUUAAUCAUAUUUCCAUGCUCAGUUUUCCAUAAAUAUUGUGAUAUUGUUGUUAUAGUGAUAUUUUAUAGCCACAGUAAUGUAAAAAUCUGAUAUGGUAACUUUACUUAAAAAGUCUCCUAAGUGCAGCUCUUUUUGCUUGGAUCUACACACAACUGGACAAGAUCAACAUACUUCCUCAAAGUUUGUAAUCAGGAUGACCAAUCAGCCCAAUAUAUUUACUUUACAUCAAAUAUUUAUUUUAUACCAAGCAUGAGUGAACAAAUCAGAUGUCCUAGAUUAAGAAGCACUCUGUAUGCUUAUUAAAUUGAAUUCAUCAGUAUUAAAUAUUCAUAUCACAGCAGAUAUGCUUUCUUUUUUAUUUUUUAACUUUAGCUUGGAUCAAUGGAAUCCAAGACUUUUUAUAUUCAACUGGUACCCACAGUAACAGGAUGAAUGAUUUCAGAUCAAAGCUGUAUGUGCCUUUGAAACUUAAGUAAGCUGUUUUUUUAAUGCAAAUUUCAACACACAAACUUAGUCCUUUUUCCCCCCAAAAUAUAUUCUCUUCUUAUCAAGAGUACACACAUGCAAAAUAUUAUUCAUACAUUCAGCCUUUCAAAUCUCUCAUCCACAUGCAAAGAAAGUCACACACACUGCGCCCACAAUUAUGUGCACUAUCAUGUGUUACAACCCAGUUUUCCAGGGCGGAGAUGAGGAAACAUAAAACCAAAUGGAUUUGCAGAGAUAAAGUUAUUCAAGUGGGGAACUGUAGAUUUACAAAUAAGGAGAAAAAGGGAGCAGAAAAACAGAGGGGAAGAGGACCUGAGGGUGCUGCUUAGAUCACGUAAAUAAAUACAACAGGAGGAAGAAGUCCUUGCUUAGAGUUUUAACAAGGCUUAGCUGACUGUAAAUGAACUCAACACAGUGAGAAACAGGUACAAAGUUGUUUUAAAAGUAUGGGUUGAUUUGGUAAGAGGAAAGACUGAGAAAGCUUAGAUGAUAUUUGGUUGAGAAUAUCUUGUUUAAAAGAUUUAUAUUCUGUGUUUUGGAUCAGGAACCUUGCUAAUCAGGCUCUUCAGGGGCAGCCAAGAGGAGAGCAAUGAUCCCUUACAAUAUCGACAUAAAUCAAACACAGAUAAACCAGGAUUCCACAGGAGACAGGCGCGUGAAAAAUCAAAAAUAUACUUAAAAGGCUAACAAACUGUGCUUGGACUCAGAGGUUUAGGGUGCAGAGUGAGAAUGAAAAAUCACAAGGAAAUGAUAAGACCAAAAAAAUACAAGGGCAUAGAUGAUAUAAAGUUAUAGGGAAGUCAGUAAAACAAUCUGUGAUCUUAAGAUAUCAUGGCAGGUUCGCUUUUUUUAGGUGCUAACCGGUCUGCAUCAAUAUUCAGAGAAAUGUGCUGCAACCACUUCAAAAGUCUGUAGAAAUUCAAAAAUGAAAAGGCACUCCGAAUGGCAAAAUCUGUAACAAAAAGUCAAAACAACUGACACAAAGAGCACUGUGAAUGCAAAUCUAAAAAACACAAAGAUAAAAAAGGAAACACACAGCAAACCAGGACAUGACAGCGGAACAGGUUUGACGCAGUUGUUUCAUUUGAAUCACUGUUCGUCUUUGCAACAUGUUGAAACCUUUGCAUUUGUCUAUUACUUUUGCAUGCAUUAUUGAAUCUGUGUCCUCUGACUUUGCAGAUCUGAAACCUCUUCGGGCAAUGUUAGUAUCCCUCUAGAGAAAAACAAGAACAAAUGUUAGACUAGAUGUAGAGUUUUAAUAACUGUAAAAAUAUGAUAGCGGUUGACCGUUUGAGAUAAAUGACUCAGGCUCCACGCAACUCCUCUUUUUGUAAGGUAUUUAUUCACAGAAAGGUGAAUAAGCUGUAAAAGGAGACUAAAGACCUUAAUUCUUAAAUAGAGAGAAAUUCAAAGAUUAAAAAGCUCCGAGGAGGAGCUGUGGAUAGCAUACAAAUGUGCUUCUUUUUUGGCGGGGCUGGUAGCUCUCAUUACCUCCUAUUAGCCCCAGUCUACAUUAAACAAACUCGCUCAUUAUUUCAGGCCACUGCCUUAAUUAAGCUGUAGCUUGUGAGAUCUAUUGCCAAAUGCUAAUAUAGCUCCAGAACUAACUUUAAUGCAAAUAGUUUCUGUUUGAAGAUAUUUUAAUAUUAUAAAUGAAUUUUUUAAGCAGCUCUGCUACAGCGUGGGUGCUUCUGUUCCCGUGACACGGAUUAUUAGCCCCAGUCUACAUUAACUACUUAAAUGCUGGAAAAAAAGGGGAAAUUGUGAGUAACGGCAGGAUGUAUUUCUGGGGCAUACUGUGAUAUUUUGUGUGCGUGUGUGUUUGUCACCAGCUCUGCCUGUUGUGAUUCUGUCUUUCUUGCACACUCACUGUCCCUCAUUCUCUCCAUCUGUCAGUCUCUCUAUCUUUGUAGGCCGGUACAGUUUGUGUUGACUUUAGAGAGGAGCACACUGCCUUGUGUGUGUUGUUUUCCGUAUGCAAACCCUUGUGUGCAGGCUCUUCUGUAACCCUAGUUGUUACUGAGGAUUAAUGAGGUGUGUUUAUCUGCCUGCACUCUGCAUACUACAGCCGCUGGCUUCUGUAACCAUUGAGCAGGUCUGUUCAAUCUACCAUUCCGCUGGGGGUUCUUCGGGGUGAGAUGUAACACCUGUAAAUACGCAGAAUUUCCUUGUCUUUCAUUGAUAUGGUAGUAUUAUGCAGGAGAUAAUGCUGAAUGUUAUCAGCAUGCACGAAUUGUUGUUGACACAAUGAGGGCUUAUCUAAAACCAGCUGUAAAGACUAAGACUUUGAGGCUAAUUAAAAAUAAUGAGGUAUGCAGCUUGUCCAUGGCCCAAAUAAUAUAGGAUUGUUAUAAACCUGCAACACAUGUUAACAUUUGAACAAACUCGUGGAUCCUUGGUGUAUUCAUAGCAUAGGAUAACAUCAGGUAGUCAACUGAACAUAUUCCAUAACACAAGUCUAAAUUGGCACAAAUAUGUCUGCAUUGGUUCCAUAGACUAUAUAUACUUUGGACAACUUGACUCUGCCUUCCCUUAUUUAUAUGAAUUUGAAGCCGAAUUGCUUUCGGUAUUUCAACGUUUUUUUUCCACUUCCUGGAACCACCACUUGUGCAGUUGCAUUGUACGCAUUCAGCGAGAGAAUUGCUGUGAUGACGCUUGGCUCAAACAGCCUAUAGGCUGUAUCAAGUGUCAAUCAUAGAAAACAUGAACCCCAUAAUAACUUUUAAAAAUGGAGCUGCACAGAAAAAAGAGGACUUGAGCAAAAAAAAAACAGUCUUACAGUAACAACAUGUCAACAUCGCAACCAGGGGGGAGAAAAAAUUAUAUUCUGUGUAAUUAGUGUCUAAAGUUUGUCCACAGCUCCAUAGAGAUUGCUGGAGGAGGCGGGAUUUAUGACCUGUACUGCAGCCCAUCACCAGAGGGUGCUGUUCUCACGGUGGCUUCACCCAACGAGGAGGCAGACAAUGUCCAUUAUAUAUACAGUCUAUGAUUGGUUCAGCAUCAUCAUACCAAGGACUAAACAUACUUACCUAUUUACAUCUGUAAUUAAAUUAUUACAUCUGUAACUGUUAUGACCUGGCUCAAGGGGUAUGACUUAGUUAAAAACAGCUGUUCACUGAGAGAAAGAGAGUCAAUUUGAGUAAUACAACAAGGUAGGGAAAAGGAAAAACGGUUGAUAAGCACUGUUCACCUCAACGAAUAAUGGUACAAAUAAGAAAAAGAAGAUUAAAAUUUAAGAGGAAUCCAUUUUUCACUCAGUCAUUAAUCAUACAACAAACACAGGCUAACACAUAUACUGUAUGUACAUGCACAAGCAGAUGCAUGAGGUGCCAAGUUGUCUGUGAGGUUUGGCCUAUAUUUUCACCGGUGAACAGUGUUAUGCUCACUAGUGAAUUGCUUGUGAUGAAGUUGCUAUGUGGCAACCAGAUUCAAGUUAGGUGGUGAUCACAUCCCCAAGCUGGCCCAGUUAAUGAUGAUGACAAUGUUACUGGACAGGCUCUUAUUGGGAAACUCUUCUCUUAUUGGUGUGGUAGGUUAUUCUAAUCAUCAGAGAAAAGUGAAGUAUUCAUUUAAUAAAUUUACUUUGCUAAGACAUGGAGAACCCUGUAUAUCAGACUUCACAUACACUGAAGUGUAAUUACUUGGUAUCCCAGUGUUGAUGAAUGUGAUGGAAAGGAUUAAAAGAAGAUUAAAAAAGAAAAACAUUUUGUUAAAUGAUCUGAAAAAGCAGAUAGCAAAGUGACAAAGACACAGAGACAGGAUUAAACAUUUCCUUGGAAAAGGAGACUUAGUGGCUAAACAGCAGCAGAAGUGCAGUCUGAUAAGACUCGGUGAGUGAGUGUUAUUUAUCGAGCAGUUUACAACAAUUAACCUGAAUGACCCUAAGACUGGUCCUGCCCUUUCGUAUUUUAUGACUCUACUUUGGGUCUCAUAUCUCUUCCUCACUAUCCUAUAUCUCAGAUCUCCUGUUGUUUUUCUUCAGGAACUGCAGCUUCCAAGUAAAAGGAGGUGAAUUCACAACUGCAGAAUUGAAGUUCAGAGGGCCUUUGUCGAAGUCAUUAACAGAUAGUAUACUGUUAUAGGAUUUAAUGUGAGGGAGCAUUUGCCUCUUGUAUUCAGGGCCGCUUGUUUCUGUUGUUGUGCAACAGUUGUUAUCUUUACCAAAAAUGUCACUGGAGUGAUUUAGUAAAUGAAAAAUGAAAAUGUCUAAACUCAGUUCAAUCAUUUUCCUGUUGCCGUCCCAGUUUUGUCAUUUACACCUUAUAUAGCUGCGUAGUAUCACUAGCUCGUGUAUUUCUUAAUAAAAUGACAUGUGGUGCCUGAAAGAGUAAAUAACUCAGACAAGAUGCCAAUCUGCCUGUCUUUUAAGACAUCUUUACAGCAGCAGCACAGCUCAUUUUUAAAAAACAACUCAACAGGGAAUUAGCAACAUUAAAAGCAGAAUUAAAGAUUAAACUAGCUGCUUUUUUUUAGUCAGCCUGCCUCUGAGUAUUAUCUACCAAGAUCUUAAGAUCUAAAUCUGGAUCAGAAACAGAGUGGAAGAAAAAAAAGAAGAAAAAUUGAGCCCUGUAGUCUUGUUUGCUACCAUCAGAGAGAGAGAGAGAAAUUAGUUAUCAUCAGUCUGAAUUUUACAGGGCUUCACUGAGACUCUGCUUACAGAGCAGUUUACUGAACAUUCUUACCAAUUAUUCUGUUUUGUAAAUUAUUUCCACACUCAAGAUUUACCACUGUCAUUUUCAUCCCAGUACUAUUUAAUACGGUAGUACUCCAUACAUUAAAAUGAUAAGUGUGAAUUCAUUCACAACGUUUGGCAGUCCUGUUAAAAAAAUGUAAAGGAUUGAAAACUGGUGGACAUCUCCCUCUCAAUCAAACAUGUCUAACAACAGAAAUUUUGAUUACCAAAUACAUUACUCUAAUCUAUAUAACCACCCAUUCACCAUACAUUAUCCCUUUGACUCCGAACAUUGAAGUGAUGUUCAUCAGGUAUCGACAAAUAAAUCCGGUUGGACCUGAGGUAAUUUAUGGAUUGAAAAAGUGUAGAUUUUUUGCUCAUGCUCCUGAUUCACAUCAUAGUAGGCCACCGUCAUCUUGAUAAAGCUCGUUGGUAACUCUGAGCAGGCCACCUUAGAAACUGUCAACAGACACACAAUGCACUACACAAGACCAAACCCCAGCCAUUAUGGUGUCCAUCUUCUUCUUGUAUGUGGUGUUGCUGGAGGAAAUGGUGAUCCAGACUUGCUUGAGUCAAAAAAAUAGAGACAAUCUCGGUGUGAACUCCACUCCCCAGAGUGAUUCUAAGCAGAAUGCUGAAUCAUUGUUAAUUAUCAAGGAAUAAACAUAGCACAAGUGAAAAAUACACAUAGCCCAAAGGAUUACUGAAGGAUAAAAUUAAAAAAGAAGAGCUGCUAAAUUAGUAAUUUGUUAUAUAAUUGGGAGAUCACAAGGAGGUUUACAAAGACACGAGUUCAGUCGAUGUGGGAGUUUGAAAAAAGAUUCAUUCAUUUGGGUAUUUUCUUUAACUUUUGAUCUAAUAUUAUGCUCUGUUCUUUGAUAUUUCUAGACUGAUUGAUUUUCGUUUUUCUUUUUAUCUGACAGGCCAGACACAGUCUGAAAACGAUAAAGAGAAAUCAGAGUGCUAUUUUCUUGCAGGGAGGCUGUGGAGGAGAUUAGGUUACUGUGGACUGGUGUGGAGGAGCGUCAACAUUAUUUUCUGCAACUUUGCAGGUUCCUCUCUUAUUAAUGUCAUAAACAAACAUUCAUUUGUUCAGGGGCACCAGACUGGGAGGAAAGGUCGUAUUCAGUAUACAGGCCCUAGUGCGACUCUCAAAAGUCCGUCCUUUAAAUGGGCUUAGUGUUCUCCUGUUAUAUAUGAGCAUGAUACGGACAAUACCUAUGAGUAAGAUAACAAAAGAGACCCCUCUUUAAAGGGGAAGAUAUUGGAGUUUUAUGUGCACAGCAGGUUACAUAUUGGAUGCACUAGACAGGACAUCCUAAUGGAGACACGAGUUAGAAGAAAAGACAGGCAGGACUGGAGGGUUUUUUCUACGGCAUCUCUGCCAAUUCACCUGCAGAAAGCAGAAAGCUGAAGUUAAUUGUUCAAGAAAAAUAUGAUGGAAAUUUAAAUGUGCCAUAAUGCACCUUUAGCUGAACUAUUCAAUUACACUUUACAGUAUAGCAUUGCCUAAUACAUAUGCCAAAGGCAGAGCAGGUUUUUGACACUUGAGACACUUGCAGUCAAAACCAUGUUAAUUCAGGCGAUAAAACCACAUGAGUUAAUGAUAUGUAGCUAUUAUACUUCCAUUUAUAUCCUAAAACUGAAGCUUUUAACUUAGUUUAAACAUCAAAAUCAAUUAAUCAAUCAUUCUUUUUAUGAUGAAGUGGAAAUCAAAAAAAAAAAGUCUACCUGCACUCUACGGGGAGGUCAAGUCCUUACUACUUCUAUAUCAGGAAUGGAAGCCCGGCUUAAUUCACUAUGAGCAAGCUCUUGGCAACAGCGAGGAAAACGUUCAUUUAACAGGCAGCAACGUCAGCAGAACAGGACAUUAGGUGAACAGCUAUGUGCUGCAACUCAGUCAGUGAAGAAAGUGGGAGAGAGCCAGUUAAUAACAGGGACUUUUUAUAGCAGUGCCAAGAUAAUGACAGGAACAGGGUUGAUAUAAACAAAAGGUUUUCAACAGUCUUAUGGAUAAUGGUGAUUCUAAAAGGGAAAGAAAUGUGUCAUCGGUGGAAAAUCACUGUUAUCCAAACUACACUCAGAUACUUCCUGUUGAUGUUGUUGUUCGUCCAUUUUUCUUUGUCUGCAUCGCACUGUUCUUUCCAAUCCUAACACUGUCACAGCAGAUGGCUUUUCAACAUGAGUCUGGUUCUGCUCAAGGUUUUUAUCUGUCUUUUUCUUCCCACUUUAACUUCCCCAACACUGUUAAGAGCUCUGCUGGUGAAUUAAGAUAAGAUUGAUUCAUAAAUCAAAAUAAAGUUACAUCUUAUCCUUGAGAUAAGCCAUCUCACAGCAUUGAUAAGCUUAUUUGGACAGUCUAUUAUUAAUAAAGGAUAACAAUAAUCCAGCCUUGAAGUAACAAGUUAAGGGACUCGUUUUUCUGAUAGUUUUAAAGACAGGAUUUACCUGAUUUGCAAAUAAAAUAACAUCCCAGUAAAAAUAAAUUGAAGGUGAUACUAAGAAAAGAUACUCACUGUGUAUUUCAGAUGAACAUUUUGCACCUUGCUGGUUGUUUUCAAACACAACUAAUUAAUUUUGAGUUCCUCACAGUGUGAUUUCUGUUCAUACUGGGUUCAACAAAACAGAAAACUAAAAUAUUUUCAUAUUAUUGAGUUUAUUUUUUUUGCUUUUUAAGAUUUUUUCCCUCAUUAGUAAAAAGAAGACAUUUAGAAAUUAUGUUUUACAUCAGAGAAGGAGCCAGUUUUGAAGAUCCAUUGGAUAGCAUUUUCUCUUAGCUUGAAUGUUUAUUUUUAAGAUCUAUAAAGAGCUAAAAAGUUUGAAUAUCUGAUUAUUUCUGUCCUUGUUUAAUCCAAGCUGCAUCACUUUUUUAGUGCGAGCAAACCAGGCAAUUAAGCUGAAAUUCUAAUGAUAAGUCUACUCUCCAAACUGAACUGUACAACAUUUCACUGACACUGCAAGAACAGCGCAUUGUUCAACAUAUUCAAAUUAUUUCCCCCCCUGGGUGAGUGGCACCAAACAAAUGUUUCUGUUAGAGACUGGAGAGAGAUGGUUCCUGAACUCCUGGUGCAAUGUUUUCAUCCCAAUCCCUGCUCCUCUGAGAGGUGUGUGAAAAGGGGAGGGAGUUGUUUUACUGUCCCACAUCAACUGGCCUACUUGAUGGGAUACAAAGGAGAGGAAAUAAAAGGAAGGAGAAGGCUGAAAACCACACUGAGGUAUCAACUGAAAGGAUGUCGGAUUGUUGUGAGCGGCUAAGGAGUCUCUAGUGUUGAAAAAGACAGAGACUCGGAUGUAAAAGAAAAGAUAGGAAGUAGCGAAACCUCAAAUCUAUUUCAGCACGAUGCCCAUUUAUAUUGUAUAGGUAAGACAGACUAUGUGAAGAUGAUCUCCAGCCAAACCGAAUGCAAACAACAGGAACAAAAAGUGCCUCUCAAUACCCUGAAUGAAUUUUACUUCGACACUUUACUCUGUUAAAAUUCUGGCCACUUUAAACUGGUUAGAACUGGUUGGUAUGUUGUUUUAGAUCUCUUCUUUCAUGUUGUUUGUUUCUGCAUUCAGAGCCUGCAGUAGAAAACACGAAAUAAAUAAAAUCCAAUUAGAAACUGAGCGAGGCAGAAGACAGGUUUGUUUUGAAGGUACGUGCAACCCACUGACAAUAAAAUCAAGUAUGCAGGUGAAGCUUCAUGCCAGUGACAGGUGAAAUAGAAAAAGACAGUCACAGUGCAGCAGCAUCCAAGGCUUGUCAGUUAUAGAAAGCAGGAGCUACAUAUCUCACCGUUGUUGCCCCAUCAUCAUUAAAAGAAUUUGAUAAAUGAUCAGAAAAAGGGGUACAACCAAGUGAUGAAAUGCACUGCAACAAUCUGAAAUAAAACGCAGUAGGACCUUUUGUUGGAACAUCACUAUUACUUUGGCAUACUUUUGAGGCGUUCCCCUUGUAGUCAGAGUAAAAUUUGACGGUGUUGAAAAAAAGGAAUCAAGCUGAAUUAAUUUUUUUACAUCCCUUUUGUGAGAAAGCCAAAACAUCCUUUAAUACUGAUAUUUCAAGCUGUUGUCAUGGAUUUCACGAUGGUUACAGAAAAGACUGUAAUAAGUACUGAUGGUAUUAACUCACCUGCUGAGGCAAACAUGGCCUUCAGAAGAAGGCAGACUACUUCUAUAAUUAUUUUAUGGCCUAAAAGUGCAUCUGAGGGGUGGAGGUGAGGUAAACCAAACCAAAAAGUUUCAGGUAAGAACUUCAACAUGAGAAAUAUCAGUGAAAUAUAUAAUAAUAUAACAAUAUUCUGAAGAAGUCAAGAAAUCAAAUGAUGAAGAUGCUGAAAAUUUUGAAUAUCAUGUAUUUAAUUUUGUAUAAAAACAGAGUAAAUAUUAAUUACACCAGUCAGCAUAACUUUGUUUAGAUUAACAGAAAACGGACAUAUGGAUCUGAAAAGAGGUCAUAAUAUUUAAUAGCAAUGAUGCAUUCAUCGUACCAUUUUUCUCUACAAAGAGAAACACUGCUGUAUCCGGUGAGGUGGAAGGCUGGAUGAAAACACAGCAGAGAGUUCUCUUAUGUAAGCCUUUGCAGAGACUCUUUCAAUCAGUUCUUUUCAGUUUAAGAUGAAACCGCCCCCUCGCCACUGACUUUGUCAAACAAUCACGAAGAACUCAUCAUCCUUUUCUUUCUGCUGAACCCUCUCGAUCUCAGCUAUAUCUCCUUUUCUUUUCACAAUCCUCUCCUGGCCUUCGCCUUCUUCUCUCUCGUCCCAUGACUUCUAUUUUAUAUAUCCAGCAUUUAUCCUCUGUCCCCACAAUCAUAAACUGACACUUUAUCUUUGUUACUCCCAAGGAUCUCUCACUCCAAGUUACCUCAAGAGUAACAUGUCAUGGCUGAGGUCUUUGACAAGUGGAGAGCGACUGUUUAAUUUCAAAGCUGUGCCAAUGACCUCAACCUCAAGCACCACCGACAAUUGGUAAACUAUUUUCUCUUUCUGAGAAAAAGUCUGUCCACAUGUCUUUAUAACCACGGUGCCACUGCAGAGCAGGGCCCAAGUGGUUAAAACCAGACUGACUGUGGUCCCAGAAACAGAAAAAGUCUUCUACAUGUUUGUGUCUUCCUUUUUGCCACACUCACUGCUACUGCCCUUUCUUCUGGCUCACUUUUGACAAAUGUCUGACAAGUCUUAGAUUGAAAAUAUUCAAUUCUUGAAGGAAGACCAAACCUUGAUGUUUUAUUUUUCUGAAAAUUGUGCGAUUUAUUACCCCUUCACAUAUUUUUUAGUGUCUAAUCAUGACUUUAGACUGUAGCAGUGUCAGCGUUAUGCAAAACAGGCAGCACCGUUUAGACAAAAUGGCUGUACACAUAAUGUACAUAUAUUUUUUUUAAUCUCAAUUUCAUGCUUAAACAGUUUUAAGUUUAUAUUAAUAAAUUAAAGCGACCCUUACAGUGAUAUUUUCUCGAGUUUUAAAGCCUAUUCCCUCUUUUUCUUUCCUCAAAGGAAAACGCUGUUUAACAUUUAAAAAUAUGCAAGAGUCUAUGUGCAAAAUAUCUAUCAGUGUCAACACCGUGUGCAGUUCUUCCAAGAUCAUUUCGAUUUCUCACUGACAUCUAGGGACCCCUGGUUAAAGAGUCAGCAUUUGCACUUUCUGGAGUUUUGGUUCAAUAUGAGUGAAACUAUUGUCUCCUGCAACAGGACACCUGCUUAAGUUUUAAAGUGAGACCUGUUAAUGCUUACAAAUCAACAAAACACACUUUGGGAUUCAGAUUAUUAAAACAAGCAAGAUUAUACUAUAUUUAGAUCAAAAUCCCCUUGACACCACUUGUACUAACAGCAUGUAUUCAGGAUCUUGAUGCUGAAUCUCAGAAGAACAAGCUCAGACGGUUUGUGCUCUAGUGAUUUCAUAAAGGACUUUGGCAGCCACAGACUCACCUGCCAGUAGUAAUGUUUGCCACCUUCUUGGUUAUAGCACAUCACCACUUUUUUGACUUAUCUGCAGCGUCAUAACAGGGAGCCCCAUGUCUAAUGAAUAAAUCCAAUUUAGGGUGGGAGUUAAUUUUAAAGUAAGACAGAAACUGGAUUGCCACAGAGCCGUUCCAAAUUUAAACUUUCUAUUUAACUUUUUAUUUUGGCAAAACGGCAAACUCUCAACACCUCAUAUCAGGUGAAGAAUUUGGAUCUGACUGGUGAAUCAUGUUACUGCUACUAGAUAUAAGCUCACAAGUUUAAAGAUGGAAGACUGGUAAAGCUUAUUCAUUUGCACAAGAUAAACAAAUUAAAGACUCUGUACAUCAGAGUGGCCCUGAGUGAUUGCAAUACAAUUUAAUAGUUUUCUUUGGUUAAUGAGAAACUGGGUUAUAAUGCUGUGAACAGAACUGGUGAAAACAACAGAACCAUAUCUGGAUUUGAAGGUUAUGUGUGCAGAGUUGUGCUCUCCUCUUCAAAGGCUUUGUACUUUUAAUUUCCAAUUAUCCGCUCUGUGGUGCAGACAAAACUUUAGCCUGAGACUGGUAAAAUUAGACACGAGCAACCUUCUGGUCUCAUGCCCACUCACUCUAAUCUCUUCAUGGUGAUGUAUACAUGCACAAUUCAAUGCUCAGUCCAACCUUCCAUGACAAAGCGCUAUGCAGGGAGGACAUGUGUCGUUGAAAUAGGUCCUUUUUGCUUUUGUCUAAAAAAAAAAAGUGCAUUGUUUGGCUGUUGUUUUUGAACAGAUGGUCUUUAUUCAUUUAAAGUUGCUGGAAAUUGUGAACUCUGCAGGAAUCCAAAAGUCCUCUCCAGAAGUCAACUCCUUGGUUUUAUUGCAUGGUCAGCUCCAAGCUGUUGGCACGACAACAUGAGUAUGCAUGGUCCUCCUCUUGUGGGCAUGUGGAGUUUGUUAUCCAAGGCCAACAAAAGUAAUGUCCGGUGAAGGAAAGUUUGACAGUCAUUUAUUAGUUAGUCAAAUAACUGGCAAACAGAUUGGAUUGGACGAGCACACACCAGUGUUUCUAGUCAGUGGCAAAACAGGGAGAGAUCAGGCACAGAAAAAAACAGCUUUCAAUUGAUUGUGGCAUCAGCCACCUCCUGCAGACUGAAAGGCAAAAUUCAUAUGGGACAGCUUUUUCUGUGGAGCGCUAUAAUUUCCGUUGAGCCAGAGGCUUUUCGGGACAAAAAAAAGCAACAGCACAUAAGGCGAGCUAAAACAUUUUAAGCCAAGAGAAUCUGGACACUCACAGCACUGCUUGUUUGCUGCCAUUUCAGUCGUGCUGAAGUACUGGGAGAGAAGUUUCACGGCUGCAAACUGCCCAGUAACGAAAAGGCGUGUUAGUGUUGAGCCUGGCAUGAGGGUAAGAAGUGUUGGAAAAGUGAUAAAUCAAGUUGUUUUCCUUGGCACUUGGAUAUUUCUUUGGAAUUAUUACUCUAACAGACAUAAUCGAGCAGAAUCAGAGCAGAGUGAAAGAAGACUUUUUACUCGGAGAUAGCAUUUUGCCAAGCGAUGGAGCACACACUUGACCCCAUGCAGAGGGUCUUGUACACAGCAUGGUGCUUUUCUGUGCCAAUUUUGUGUUUGCUUUGAGCACACUGAACUUAAGAACAACUUAGAUUUGGGACUGGGUCAGGGAAGAAGCUUUCAGUUAUGCUUCAUCCUUGAAUUUAGGACACCCAUUCCAAGGACCAUCCUCUGUACAUGGAACAAGCCAUUUUCCUGAGCUUGGCUAUCACUCACCCCUUACAACUGUUCCAGGCCUUAAAAAUUACAAUACAGAUAUGGUCAGUUUUUAUGCUAAUUGUCUAAUUUGCUUUUGAAGGUUGUUAAGAGUCAUCACAAGUAAUUUCAUUUUGUUUCAUAAUAUUUUAAAACUUCACAUGGAAGCUUUAUGAAAAGUUGUUGCAACUAUUUAAAAUGUAAAACAUCAACAGAGGCAAAGGUUGGCAAGUAUGAAUACUUAUGUAACAUUUUUUUUUUUUACCACUUCUAAAAAUUCAGAUUUUGAAAAAGAGACCUUGUUAUCCUGCAGAAAUAUAAAUAACUAGCUGUUCUUGCUGCUGCUGUCUUUGCUAUUGUUGUGCCUCUGCCUGAUCCACUUAAAAGAGUUUUAAAAUCUUAACAGAAGUUAAAAAUAUGAGACGUGUUUGACCAAGGAUGAGGCCAAAAGAACACAGAAACAGAGUCCAUUCACCAUCAAAGCCUGACUGUCAAACCUAGACACCUUCAUUCAGAUCAUCCUGAGAGCAGAUACAGGGACAAAAAUCAGUCGUGACGUACUUCACAACACAGGAAGAACUGGCAAAAUGAUCCUGAAACUCUUCAACAAAUUGGGUUUCUGUACUUUUGCUUUAAGGGAGAAAUCAAGCCCAGAAUUAGUCUAAUUAUUCUGUGUUGUUUCCCCGUCAUGACAUGUUUGUCCUUCUUGAUCAGCAAAAGAAAACAAACUGAAAGGAAAUACAAGAAUUAAAAAUGAAAGAAGUAAAACUUUUUACGACCCAGCAACAAUUUUAUUUCCUCACUAUGAAUGCGAUGAAAGGAGGUAAAUCCUGUCUUGAUUUUCUGAUUUUGGCCCCUAUGUUGGGGUGAAAAGGUUAUGAACAGGUUGUGUCACGUUUCAAAACUGGAAAUGAAAGUUUUUUCAGGUAAAAUAGUUCAGAGGUGUUGGCUUUGAGAUACUUCUGCCCCAGUAAACUUAUUUUCACCCUCAUUUUCUUCUUGCACUUCACAGCAUUCAGCUCUUUUCAUCACUCCUCAUCUUUCGUUUCUGCAGCUGCCACCGCACAGCUCACGGCUACACAUGCAACAGGAAUGUUGACACACAAACAUGAAACGAGACAAACAUACUCCAGACACAGGCCAGGAUCCUUUUUGUGGCAUGCUGUAACUAUCACACUGCUUUUGAGUAGACACCAUUUCACACCGUGUUGGCAGAGUCUAAACUGUAAUUAAAAAUAAAUUCCACUUUAUUCAUAUUUUACCCGUAGGUGAAAAGUUUCCUUUCAUCUGCCUGCAUUGUUCUCGUCGGGUGCAGCUCACUGCUCUUCUCCAGCUCUGUUUCAGUAAACGGGUGUUAACUACCCCAGCUUGGAGACUCCAGCAUUUAUCUGUAGCAGUUCCACGGGCAAGAUUAUGAAUUAGUAAGGGAGCUCAAAAGGAAAACAACAACAUAAUUAGGGAACUCCAUCAGCAUAUUGUGCACUGUAAUAAGGAAUUUGUUUCUGUCUGUAUCCCUCUGAGAAGCAUAAUCCCUGCACACAUUUCAGUGGAGGAGCGUGAAGAAAAGAGUCUUGAACAGUAUCAGAAAUGUACAAUGGAGGGGCUGCUCCUGGCGAAUGAUUUGUGGGGUUUGAUUUGAGUUAUAGAAAAGGAGCAGAUUUCCACUGCAGAUCAUGUAGAUCAGGGUUCUUCUCUGUUCCCUGGGAGCUUCCUGUUUUAAUAUCUUUUCAGUUUUUGGCGCAGUUCUUCUUGGGUGAAAGAGGUCAAACUGGCAGUAUAUUCAGUCCUCUGUUAAAAGCUCUAUUGCAUAGUGGGGAAAAUGAUCCUUUCCCCUGGCUCUUGCCUACAAUAGAAUCAUUUCAACUCUAUUGGACGGCAUGAAACUCAUGAAUACUCAUCAAAGUCAUGACAGGCUAAGCAAUGACACACAACCAUCGUAGAGAAGGUUGGAAGGAAGGGGGACAGGGUUAGAAGACACCUGGCAGUCCUCACUGGUUGUUGGCGAUUGUUAGUCAUGACCAGGUUAUAGUCACGCUAAAAUCGUGAAGUCAGACCUCAGCGUUCAACAUUUCACAAAUCAAACGUGGGUCGUGACAAGACACGUGUAGACAAUAAAGAUUCUUGAAGGGGCAGUUGAGUUGUCUUAACCAUAGACUGUAUAUUCUAUGGACAACUUGGUCAUUAUACAAAUUUGAAGCCGAAUUGCUCUCAGUAUUUCCAGGAUUUUUUCUACCUCCUGAAACCAACAUUGCGCAGUAGCAAUGUACGCAUUUGGACAACAGACAUUCUAUUCUUAUUCUUAUUCUCAAUAACUUUUAAAAACGGAGCUGUAAAGAAAAAAGAGGAUUGAGCACAAACUAGUCUUACAGUAACUACAUUUUAACAUCGCAAGCAGGAGGAGAAAAAAUUAUAUUUUGUGUGAUUAAUUUCUAAAGUUUGUCCACAGCUUCAUAGGGAUUGCUGGAGAAGGUGGGAUUUAUGACCUAUACUGCAGCCCGUCACCAGAGGGUGCUAUUCUCGCAGUGGCUUUACCCAGCGAGGAGGCAGACAACGUCCAUUCUAUAUACAGUCAAUGUGUGAAUAUUCAAUGUCAUGACCACACAGGCUCAGCACAGAACACAUCACUUUCAGUCAUACGCUGUAAAGGCCUCACUCAGAAGUGUGACUAUCUUUUCUAACACCACAUUUGUCAACCCCACUUUCAGAGAUGCACAUAGUGAAAAUAUUCAGAAAGUGUCACAGUUAGUGUCACACUUUCCCGCUCUCCCCCUGGUAUCAUUUCUGAGUAAAGUGCUCAUGUGAGAACAUAGCUGCAAAUCUUCAGGAUAAUUCCCUGCAAGUAGAGGCAGGGGGAACAGGCAGGGUGUGUGUCAUGUGGUUGUUGUUGUUCCACCUAGCUUCACUAGGGCUGGGGCUGGAAAUAUUAUGAAUAAACAUCAAAAGUGGUUUGACUGCACCAUUUACCAAAGUUUCAGAUCAUAAAAAGGGAUACCUUUACUGUAAGGCAGCAUGUCGCAAAAUUAAACAAAUAUGUCAAUAGCCUUAAAAAAAUUAUAUUUUAUUAUUUAAAAAAUGAUAAAGCAUACACUCAAUAAACAUCAAGAACAGUGUGUACCAAUUUAACUACAAAAAAAGACAAAGAAACGUCAAAUAGAAACUUUGUUAAACAUACUCCAAAACCAACCUAACCUCAGGUUCAAAGAGAAGGACCUCAGACCCUCUUACCAGGACUUAGAUCUAUACUGGGUACAUUUCUAAAAGAUCUCUAGACCUUAGGGGUUGCAUCAGGCUGUAGUUUUCCAUCAACCAUCUAUAGACACCUUCCUUAUACCUCCAGCUGACCUCUCAUCAACCUCAUGACAGGAACAUUAAGUACAUGCUGUCUGGAUGCUGCUUAUUAUAAUCAUAUAUCUGCCGCUGAGCAUAUUCAUUUAUAUCUCUUCUUAGAAACUCAUCACUUUGUCUUUUAGUCUUAAUGUGUCUACCUAAAUGCUUGUACUCACUCUGGUUGAUGGAUAGCUGUUGUAGACCCUACGACCUGGUGGUAGGUUGAAUUUAUCCAUUACUAUCUCUGAGGUCUGCGUCCCCCCCAGAGUUGCCGGGGAGCAGCCAUCAUUCACCACUAGAUCAGACAGUGGGGAUACGAAGGUCUGGUCUUCAGUGUUCAGACACGCUCAGUAAUCACUCACGUCACCCUUUAAUGCACUGGGAGUACCUUCAGUGAUGGAUUGUCAUCGUCUCCUCUACUCCCUCAUUUUGUGUCACUCUCUUUCUUCCAAAAACUCCCAUUCCUUCAGUUUUACCUCGUCUCUACUUAGCACUAUCUCCUUGUUUUGUUGUUGUUUUCAAUCUCUCCUCGGUUAUACUUCAAAGUUUGCCUUCGACAGACACUUGGCAGGUCUUUGAUGAAAGCGUGGCACUUUGAGGCGACACUGCAAGACAAUGCUGAAACCUUUUCACCCACAAAUGCAUUACAGGGUCAAAAAUUACCCACUUUAGUUUCUGUCUCUUUGCAAUGACAAGUCAUUUGAUAUUCCAGCUAUCCAGCUUGAUAAAAAGGUUUAUAAAACCAUGUUAUGUAAGUUUUAAACCUAACUAUUAUACUUUUUGAGAAGUUGUGUUUUUUGUGUCACUCAGAGAAAAUCCAUGAGAGCAAUUCUUGACCCAUGAAUGGACACUGAGCGUCCAAAGAGCCUUUGUGACUGUGGCUCUCAUGUGGACUACACUGACAAUCUACGAAGUGCAACCUGCAUCCGAUACAUGCAGGUAUUCUCCUCAUUUUUAGGAAAUAUUAGUUAUCAAAUUAAUUCAUGAAUACAGAGUGUGUGUUAUUAUCAUCUAAGCCUCACUUGUUUUUUUUCUUAACAUCCCAUAAAUUUUAAGUUAUGGUCAAACACACCAUAACGCUGCUUGUUUGUUGGGGAGCCCUGAUGAGUCGAUCAUUAUUACUUCAUGUAAAUGCAAUCAGACCGAGACGCUAAGGCAGAAGAACUACCGCGUCUGCAGUACACAUACAAGAUACACAAGAACUCUGACUCUGUUUCCAUGAAGUAAUAAUCAUAGAUGUUCUUCCUUGAGCUACGAAACUCCGCUGCACUCGGUGAUCGACUCGUCAGGGCUCCCCCACAAACAAGUGGCUGCUGGAGGGGAGUGGGUGAGUUGUGUUUAGUCUCUUUGCUAAAGAAAUCAGGCAAAGCUAAAAAGAUGUUUGAUGGCUAGUACUAUGGCUGGGACCCUAUAUGUACUGUUGAUGAAGUUAGGGGCUGUUCUGAGCAUUAUUUGUAGCUAUAGAGUUGAUUUUUGGUUGAAGUUUGCACGUGGAGAUGUAGACUGCUGUGUAUUGCUAUCGUGAGGUGGAACUAGUCCUCUAACCAAGUUCCAACUUCAGACUGAAAAAAUAUUCAGAGGGCAUAUGAGACCCCGAAGAGCAGCUGAAACCUCAUCUGCUGUGUCCAUGGGAGGUCAGGUUGGCAGUAUACUCACAAAAGCACAUUCUGUCGCUGUUUUUUCUUUUUUUUUUUCAGGAUGUAUAAGCCGUGAGGCAACAACAACAGUAAUGUACUGACCUUUGCUCUGGCACCAGCACUCCUGCCCCUCUCCAAAAAAAGAACAUGUGCAUCAAGCAGACUUAUAUUUCACUACACAACUUAAACCAUGAGGAUCUACUCAAUAUUAAAUCAUCUAGCAGCUUCUAAUGCCGGAUUAUCAUUACAGACUUUAGGAUCUCCCCCUGAGGUCUUUUAACAACAAAUUCUAAAUCAAAAGCUGUUUGACAAUUUAACAGCUAACAGAUGCGUGAUGAAGCAGGCAAUUUCAAUGCAAUCUGGUUCAAUAAACUGCAUUUAAAUGAAUUUAUAUCAGAUGAUGUUGUAUCCUUUGUUUAAUCAAAAGAUGAACAAAAGGUCAAGCAGCGUAGCACGCAGGACUGUGAUUUUCUGCCAGGAAACUUUCUUUGUAAGGAUUGUUGAAUUGCAAAACACUUGCAAACACAACAUGUAAAUAAUAAGUCAGAGUUUUCUGUGAGUGAAAGAGAGAGAAAAGUGUGUCUCAUCAUUGGAGCUUGUGUUGUAUUUUAGUGGAGUUAAAAGAAUUGGUCGUCAAGUUAGGCUGUCCAUAGCCAGUGGUAAGGAUGACAGACAAUAAAAAAACAAUUUUGAUCACAAAACAGCCAGUUUAAUUUGUCAAACACUAAUAAUUCAUGACUGAUAAGUUGUAGGUCUUGAAAAACAGACAACAAAAGUGGGAGAAAUCACUAAACUGAGCCACAGGCAGAGUGGACAACAGCUGAGCAUGACCAAGAUGUUGGACACAGCAGAAUGAGUUGGACUAGACACAACUCCAAGGAAAACUCAUAAUAAAAAGGCCAAGAGGGUGGGUAGCCUUUCAUACACAUUUUUCAUGACUUAUUAAAGAUAAUACUUCCUUUGGCUGGAAGGCUGAGUUAAAUAGAUCCACAACCCAACCCUUCUGCUGCUCCUCUCUGCUCUGCUUUCAAUGCAAGAAGCAAACAGCUGCUUAAACCCGUUAUUACAUUUUGCAUUUUUCAAGCUGCUCUGAUCAGAUUGGUCAUGGAUCAGGGGGCAGAUGGGUUUAGGCAGAAAUAGAUAUUGCAUAGCUUUUAGCUUCUCUGCCUUAUUACAAACCAUUAAAAGACAUUUUGUACUUUUUCUUCUUAAUGUUAUUUCCUCUCCCCCAGAAAGCGGUCUUGUUUUUGCUAAAUGGAAUUUCAAUCACUGGCUUGAUGUUUUCUUAAUGAAAAGCAAAUUGAAGGUAAACAAAUGAGAACGCAUCGGUGCUGGUAACAUGAAAGGAUUGUUGAACUGUAGCAACAACCUGACUUGAUCUCAUUAUUUGAGCUUCUUUGAAAAUCAACACACAUUGUAUAUGGAUAGUUGUCAGUUCUUUCAGACAAAAUUUGCAAAUUUGAUCAAGUCCAAUGUCAUGCUAGACUUUCAGAGUAUGGGUGCUUUUUUAAGGAACUCAUUUUUAAAGUUUUAAGCCAUCAGAAUCUCCGAUUUUCAACUCUAACCCUCUAUUUUCACACUGCAACACUGUCACUCGGAAGAGCAGCCUGUGGCAAAGCUGAAAAAGCAGCUUUUAACGUUUCUUUAUAAAGACUGCUUCAGAAAGUAAAAACAGAAACAUCACCAAACUGAAGGGGUACUAGCUUUUAAUUUGCAGUCACAUUUUUAACCCCAAAAUACUUUGAAUUCAGCUUUCAUUUUUUUUAUUUUAUUUGUUAUUGAUCCCUACAUAUUUUAUCAUUUUACAUUUUUAAUCAAUAACUCUCGCAGCUAAUUUUCAGUCUCUUGUUUCUUUAGGAAAGAUUCUGGGCUGCAUGCCUCUAUGUUUGUAAAAUGCUUUAGAAAUGAAGUUGAGGCUGGACCAAAUGUUUCACUGUGGAAAAAGAUAGCUAUGGAUAAAAAUGAAUCCUUUGUGUGCACCUCUAAACUCAGAGACUAACAGAAACAUCCUUGAGUAAUGGGACAGUGGAGCGGCUAUUUUUCCCCUAUAGAAUAAAAGAACUUAAUUUCUGCAUGUUAUUGGGGAAGUAUGACUUUAAUUGCAUUACAGAUGCAACCUUGAGCUGAAAUCUCAAGACCUUGGUGUCAAAUACAUUUUAAUACAACCCUACAGCAUCAAAUCUAACAAGACUUUUACUGAAUAAAUGAUUAUUAUUUUCAUACGAUUCCUUUCACCACAGCAAGAUUAAAACACUUAAACGGUCUACAGCUUUAACCAUGAGGCUAUAUUAUCGCAAACUAAGUGUUUUGGUAUGAAAGGAAAAAGAAAGAAAAGACACUACACUACUUCGCCGAAGGACAAAAUCUUAGCAGUCAAAUUUUUCUCACCAAAACUCAUUUUUAGCCUGGGAGAAGAAAAAAAAAAAAGGAACACUCUUGGAUGAGAUGUUGGCUUUGUAAUCUCCAGAGUUUUACUGAUGCUGUAAGGGAAGAGGCUGUGACUGAUGAGAGUGCUUAGAAUUACACAUAUUGAUACAGGAAGCCUGAUUAAGAUGGUUUCAAGCUCAGGGCUGUAGGUGAAACGAUCCAUGGGAGACGUGCCAUGAGCCUGUAGAGUUCAGUGGAUGCACUUCAAGAAAUUAAAAAAAAUUGGACUCAAGGCUUUAGCAAUUACAAAAAUGAUUCCUGGCAAGUGAGGAAAGGAGACAUGGAGGGUUGUCUUAUGAAUUUUAAGAGCCUUUAUCACUCAGACACCUCUGUUAGGAACAAUGAUUUAUAGCGAUUGCUUACCCAUGUUCUUGACAAUCAGCUAAAAGCCAGGAUGGCUGCAGAGGGGUUUCAGUGUUGAUCCCUGUUGUUGUUUUUCUUUCUAUUUUUCAUUUGUAUGUAAUCCCAUUUCAUCUUUGUAUGAGUUAUGCCAAGCCCAUUGCUCUCUCCUUCACUUGCAGUAAUUUUUAACACGGUAAAUGUCUUCAAAUGCACUCAACAAAUUAAAUGUAUGGAUUUCUUGUUCAUUUGUGGUCAUUGGAAAAAUCACAUACCUGGUUUAAGCAGAGUCUGCAACCUUGAAGAUUUAGCCCUGUUAUAAAAAAAAAGCGUGAUUUUUGAGGAAGAAUGUACAAUUUUUCAUCCUCUGCUUUUCAGAGGCAACAGACGCACACUUAAGCAGUCAACUAACCUAACAGGAUAUGACAUUUAGUGAAUUGAAAAUUACAGAUUUGUGACCAAAACAAUGUUUUAGCAUUACCUUUCAUUUCAAAAACAGGCACUUACUUGCUGAUGAUUCUUCUCAAUUCAGUACAAUACAUUACGCACACACUUUUCCCUGGGCUUCGUUCAGAAUUUAUAUUUGCAUUAACCUUGUUGUUCUAUGAUUUGCUCUCAGAUGAACCUCUAUUUGAUUCCCACUGCUCUUAUUUUAGAAACAUUUGCUACAGUCUAAAGAUACACCUAAGAUAGUUUAAUGGACUUCAGGUUUCCUCAAGUUAGUUUUCAAAUGCAUCAAUAAUCCAACCUGUAAAACUUUUUCAAGAUUGCGCAAUCGUAAGUAACCCGACACGUGGUAAUCUGGCUGUUCAGCCUCGCAUCACUUGUGACACAUAACCCAUCAUAAUCUAUCUCCAGGUCUCAAGGUCUCCAGGUCCAAGGAGCAGAAUGUUUUGCUCCAAAAUCUAUGUGUCUUGUUAAGCAUCAAUGGUUCUUGCCCAGAUGAGUAGCUACCAUCUGAAUGAUGAUGGCUUUAAGGCUGCUGGUAACUGGCAUAUUGGUCUCUUUAGACCCGAUGACACGGUGUCCAUGAUUUCCAAAAGAAUGGCAAAUUCAGAUUGAUAUAUAUCUAUAUACACAUCAUUGAAAACAGAAAAAUGAUGGGGGGCAGGUCUUCCGUUAUAAUAAAAUUUUAAAGACAUUCUAAAGACAGUGCCCCUCUUUAUCUCUAAAAGUUUCCUACCCUUCUUACAGUGUAAUUGUCCUUCUUUCCCUCCCUUUCAAUCCACAGAUAGACAGAAAAAACACACAUGUAUUUUAAUGUGUACUUACAAUUCUACCAUUUUUGAUGUAUCCCAAUUUUCAUUCCUUGUUGAGCCAUUAAGAACUUUUUCCUCUUUGAAAUGAGUCUCAAAAAGGUUUUCUUGAAAGUAACAGCAGACAACUAGAAUACAUUUGCAUGACUCAUGGCUGUUAUCACUGAGCCAUCAAGGUUAUUCUGGCAUUAUGGGUUUAUUUCCUGCUAUGUCUGUGUUUUUAAGGGGUUGAACCCAGUUCAUGUUUUGUCGUUUCAGAGUGAGGACUUAUUUUUACAUUCCUAUGAGUAAUGGUUUGUUUGAGAACUUUGGUUUGAAUUUAGUGUCAAAGUUUCAGUUGAAAUGAAAGCAUAAGGGAAAAGGUACAAGUGUGUCUGUGUGAGCACGCCUGCAUGUGUGUAACUGAAAUAGGUCAUGUUCAUUACUGUCAAGUCAAUUCACGAUGUAGUCACUGCAGGGACAGGAUGUUAAAUGAGUACAGUGAGGGCAGUCCCUUUAACUGUGACCUCUGCUAAUAAAACACAUGAUGACUGACAUUCCCAUCAGCUCAUACAUACCUCAUUACCACAGCACCUUCAAGGAGGGCAUUUUAUAUUAUGUUAGUUUCCUUUGCAAUAACAGAGCUAUUGGUGAAAACCUUUGAAUAUCUUAAUAACAGAGUAGAAAUGUUGAGAUAUUGCUAAUGAGUGAACUGUAUAUCCGAAAGUUCAACUUUUGCUUCAGGGAAAACUAGAUAAUUUGACAAAAUAUUAGACUUUGAAAACCUUCCUCUAAGCAUAGCUCUCUAUUAGUUACUAAUGCUCCUGUUUGUAUAACUUAACGUCAACCCCGAAGGCACUGUGAGGAUUUAUUUUGUUUGGACCAAAGUGAGAGUAUUUUCUUUUGGAAUGUCCUGCACCGUCAUCCACUGUUAUAAAGAUGUGGCUUUUGAAAGACAACAUCUCUUCUUUUUAACACAACUUUCCUUUGUUCAAUACAACUUAUUUUUGACAGAUGCGGAGUAAGAGGGUAUUGAUCCGCUGUUAUGAAAAUAUUUUACUGUAAAGUAAAGUAACAGUGGUUUUGCUUUUGUCUAAAAUGAACUGUUAAUAUUAAAACUGCUGAAGUCAAACUUUCAGCAGUUUUAACUGAAUCAUAGGUGCCUGCAGAUUAAUAGACUGAUAGAGUUUUUGAACAGGAACAGGUGUACAAGUCCAUACAGACAAACUGUAGUGGUCAUUUGUGGCAAUGGCUGAGCACGCAAAGAGGUUCAAAGUGUGGCUACAUUUAACCAAAGCUCAAGAUAGGAGAUAAAGUGAAAUGCAGUUUUUGAUGCAAAAAUCAAACAGAAGUUAAAGGUUUAGUUCACUAAUAAUCAAAAUAAUAUAAUUAAUAAAUAAAUAUGUAAAAUUUACUAAUUAAUGACAAAAUUGUUAACCAAGGCAUGCCCAGCUCAGACUGUUGGCUCCAAAAAAAGGUGUGCAAAUUAUGCAAACUCUUUGACUCUUUAUUCUCAAGAGUACUGUACUAUUGUCAGAGGUAAAAAAAAUUAUCAGUUUCUGUCCCAGAACUGCAGAUCAGGUCAGGUCACAAACAUCCUUUGCCAAUUUGGCAGCCAGCCCAUGUCAAGCCACCCCAGUGGCAUCUUGGAUUUAAGUCUCUGCCAUCCAGAAGGAGAUGACUGGAGGUCUAAAAGGCCUAAUCGUCGACUUUUUUGUAGGACAGUGUUGGAACAAAAUCAGACAGGGGGAAUAAGUUAACUUACAGACCUUGGGGUGGAUCCUUCUGAAUAUAUUAUCUGAAUAUAGAAUCUGGUUACCCCGUUGAUGCUUCUCAACCAAAAAUAUCUUACUAUGCUUUAAUUUGACAUUGAAAAGCUUUACUCCCUCACUGUGAAUAUUUGCUGGUGAGAAAGUGAAGCGAGGCUGUUAUUCUAGAGUGUCGUCCAUCGUAUGGUCUGACACCUGAGCCUUGCAGCAGUUACAGAUAUUAAAAUUGCAAUAUAGACCUUAUCAGUCUUGUUGUUGAUGGUCCUGUUUGCCUUUGAGGGUCAGUAAAGACAUUAUUGUUUAUUUCAGCUUGUUUAAAGAAAAAAAAAAAACCCUCACAUCAGCCUUGAAUUGAACCAAAUACAUGGUCAUGAUGGACAAAAACACAUACAUGAUUACUGAAGGUGACAACAUGGAGUCAAUCAUCGUGUCUAUUUAUUUACUUUAGUUAAAUGAUAUUAAAGAGUCUUAAUGACUUGCUUUAAACUUUUGAUUGCAUGCUAAAUGAAAUAACUGACUUUAUAAUGAAGUAGUGAAGUUGUGCUGGUGUUUCUAGGCAACAUGAUGUUUCAAGAGUGUUUCCUAUUACUCAUUUCUAACCCGCACAGACACAAGAACUGCACUCCGGACAUCAGUGAUGUCGAUGUGAGUGUAGUGCAGAGACAGAGCUCAGUUUGAGGCAGAAGUAGUUGAUUACAGAUCAGAUUUUGAGGACCUCUGAGAUAAAGCCUUCAUUCUGGUUUACAAAUACCAAGUUCCCUUUUUUGUUUGCCAGAAUCACACUGUAAUUAAAGUAGUGUAUCAAAUACAUUUGCAGGAUAAUUAAUGCACAAAUUUGCCUCACUGAUGAAGUCUGAAAUCAUUUAGAAGUAAGAAGUUCUUCAGAAGUUCCUGAUGUAGGCAGCACUGCCCUUCAAAUUGCAGUGCAGACUCACUUCAUUAGGUAUGAUGACUGUACCCUCCUCUCCAGUAAUCAGUUGCUUUAGACUUUUGUGCUACUCUAUGAAAGGACUUUACUGUAAUCAUGUGAAUUAUUCUGAACGCACUUAUUAUUCUCAGCCUUACUGCCUGAUUAUUUCAGGCCACAGACAAUGUUGGGAAUUAGAUGUGGAAAGCAUCUUGGCGGGGUUUCUUAGUAACCAUAGUCCUCUCUGUACACUGUGCAUUUAAAAGUUUCCUACUUUCUGUCGACUUCCUUCAAAGUGUUUCUCUUGCUCUUUGUAUAGUUCUGACUUUUGUAUCAAGGACAAUAUAACACCAAGUCUGACAAAUAAAACGUUGUCCUUUGCUGCAAAAGCCACUGUGCUGCAGUCCUUUUUCAGAAAUGUAAGUAAGGCAUGCUGUUCCUAUGAGUGAAUGUGAAUGUGUAUGAAUCACAUGCAUCUCUCUGCCCCUCUUCCGGCUUAGCCAAACAAAGUCUGAUGUACAGCCAAGGAUAUUUACUUUGCCAAGAACUUUUGCGGAUUUAAAUAAAAUAUAAAGAAGCAAGGUUGAGAUCUGGUCUCUUUGCUGUAAAGUGUGAAAACAGUCUGACAUUGUAAACAGAUGGAGACCUUUGGUGACACUCUUAUGACACUCACUUACUUCACUGGAAGCCUGCAGGGGGAAAAAAUCCUCCCACAGAUUCCUCUUUAAAUCCCAUCCAAUCCCUCUCUGUGUGGAGUGUAGAUAUAUUUUGAGAACAGCAAGUCAGAGGUCAGUCGGCAGGGUUGAGCGUCCCUCUAUCAUACACGUCCAGUAAGUGGUUUAAAAGCUUUGCUGGUGAUAAACAACACAAACAUUUGCUGUCUUGGAGGACUACUCUUCUAACUGCAUUACAAACUGAUUAAGCACUUGGGCCUAACGUUUUAAUUACCUGUGUGAUAAUAACAUUGGGUGAUGUCUGAACCCUGACGAAACACCAACACCUAAGAGAAAGCAAACAAUGAAAUAUGCUACCAUAACAGCUGUGUUGAAAGCAGGUCACUGACAGAGCCAGUUCACCCGCUUUGAUGGGAAAAUACUUAAACUAUUAAACAUUUCGAAGUCAUCUCACUUGAGUUAAAAAGCAUCAAUACGAACCGUACUAAUCACCUGCUGGUGUUGAAUACUUGACUCUGGUCAUAAAAACCGUAUAGCAGCAGCUAUUACAGAGACAACCCGCUCACACGCUUCAUAUCAAGUGGAUUAAUGGAAGAGAGUCCAGCAUGAAGUUUAUUAUGAUUCAGCCUUGCCUCUUGAUAAACUGGAAAAAAAGUGAUACAUCGAAAAACAGCAUGGAGGAUAUUCAAAAUUAUUCUAAAUUUUCUAGGAGAGUACAAAACUUUGUGGUUGAAGGCUGACCAGACAACAGAAGAUAGAUAAAGAAAGGAAAUAAAAUAAUAAAUAAUGAAAGCUGAAUGCAGGAGACUUAGACUAAAUUAUAGAAAGCAGACACAAAGCAAAAACAAACAACACAGUAUGAUCUUUGGUAGUGUUAAAACUGAGUGAAAAGAAAAUGCCAACAGGAAAACACAAAUAUUUGAAGAGGAAGACCUUAUACAUCUCCUAACGAUGGCAACAGAACAACACUUCUAUUUUGAUUUUACUGUGAAUGAAAAUAUUUGAUAUGUAAAAGAGUGAAGAUGGAUGAUAUCAAGACUGUGAUUUGGAUGAAAUCAAACUUGAUACCUCAUCUGAAAGCUGUGUUUUUCAGACAAACCCUAACCCGGUGUCUUUGCAUAACAACAUCUAUCACUCAUUGUGAGGCUUUGCUUUGUAAAAAGUGAAGGAAGGCUGGCAUUUUUAUCUGUAAAAAUGCAUAAUUGUCAAAUCAGUUUAACCAACACAUCGUGUGAACUUGGUUGUAUAUUUGGAUGGUGGCCAGGUAACUAGUGAGCUGCUCUAUAAUUAGCAAGAGGCAGCUGUGGGUGGUUAUGCAAAAUAGGAUCCUGGCAGGAAGAAGCAAGAUUCCCCUGCACUUAGGAUCAGGGUCUUGUCCCACUGAGUCAAAAUGCUGCCAAAACACAAGAGUACAACUGGCUGUGGGGAUGCAAGCAGAAUCAUACCAGACCUUACCAAACUGCAUUGGACCAAAGCACACCACUUUGUCGAAAUAUAUUAUUUACCUUUUGUUUUGUCAGUGAAUUUAAACACAAUAGGUUUUGGGCCACACCAUGCUUAAGCAUUACUUUCUACGUUGCCUGUCAUGCAUGGUGUGAGCUGUUUGGCAGAAGAAGUACUGUAAGUCAAACUGACAAGUAAAUGGAGCGUUGCUAAAUUAAAAGGCAGUAAAGUUUAGGUCUUGAUAUCCUGAGCUGCAAAAAGAAUAGCAUACCCUCUCCCUAAAAGUCAAUAUGAAUCCCCCUGACUAUAUAUCAGGAUGCUGUAGCUGUAGCAAGAUUAGCUGGUGCGCAUCACUGGUGACACACAGGCUGGAUUUGCUGAGAUUUCAGUCAUUGGGAUUGUUCCUUGUAUUUCCAUUUUACCUUCAUCAACUCUGCAGCAGUUUCACAAGCCUCAUAAAAUCCAUUUAAUCAGCUACAGAAAAUCUGUUCCACAUUCAAACUCUCUCGGCAGUAUAUCUUACUGUAGUCAAAGUAUAUUUGCUGUUGUCAUUUCACGCACUAUUUUGUGUUUUAUCUCCUAGUCAGCCGAGAGAAAUAUGCAAAUCGGUACAGAAACAAUAGCAGUGGUGUUCUAUCUUCAUUUUAAAAAGCAUGCUCAUGCAUUGAGAAGACUGUAUCUUUUAUUCUGGAUCACAAACUCUUUCUGAAGCACAGUUACCAUUUUGCACCUGCCAAAAGUAAGUUAGUUGCUCAACUAUUUAAGGCCUGCUGAGCAUACAGCAAACCUCAGUGGUCAGCAGUCAGUCAGGAAGAGAGGUUGUCUUAUGUUUUAACAUCACUUCUGUUAAUCUGUUGUGUCUUCCCUCAUCUCAUGGAGUCUGUAAUCAGGGCAGGGACAUAAGUCUUAGCAGCAGUACCAGCCUAAACAGUCCCCAAACCAACCCACCAUUCAUCUUAUUAGAGGAGGCGGGGUUUAUGGCCUAUACUGCAACCAGUCACCAGGGGGUGCUGUUCUUGAGGAGGCUUCACCCAGUAAGGGGGCAUAUGACAUCCAUUAUAUCUACAGUCUAUGGUCCAACUCAUCUCUUGUCAAUAGAUCCAAUAAAUAUUCAUUAAAAUUCUCUGAUAAAUAUAUCUGAUAUAUAUUUUUUUGCAAUCAUAUCCUCCCCUUGAAAAAUAUAUUCUUGAGGAAAUAUAUAAUACAGCUACAUUUGAGGUAAUAAACUCUAAGCUGUUAUUAAGGGCUAAUCUCAUCUCUUGUCAAUGGAUCUGAUAAAUAUUGAUUAAAAAAUCAUCUGAUGAAUAUCCAAGUAAAACAUUGUCAAUAUUUAACUUCAGCAAAAACCAACAGGAACAUUCACAAAAAGAACAAAAAGAACAAACUGAAUGUCCUCAAAGUGAUCUAAAAUAUAAUACCCGAUGAAUGGCAGCGGUAAGAAGUGAUUUAUUAGGGCCUACUAAAUGCUCAGUUUUCUGUUGCUCAUUGAUGACUUACUGCCUGGGUCUAGACCGAUUACUCACUCAAACACCCACAUGCUCCCCCAGCAGACUCAUAAAUUCAGACUGGCGUUUGACCUGUGGUCUCAUCAAUAUCGCCAUGAAGUUUGUUUGUUUACCUUUUCUUUGGUAACCUGGCAAGAAGGGGGUAUUUUAAUUUGUUUAGCUAUUGACAAGCACCACUCACUGCUCAGGCUAUCGGACUUCAAUAAUAGUCACAGUCAACAAAACAAGGGAGUAGGGCUUUUACUGCAGGGAAUCACAGUGCUACAGCCCGUUAUUUGGGCUGUGAAGUCACAUUACAGUAGAUGUUUUUGUGAAAACCAUUUUGUGAAACGUGUGAAAGCCUCACUUCUAUGAGCAGAAUAUCGUCCUUUCAUAAACGGUGUAUAACAGCUGAUUCAAUCACAAGCACGUUCUGAAUAAAGACAUUUUGGAGUGCUUAUUGAUUAACAAUAGCAAAUAUUAUGUCUCCCAAAAGGACAUGUUAAGAAUUGCUGAUAUGCAUGGACAUAUGCAUAAAUGCUUAUGGUAGUUAACACUGGCAACCAAAGCAAGAUUAAACAUGUAGAUGCUCCUAAAACUAGAUUUGUAGCAUACAAAUACAAAUGUUUUGAAAUGUUCAUAUGCUGCUUUUAAACACCAAAUGUAAGUGCACUGUUUAAUCUAAGUAGAAACAGGUUGUUGGAGAAAAGAAAAAACUUUACCAGGAGAUUUUUGUAAUCUUAACAGGUGUUAAAAAUGCAAGAGAUCCUCGAUGUGAUGUCAAUUGAUAACAUAUAACAGAUUUCUAAAAGUGAGUGGACACCAAACACAAAUGCAUUCAGUUCUGUCCUGACAACCACAAGCCUGACUCUCCAAACUGAUCUUAAAAAUGUCAGUAAGAUAAGACUUUAGAGGAAACAAACAGGAUGACAGGAUGUUUGCUAAGCUACACAAUACUUUGCAAACAUCCAACAGGAGUUGGUUUCUAAUGUUGAACGUACUGGAUGCUGUGGCCCUCAUCUUUCUUUAAGUAAAUCAGGGGAUGAAAAAAUCCAUCUGAUUACACCCCACACCACAGGAAAAUCAGUCAAAAUAAUAACUAUCAGACGGGGUCCAGAAUCCACCAAGUUAUCUCAUAAUGUGUCCCCUCUUAAGCUAGAUAUCUAAAAACAUGUCCAAAUCAGUUUAUGAUUAUGGUCUUGACUUAAAUGGUGACUUUUUACAAACUAAGUACUCUACACAAACAUUAAUGGAUAAAUAAAUCUCCAUAUUCCAGUGAACCAUGACUCACAGCUUGGUAAGAUUUAGUACUUGGCUAGAGUUAUGGUUUUGGGUCAAACAAGAACUAUACUUAGUACUUAUUAAUAUAAAAGAUGCACCAAACUUUUCAACAUUAAAUUUGAAAGUGGCACAAUUUACAAAAGAAGUCCACAAACUUUGGUCUCCAGGUGAGAGAGUUUGUGCAUCUUCUUUCCUUUUAAAAGAGUAGUAGUGUCAAAAACAUGUGUCUUUAGAAAAGCUAACUGUAUCAGCCUCAGGGGUGGAAGCUGUGGGAUCAAUUAAGAGUAAAUCCAAACACAUCACCUCAUUAUUUGAACGUUUCUUUUUUUUUAGUUAUUCAACAUCACAAAAGAAGUUUAGGGGAAUAAAAGCUUGUCACCUGAAAACAGGAAAACAGCCCUUGGUGUCAACAUGACAAAGAUUAGCAGCGUUUUUUUGGGUCUGAUCUCCAUCUGGAAUCAACAUACUGUUAUGUACAACAGGCUUACAGGCUAAGAACAGCUAUUUCUAUGUUGGAAUGAAUCCAGAUGUAGAUGUCUGCCAAGCUUGUAGAUAAUGCUUUUAUGUGGUCCUGGUGCUUUGGAAUAAUGUUCAAUCAUAAACACCCAUCUGCUAGCUUUACUCUUGACAAGGCCCUCAGUGGUCUUUCACAGCGUCUUUGCCUGUGAUCUACAACUUAGAUGUCGAAUGGAGCAUUCUGACCAUUAACAACUCAGAGCUCUGUAGCUGAAAUCAAUAAUGCUUUAUGUUUUCUUUUAUCAACUUUUUCACGGCUCAUUACAAAAAUAGGCAUCAUCAGGAACACUUCCAAGGUUAAGUUGCAAGACAGGACAGAUAAAUCAGGGAGGGCCAUAGAAAAAGAAGAGAAGGUUAUCAGCGGUUGACCUGUGUUACGGCUGUGUGUUUGUUUUGCAUGUGUUUUUCCCCUUUUGUCUCUCCAUAGCUGCCCAGGUGAAAUCACUUGAGUGACAAUCAGACUCACCUGGUGCUGGGAGUCUAAAAGCCCAGAGCUGCCUGCAGUCUGGAGAGGCAUUUGGUGGGGAACUGCUGCCCUGCUGCCUCUCAUUUGUGUUGUGGGUGCUUUGUGUUUACUUUGCAAUUUUGUUAUGUUGUCACAUUAAAUCACUUGUUAAACUUUUGAAGGUGUUUCUUAAUUUGAUGGGUAAAAAGUUGAGGAUAGUUGUUAGCCCCAUAGGGCCGCCUAAGGGUGGGGCGUAACAAAUGGGGGCUCGUCCGGGAUCGAACAUCCAUGAGGUUCUUUGAAGUUGUUUUUUUUCCUUUCGUAACUAGUGACCAUAGUUUGGGUUUGUUAGUCUUCUGUUUCUGUCACGAUCAUAAGUAGUUGCUUUUUUUUGUAACUUCUGAACACCCUGAUUAUUUAGUCGCCGGGCAGGGAAGAACUUGCCACUUUUUUAUUUUGCCUUUCUUAUUUUUGGUGGUAAUCCUGAGGAGGGGGCACACUUAGGUGAUGCCUCGAGCUCGGCAAGCCACUGAAGACUAGUUAGGUAAGUCAGACAUCUUAAGCAGGUAGGGGUUGGGGUGACUCAUUUUGCUCUGAAAUUGUUUUGUUCUAUAGUACUGUUUUUGUUUUUGUGUGUUUCAGAAGACUACCCAUUUUUGCUUGGUCACUCUGGGUGAUAACAAUUAGGAUUUUGUGUGCAGUAACUUGUGUUGUGUGACCAUUCGUUGGUGGUAACUGCUCUCCACAUUUGGUGGGUCACGUGUGAGUUGCAUCUUAGGUGUAAGGUGGCAACAGUUGUGUAGUAGUGACUACUGUGUGACCAUUUUGUGUAGUGGUUUGCAGUCCACAUUUGGUGGGUCACUUGUGUGUUACUGUUUCGUAUACCUAAUUGUAUGUUCCGUUCGUUUGGCUUGUUGCCAGCCUUCUCACAGUAACUUGUGUGUCUUUUGAAGACUUGUGUCCAUUUGUGUUGUGGUGGUGGCAGUCACCUUUUGUUGGAUCUCUGUGUGCUGUUUGUGAAUGACAGCAGUGUUGUAGUUUUACUACUUUUGUUGAUCCGUUUGUGUGUGUGACUGUUCACUCCACUUUAGUGUUGGACAUCUGUUACUGUGUGUGGUAUUGGCAAAUUUAGUGUUUUGCUCUUUGUUUGUGUAAACCUCAUGGUAGUAGCCAUUUUGCUUUGUGGGAGUGGCACCCACUUAAUUGGCUACUUUUGGGAUGGAUGCUCUUGAAUUUGGUUGCAGCAUCUUCCUUGGCCCUAAUUUAAGAUUGUGUUCCUCACGACCCAUUUUGCACCUUUUUGUCAGCAGUGGUUGUCUUCAGUUUUGGGUAAAUAGUGAAGGGUUUUUUUUUUAAGCUUGUGCAGUGGUGUGUGUUUUGUAACACACAGCCUUGGUGAGUAACACCCAUUUAGUUAGUUUCUUGUGUUAAUAUAGUUGACACAAUGCACUUUAAUUCAAUGAAUAAAUGUUUUGUAUUGUUUUGGAUUUAUGGUGUGCAAUUGUGGUGUUUAUUUUUGCAGUACAAAUGAUUUAUUCAUUGUUUUAAGGGUGGGGGUGUUACGGCUGUGUGUUUGUUUUGCAUGUGUUUUUCCCCUUUUGUCUCUCCAUAGCUGCCCAGGUGAAAUCACUUGAGUGACAAUCAGACUCACCUGGUGCUGGGAGUCUAAAAGCCCAGAGCUGCCUGCAGUCUGGAGAGGCAUUUGGUGGGGAACUGCUGCCCUGCUGCCUCUCAUUUGUGUUGUGGGUGCUUUGUGUUUACUUUGCAAUUUUGUUAUGUUGUCACAUUAAAUCACUUGUUAAACUUUUGAAGGUGUUUCUUAAUUUGAUGGGUAAAAAGUUGAGGAUAGUUGUUAGCCCCAUAGGGCCGCCUAAGGGUGGGGCGUAACACCUGUAAAGAGUCGUUGAGGGAAACACAACUUUAUUUUGACAGUUAUCCAUAUACCAGUCCCAUACCAUACUGUGUCAUCACAGGUUUGACAGUGUAAUAAAAAGUUAUCUUUCUAUCUAUCUAUCUAUCUAUCUAUCUAUCUAUCUAUCUAUAUCCAUCUAUGACAUGAUUUUAUCCAUUCAUGGUUUCAUCAAUCAAUCCAUCUAUCCAUCCAUCUCUCUAUCAUCCAUCCAUUUUAUCCACCCAUACAUACUGUACAUGCACACAUACUGUACAUCAUCCAUUCAUCUCUCUAUAAUCCAUCCAUCCAUCCAUAUAUUAUCUGUUCAUGAUUCAAACAAUCCAUUUAUCUACUAUCAAUCUAUCAACCAUCUUCAUCAAUCUAUCAUACAUGCAAACAUUUCUCAAUUUCUCCAUCCAUCCAUCCAUCCAUCCAUCCAUCCAUGAUUUGACCCAUCCAUCCAUCCACCAAACAUAUAUUAUAUAUAUAUAUAUAUAUAUAUAUAUAUAUAUAUAUAUAUAUAUAUUAUUAUAUUCAUUUUUACACAGCCAUAUUUACACCUGUACCAUUCCCAUUUAAAGGAAUGAACAGAUGAUCUGUCCUCUUCUGGAUCUGGCCAUGGGGGUCAGUUGUAGAGGUAGCUGUCUUGUAAGUUGAGGGGUUUUUUUACCAGGCUCAUAUGCCAAACUUCCCUUGGACUCGACACGUGACCCGACCUGCCUACUCCACCUAUAGUGUGUGAAUGUGAUUAGUCAAAGACUGGUUGAUGCUUUACAUAGCAGCUCCUGCCAUCAGUGUGUGAGUUUGACAUGUAAUGUUAAAAACACUCUUGAGAGGUCUUGUGAACCACAGAAAAAGGCUUUAUAAACAUCAUCAAAGACCAAAACAUAUAAACAGGACAACAUUCAAAAUCAAAAGAUCUACAGAGCAGCUGAAGCCCUUUAUUCAUUCAUCUACCAUAUAUCUCUUUUUCUGUGCUUUCUUACCAUUGAAAGCAGGGAAAAUGACAGAUAUGACAGAAUGAAGAUGUUUUUCACAAGCUCUUAAUUUGGGUUUUCCCUGCUUCUUCAGGUUGUCAAUAGUACUCAGGCUUUUGUAAGAAUGCCAAAAAAUUUCCUUCAGAGCUGAAUACCAUUUUAUAGACUGCCUGACAAGCUUGCUUCAUUGAAGGAUGGCCUAAAUAUGAAUGAUACUUUCCACUGCAGCUUUAUUACAACAUAACACCCUCUGAGUAAAACACCUAACUGAAAUUUAGACUGUUUUAAAUGAAAGUAUUUGGUGUUUUUCAGUGUACUCUGAAAAAUUAAAAUCCAGCAUGAACACAACUGACUCAUGAAGUCUACAGACCAGCCUGGUUAUCAGCCUAGUCCUUCAUCAGUUCAGCACUCAACCGGAACAGCAGAAUUACCUCCUUAGUGAAUGUGGAACUGAUCAAUUCCCGGGUCAAAAAAGGGCAAAUGGGAUUCUCCCUGGAGUCAAUACAAUGCUACCAACUGAAAAGCCCUUUCUCCAGGCCAAUAUCUUGACUUGUCUAACACAAGUGUAGUUAACAACUUUAUUGAUGGCUGCUUUUCAUUUGGAUGUGUGUGCUCUGGGUAGUGAUUCCAAUUCCUUCUUUUUCAAGUGUGUCCCCGUAAUCCAAUCAGUUUAGCUUAAGUACCCUAUCAUGAGUACCAUCCUCCUGGUUCCAAGUAUUUUAAAGUACUAUGCAGGAUUAGGAUCAAUGAAGAUUGUAUGGAAGUUUCAUAAUAUCUUUUCAUUAAAGUUUGUAGCUUUGUUUGGGGCAGCUGUGGUUCAGUGGGAGAGUUAGUCAUAUCAGAAGGUAGAACUUAGUUAAAGCAUUGAACAAAUUUAAACUCGUAUAUGUGUCUAAUUAUCACCUAUGGUAGAAGCUUAAAAAUCAGGUAAUAAUAUUAAUUCAGUAACAUUGAAUCAACCUCAGUUAGGUAUGUUGACCUGUUGUUUGUGUUUAUAUGUGUUUUAUAUGUUUUUAUUUCAGAGUUCUCACAUGAAUUUAUGAUCUGAGUCCAGCUGCUUAAGCUGUACCAAACUUAAUUCACUAUUUAAACAACAUUUCACACUAUUAGACUGUUAAACAACUGUUUUUUGUUUUGUUUUUUUAGCUGGCUCUUCUAUAACUCUCAUCUGCUGACUUGUGACUUAAACAUUUAAAGCAAUCCCUUUAUCGUUUUGAGAGGAAAAUUUCACCUGUCUUGCGUUUACCAUCCUAACCUCUCUUCUGAUUUACUAUUAUCAUGCAACAUUUCUAAAUCAACUGACGGAAGUAUAUUAAAGCUUGUGUCCUUUUCAAGCUGAGUUCACUGAGUUUUCCACCUUGCAGCUACAGAGCAGCGCAAUACGCCUCGGAUAAGUUUCCUCAGUUGAUUUAGGACAUUUGUGCAUGCUGGGACACAGCAUGACUCACUGCUUUGUAUAAAUGUAAAUGAGCUGUCAUCAAUAUCAUUAAAACAUCUGUGCCUUUUUAGUAUUAUGUUACAUACCUGCUGUGCUAAAGACCUAAAAUGGCAAUCCUCUAUUAAUAACAAUCAUUAGAUCCACCUGCUGAGAUAAUCUCACCUGACCUGGAUAGAAAUUAAAUACAGUUAAGAAGGUUGAGGCAGAGAUAAUAAUAAAUAAUAAUACAGCACUUAUUUUGGAUGUAAUGAAGACCAGUGUACACUGUGGACUGUCAGAUCAUUCGUCUUUUUAAAGGCUCGUGCUGCCUUUUUCUUAAUGCUAGCAUAUAUCAAAGACUCAUUCAACAAAGCACACAUCUGUCUCUAACCAAUGUAUGCAGAAUAUUCUGCAUUAUGAACAAUUUUUAGAGUGCAUGUGACACCAUGUUGUUUGCAUCCAAGUUUAAUUAAACAAAAGACAUAUGCAUAGAUUUACAUAUAUGUAUCAACGUCAAGAUCAUGUGAAAAUCCUGCACCUCAAAAAGCUUGAAAUAAGAUUUUAUUUUUUUUACAGUAGUUCAAAGGACAUGGAGUUGUAGAGUUAUCCUCGCCUUAUGCCAAUGUAGCACUGAUGACUUCGGGACAAAGGAAUAGUUGGAUUUUGUCUCAAACUUCAGUAUUCCAUGAAAUAUUAAGUGUGGAGCAGCAGUCACUCUACAGUCAGGAAUAAGAAAUCAGUGCUCAGAGGAGAGUCAUCUUGAAAAAAUAGAAAUGAAUUGGAGACCUGCACCUAAUGAAAUGCCUGCUCAGAAAGGGAGUGAAGAAUAUGGAGGUGGAAGUGAGUGAAGGAAAUUGAGUGUGUGACGCAGUGGUAUGAGGGGGAGGUUGGUGCGUUGGAUUCACUCUUUCUUUGCCCCUCUGCUCCGUGUUUCCCCUGCAUGGGUGUAACAUGCAUGAAAAUCAGACAGUGGUCUUCAGGGCAAAGGUACUGUAGUGAAUCCUGUAUGUUUUUUCAGAUAAAGGAGUAUGAGUGGGCAUGAGAGGACAGGAUUUAAGGCCAACAUCAGAAAAAGAUGCUUAAACAACAUGGCACACACUGACUGAAUCGCAUAGACAUGCAUAAAAAACAACUAUAUUUAUGAUCAGUAGUAUGAUCAAAAUUGGGAGCACCCUCACCAAAACCUCUCAAUAUACAGUUCAAAACAGAUUUCUGCCGUCUAAUAAAAUUUUCUACCGUCAGCAUUUGGGGAACAUGAAAAAAAGUCAUGUUUAUGCUGUUACGUGUAUUAAUUAGUCCAAUAAGGUCUGAUUAUGUUAUUUUAUCACCAAACUAUGAUAAAUACUGAUUGAUUGAACCAGAGGUGAUUAGUUCUCAUCAACUGUAAGUAAUCUGUUUGACUACAUUCAUCAAUCAAAUCAGCGCAUAAAAAGGAGAUCUGCCACAUUUCACCUCUGCCUGUUGACACUGUGGCAAAAAUGUGUUUGUAUUAUAAGCAGACUGACAAGAUUAAACCACUAGCCUGGAAGUGCUGCAAUCUGAGAGACUUAAUUUAUUCUGCUUUAUGAAUAAAUCAUUUUUUCAAAUUAAUAAGAUAACCUUUAGAGGGUUUUUUUGUAGUGCGAUUGAAUGACAUACUUGUAUAAUUGUAUGAUAAAUGUAUAUCCUGAAUCCUAGUCAGGCUCUUUUUGGUGGAAGAGCAGCCAGUGAGCCAUACAGGAAACUAGGCUGUUACCCUCAACAGACAGAGACAACUCCACCAACCUGACCACCAGGUAAUUUUAGCUAAGUCCACCAAAAGUUCAAUUUUCUCAGAUACAACCCUUGUGUCAUCUUCUGCCAGCAGUGUUACGAUCAGCUAAUGGGGUCUAUGAUGUGUCAGUCAGUCAGUCACCAAGUUUACAUGUUAAAAAACAGAUUUAUUGUCUUAGUCUAACUGAAAGUGGAUUUUGAAAAAACGAAUAAAAACAUCAGUCUGACUGAAAUUGCACUAAACCCAACUCCUUAUAGUUAUACUAACACACCGGGAGACCAUAAUGGAGUAGGGGAUCGAUUUUCUCUUCCUUGUUUACGGCUCAAUCAGACUGAAACUGGCCUAAAGCCCAAAAGCCACAGGAAACUUUAAAACCAUGUUACUUAGUCGCAUACAGAGAGAGCACAACUGUCAAUUAUAUCCAACUUAGCAGGAAGUCGACCACAGAAAGGCUUAACAAUGUAUUAUGUUUCCAAAUAGAGCAUACAAUAACGCUGAAAAUAGUGCUUUAGUAGAAUCAGUAUUUAUCAUUCGUUUGUUUAUGUCUUGAGUUGGGUAAUAAGCAGGAAAAUGCAUAGGAGCAGGUUGUUAUGCAGAUUUAAAACCUGACAGAGUGAGGAGCAUCCCAAUGUAAAACUAUGUUUCAGGUCUCUAUUUGAUCAACCCACUGAAGGGCUUACCUCAUAGACAAGACCUGGUCUGUGUCUUAAACUAAAAGUCAUAAAACAGUCAGCAAUAUAUUUCACAAAAAGUGAGUCAUCCUAAAAAGAAUCAAUAACAAGUCAAUAACCUUCAUUGUAAUAGGAACUUUUCAUUUCCGAUCAAAUCCUGUCUUAAAUCUUUUUCCACAUAUUGCUUUUUUGCUCUAUAAUUUUCUGCCAGCCGGCUUGUUUUGUUCCUGUUCACCGGACCAUUGCCGCAGUAAAACCCAAUUUAGACUGCGAAAACCAAACAACUUUUUUCAUAUGAUUCUCAAAGUUAUGGCAGAACUUCAAAAAUCAUAUUUAAAAAAAAGGUCAGGAAAACUUUUUGUUUGAAAGGUUAGCAGAGAGCUCAGUGGGCACAACACAUGCUUUGUUUUCAAGUUUUUUUUAUGAACAUCAGUUUAUUUCUAAUACACAAUUUUAAUGUCUAAACCUGAAAUGAAUACUCAGAGGCUGCUGCAUUUAUCUCCAUUAAACAGACAAUCACAGUAAAAAAAAAACAAAUCCUCAGAAGCUGUAUAGACAUGAGUGUGCUAGCUUCCCUUGCUUUCAGCCACAGUUGAAUAUCAGCUUGGCUCGGACAGUGCUGCCUGUCCACAGUGACAGGGACCAUCUGGUGUCAUUUGUCCUCCAGCUGCAGACCCAUUCAUAUCCAGCUGAUGGUGGAUGUUUGUGCCUGCAGCCUGACAGCGAGUCCUUCCUCAUCUCCGCCGGAGUUAUGUUUGUCAUUUACAAAAGCAUUUAUUUUUGGCUAAGUAUUGGCUCUGUUGCCUCUCAGACCUCACAGGUUUGAAGUCCCUUUUUAAUCUGUGUCCUGCUGCUGUUCGCUGAAUGUGAUCUUUCAGCUUUGUAAGUAUGAAUAGUUUUCAAUGAAUGACCUUCAUGUGAAUUUUCCAUUUAAUUUUGAGUGUGAGUGGGUCAAAAUGAAAAAUUCCUAGUUGCUCUUAUACAAAACAUCAGAGCCUGUAGAUGAUAUGUACAUUUUGUUGAAAUCUAAAGUGUUUGUGUCAUGAUGAGGGGCAGCUCUUGGCUGGUUGCCCCGUAACUAUAUCAGCCGGUCUGCCAUUAUGUCAGUCAGCCAGCGGGCCUGAACUGCUUUAUAUAACAGCUUUUUCUACUUGGCACUUUAAAAUGUGUCAAACAUAAUAGAAGUUAGUGGUCAAAUCUAACAAAAAAGGUCAAACAGAAAACCCAUUACCAUCAGAAGUAUUAUCUCUCAGUAAAAGUCAUUGUAGCAACUGCUUUCCUUCAACAAAAAAGGCCGCUGGGGUUUAGGUUUGCUUGCAUCUGUGACUCCUUCAAAUAUCAGUCCGGUUUGAGUGUUAAAAAGUAAUUUAUAGUUCAAAAAGAGGAGAGAAAACACUCUAAUCCAGCUCUAAAACUUUUAACUUCGAAUGAAAAAGUGAUAAGAUGAAAUAAGGUUAAAACAGGAUGAGUAAAACUGUGAAAAAUGAUGAAAAUGAAAACAGAAAAUUAUCAGAGCUUACCAAACCAUUGUGUGACUACACCUGUGAGAUUUAAAUAACCCGCCAAACAUACCAAAACCACACCCCUCCGUGACGAUCCCCGCAACUGACGUACCUAUAGAAGUCAUACUUUCAACAAAUAUAUUUUGGCUCCUACAGCCGUGAAUGUUCUUCAUCAUUUGUUCACUGAUUUUUUUUCUUUUUUUGGUACCUAAGCCACUCUUUUCCUUUUUCUCUUUUUUGGAGUAACUGGGUCUAAGGACAAAUUCUCAGAAACUUGAUGAAUAAAAUGAUAAUCAGACAUCUCACCUGUAUUUUACCUUCACAGAAAUCAUUUUUAAUGCCAUACUUCCAAAGCCCUCAAAUGACCUGUAGGGACAAAGGUGGUCAGCUGGUUAUGGAUUACUGAAACCUCUAUUUAGGCAGUGAGCUGCAUAAUAAAUUAAAAGUUCAUAUUUGGAAAUCGCCUCUAAACAUUAUAUCAUUUUGUUAAGACAACAAAAAUGUCAUUUAAGUAUGAGUUCAAGUCAAUAUAAGUCUUGGCUUUGAUAUAGCUGAUGUAAAUGGGGAGUGGACUACGUCUAUGCAGCGCUCUCUCCGGUCCUCUGAACACUCAGAGUGCUUUUUUAUUACAUAUCACACUCAUCCAUUGACACUGACUUUUGACAUUGACAAAUUCUUGCACCUUCACUGGGGACAAAGUGAUAAGUGAUAAGUCUCAUAUAUUUGCUUUUCUGGUUCAGUGCUUGCAUAAGAAUUGCCCUUUAUGUGAGACAGUUAAAAAAUAUAACUUUUCUCUCAAACGUAUCACUUACAGUAAAUAUUUGCAACGGACACUGUCAAUUAAAACACCUCUGGUCUACGUGUUGUGAAUAAGCUUGUCUGACACUGGUCUGCUGGCAGAACUCACAGUCAUUAAAAAUAACCCUAUAAAGAGGAACCCUGAUUGUUGAAAGUCUGCUGGAACAAAGCUCUGCUGUCCACAUGUCUUUGUACUUCUACACUGAACCCGAAAGCCCUCAUGUUGGCGUCAUACUAUGUGGUAUUAAAAUGUGAGCAGGAUGAUUUUGUCAGACCACUAUGUUCAUGUGACAAUCACACUGUGGACAAGAUAUCAGCGUAAAAGUCCAGGGACCUCGUGUAUCAAUACUUGCGUGGAUCUCAUACUAAAAAACGGCGGUCGCAAGAAUCCCGAUAGUUGCAAAUGCGGGAAAAAAUCCAGAUGUUUUAAUCUGUGCGAGCGCCAGAAGCCAUGCACAUGUCCUUGACACAUCCCAAUCGGCGUUUGGUUGACAAAAUAAAUUAAUAUGGCUUCAUGAAUUGUGUAAUCGCUUCUUACCCAUUCACAUUAUAGCCACUUGGUAAUGCCAACAGGUGAUUGUGUUUCUGUUGAUGCUUUUUGGUGCCCGAUGUGUGCACAGUUGUCAAAUAGUAACAGUCACCAAACACCGACACACAGUGUCGACAACGAACCAAAGUACAGCUAAUGCAAGGAUCGGCUUUCUGCCAACUUCUACACCACCUCCGGAAUUGGUGUGAAACAGUGCGCGAAUCGACAAACUUUUCACAGUGAUACAUCUGAACGUGGGCGCCUAUCCUGAUGUAAACAACAUUAAUACAUGAGGUCCCUGUUCUUCACAAAAAGAGGCUAAAGUUAAUCUUAUCUUUCAUGUCUCAUUUGCUCACAGUUAGGCAUCAGUAUUAGUUUCAGGCUGAAACUGAAAGUUAAAACAAAUAUUUUCAGUUUAGGGCUCAAUCAAAGUUACUCUUGAUUUUCAGUCCCAAGUUUUAGAGACAAAGACUGACUUUGGACUGGUUGUUAUUUAUUCAUGCAUGUAUGAGUUAUCACAGUACUAAAGUUGUAAUGUGAGACAUGCUUUAUGGCUGUAAUAUAACGUCAUAGUCUUUCAAAGUCAUUUUGAGGAUGCUGUGCCAGAUUUCUCAAUUUCAAAGCUCUUCUGACACUCAUAUUUGAUCAAUGUGUCUGACCUGACCCAGUCUGGCAGGGAACACAGAGUUUUGGUGAGCCUGUCUUGGUACCGGUUCUACGGUUUCGCCUCGAGGGUGAAGCCAAUAUUGAAGCAGGUCUCAUAUCAGUCUCAAAAGCUAUCUCACCCCACAGCUAACAAGCACAGAAGGCUAUUCACUUGUCAGUCGUAUUUCACCUCCAGGGACAUGUUCUUCUGAACUUUUAAUAACCUUUAAACUGCUAUUUGAUUGGAGGUCAUGGGCCUGUGGGCAGGUACUCUCUAAUGGGCUCAUUUUCUCUCCUCCUGGUGGUGACAUUUGAGGUCCUCACAUGUCUGUCACUCUGCCCUCCUGCUGACUGUAGCUGUUUCUAACAGCUGUAGAGACACAGCUCCCACUGAGAGAAAGCAUUCAGAGCCUCUGAAAUUCAAUUUCAUUGUUAAGUGCUUGGUUGCCACCCCCUCUGAUGAUAUGAAUUAUUAACGUUGCAGUAAAUUUGUAGUGUUUUGCUUGACAUGACUUUUUACUAUCCAGGAAAUGAAUUUGUUGACUUGUUGAUUUUUUUUUUUACAUUUGGGAGGGUUAAAUGGAUUCACUCUGCAGAGGAUAGAGGAGAUAACCAAAUUUACAAAGCCGCAAAUAAUUCUUGUUUUGUAUUCACAGAAAAAAGGAUGUCUUUUAUUAUGAAUCCAGACACAAUCAGGGUCGGCUGCAACAAUUCUGGCCCUGGAGAAGAUGAAUAGUUGGUGCAAAAUAAUCACAGCGUAAGAGUUCAACAUGUGUCCUCGAUGAGUGUUACAUGUUACUUCAACCCCAAUCACUGAAAUGUUGCAAAUUUUAAGCACCUUAUCUUGAUUUAUUUCAUGCCAUUCAAGAACACACAAAUCAAAUGUGGACCUUAUUUAAUAACUUGGUAUGUCUAAUAAAAGGAGCUCUAUCCAGUGUGCUAGGAAUUCAGAUCAUUCGGCUCAUUCUGGUUAGUUAACCUCAUAACUCAAUAUGGGGGUCCAGAGAUUCUUCCUUGAGUUUUUUCUUUGUUUUAAGCUGCUGUAAGGAGUCUUGAUUUAAGUCAAGGGGCUCUAUUUUCGUGCUUCGCCGGAGACGUGGCGCAGGCGCGGUGUAAGUCAGGUCCGCCGCGCCGACAAGGCGUUCCCAAGCACAAUUUGGUAUUUUGGUGAGCGGCGCAGCCCGGCGUAAGUAUCCCCCCUCCCUAACUCAGCUCCUCCCAGCGGCGUAAGUUGUAGGGAGGGAGGAGAGAGGGCGUGGACUCGGUUUAACACAGCCAGGACCUGUAUUGACCAAUAGCAUUAGCUCCUCUCCUCACCUUUAAAUCCACCACCGGCGAGGCGUAUUACAAUUUUCGUGAAGUAGACCACCACUGGUCUACCAAAAUACCACUAGACCAGCUUCACUCCGCCUGCGCUGAAAGCUGACCAGGAUUGAAUCGUCGAGCUUUCAGCACACUUUACACGCCGACGGCAAGCACGAAAAUGUCACUGUGCCAGCUGAUUCUGUUGUUUUGCAUUCUGCUUUGUCCCCGUACUCCUGGUUGAAACUGAAGAGAGGCAGUGCAUGGCAGGCGAGUGGUUGGGCGAGGAUGCAGUGAGAGACCACUGAAUGGUGAAUGGAUCCCAGAAUGUUGUGCCCCGAGUUAUUAAUUCAGUUACGUGAGCCUCACCUGUGUCUUUGCUCACUCUUGUUUUUGGCAUUCAGACAAUCACUGUGUUGCUCCUCCUCACCCUCCUCUAUUUACAUGACUUUGGUGCAGGUGCAGGGGCUUCUUGCUGACAGUGAGUGAGGAGUGGGUGUGGAGCACAGGUGUGGGCUAUAAUCUCUGUUUACACUAUAAGCUGGAAUCACGAUUCCCUAACAGAACUGAAAGAAAGACGGGCAAAGACUAGACAGGUUUAAGAGUAAGUUGCACCAUUUUUCUCAUAGACAGGUGAGAACAUCUCAAUGCUAAAAAUUCACCUGAUAGUUAAGUACAUGUAUCAAUCUCUAUCAGCAUCAGUUACUUCAAAUACCCUUCCAAAAAGACGGUCUGACUCUGCAACUGUUUAAAGACUUAUUACAAAACCAGAAACACGUUAAUCCUUCAUCGAACAUUUAAACUCCAACAUCUCUCUUUUUGCAGUUUUUAUCACUCCUCUGACUAAAGUGUAGUUUUCAGCCUUAAAAAAAUAGUUGUAGGAGUUCAUCGGUGAAGGACAGAAAAAAAGCAGAAUAUAACAUUAACAGAACCAGGUAAAGAGGAUCUGUCUAAAGCCUUUACAUCUCUUUACUAAAACUUGACACUGGGUUACAUUGUGUGUUUUUUUAUUCUAUCGCUCUGUAAUCUUUGCUCACAUUUAUAUAUGAAGCCUAUACUGCAUUGAUAAUACAAAGUACCAACACUGAUUUUACUACUGCCUUGUUAAAAUGUGCUGAUUUCAUUUACAAUAUGUGAUUUACUAAUUCACUUUAAUCCAAGUGUUUUAUGUAUAUUUCAGUGGAGUGCAUUUUAACCAUGACGUUUUGAUAAUGUUCUAAUGAAAAUGCUAUUUAAAGCACCAAUGAGGAGUUUUGAGACUGAAAUUCUGAUUAAUACCAAUUCAUGAUAUCUUAAAGUAAACAAGACCAUCAGCGAUGAGACUGAUGAUUUUUAGAGGAAAUAGCCCUGUUUUUAAAGUUUCCACAAUUAACAACAAUAAUAAUUAUUAUAAACAAUAUAUAUGACUGUCAAGAAUCAGAAGGUUUAAUUGUUUUUACGUUAAUGUCACAACUUAAAGCUCCUAUCAAGAGCUUUUUUUUUUUUUUGUAGAUUUUGGCGCCCCCUGUAGACAAAGCAGUCUCUGCUUAUCUUGUUCACUACAUGUUUACAUGCUAGCUUUUGACACUCAUAUACAUCAAUUGUUGUUAAGAUUCAAUCAGGAAAAUGCGAACACAGGGCUGUUUCUUCAGCUUUUUAACUGACUCCUACCCCCUGGCAAAUCCUCAGUCUUGUUGCUUAUUGUCUUGUUUGCUUUUGCGUAUCAUGAAAAAGUUUUAAUAUGGGUUUCAGUCUAGUUUGAUUAACGUCAAAAAACUCCUCACGGGAGCUUCAAAUGACAUUAUAACUGUAAAAGAUGGCCUUCAGCACAUCUUCUCAUUCUGCAUUGAAUAUUGAAAUCACAGCGCCAUAUCUUGGAGGUUGAUGUGAUGAAAACAUCCGAAACAUCACACCGACAUAUCUCUUCUAAAUGUAAUUAUCUGGAAAAAGGAAACAGUUAUCUAACAACAGAUCCACCGAUCAUGUCAGAAGAGUGUUUACAGUUGACAAAAAUACGUUGCUGGCUCACAGUGUAGUGUUGUUUGGAAAAAUGUUCCCUGAAAGGUUCAAUUGAUAAUAUAGCAAUUAGUGAAAUAACUAAUAAAAGUUCCAGAACCUAAGAGCCACCCAUCCUGUGAAGCAUGUGUGAGAGACUAUCAUUUCUCUAUGGCUUUUUGCCAUCUCUUGUUGUCCAAUUGUGUACCUGGCAGGCAGCGACAGGACUCAACUGUGCCAAGAGGAGGCGUUUGGCCAGACUCGUCCUUGACUGAAAGCAGUAAUGCAGCACAUAUGGCCAGAGAAAGCAGCAUUGAUGCCCCAAGAAGCUGUCUUUCUUUGGUUUGGAUGCAUUACUUGGCUCUGAUCAAAUUGAAACUCUGUGUUUGUAAAAAAAAGAAAACAAAAAAGCCCCAAUCAGCGAACAGAGCAGAGCUGAUUCACUGGCUCGAAGCAUUGACCAAGAAAGAGAGAGGAUGAAACAUGAAAGAUGCUUUUCACUCCGCACUCCACUUCUAUUGGAAAGUACUUUGUAACAUCAAAUACUCCAAAUCUCACGCUGUCUCCUCUGUUUCUCAUUUUUCGGUUUGGUGCCAUCACUUCAGCUUUCAUUUAGAGUGCUUUUUAUAGACAAAUACACAGAGUCUGCACUUUUGACCAAUUAUCUGGCUGGCCCAGCUUUAAAUGGAGGUAUUUAUGGCCUGUCCAAUUAGUGUCCCAGAACAGAGUGAAAGUAGAUAAAGGCUGAAAUAUGAGCUGUAAUGAGUGGUAGUAGGGAAAGAAAAACUGUUCAGGAAUAUGUGAAUACUUCUGUUUUAUACUUGGUGCUUACUUUUCUGAAGGGUUUAGCUCCUUUUAUGAAGUUAUGAGCGCUUACAAAGAUUUCUUAAUCAGUCUAAGUGCCGAAGUCUAAGGUGAUGGACUUGUUUAUUACUUUUAUGUGUUACAAAUCAAACUGACAUCUCACCAAAUCAACCACAACUACAGAACGACAGAAACGUCUUUUUAAAACUGCAGAGAGAAGCAAGAUUUCGAGCAGUUUUUGAAUUGUUCUGCUUUUGGCAGUACUGCUGUUUUGGCACAGCAGUUUUUCCCCAGUCUUAUCAAAAACACAGCAGCAUAGAAAUUAGCUGUAAGAGGUUGACCCAGCAGUCACUUAGAAACCAUGAAGGUCCUUAGAAAGGCAUCUGCCCAAAGCCAAGUCGGGCAUUAUGUGCAGUCGUCACCAACAUCCUUCAUUCAGCAUCUCAAGCAGCGAGCUUUUCAACAAAUCCACUGGUCAUCCUUUCCUGAAUUAAGCAGCUGACCUCGUGAGUGUUUUUAGUUCAUAGAAUCAAGAAAUUUGCUUGAACCACAACAAAACUUGGAAGACCAAGAUUGGUCAAUUCGACUAUAUUUACUCAUAUUCACCUCUGCCUCACAGUAGCACAUGUUCACAGGCUUUCUCUCUUUGUCUCCAUAUCAAGCUGUGCUCUAAAUGACAGAGAGGCCAGAAUCGAAUGCUGGUGACAUCGAAACAGCGAGACAAACCUGACCCAGAGUGAUGAGUGAUGAUCAGAACGAGAGUGAAGUAUAAACACCAAAUCUUUUUUAAGCAGCACUUAUCAUAGAGCUGAUCAUAAUUGUACGACACUGACUACAACAGUAAUUAUGUGUGAAAAAAUUCUUCUGUGCAAGUACUUGUACUUUCUGCAUGCACAUUUCUGUGUGAAGCAUUAACAUACUUAAACCGGGUAAAUUGUGAGUUUCCAAAAUGAACAUUUGAACAGUCAUCAGCUUUCUUUCUUUUUUUCUUUCUUUCUUUCUUUCUUUCUUUCUUUCUUUCUUUCUUUCUUUCUUCAGAGGUAGACAUGAGAAUUAACAUGUAACAGCACUCUCUUGAAAUACUCAAAUUAUUCAGCCUCUGGAGUGGAUUUUACGAACCUGCAUUGGCUGAUAUACUAUGUCCUGACCCACAAAAAGUCUUUGUUGUCAUGUUCUCUCUUUGUUGUCAAGACUCAUUUAGGUGUUAAACUACUUAAUGGGGAUCAUCCAAUCCUCCUCUUGUUAGCAUAUGAUUGAUACAUAUGAAAUAUGUGAAAAGUUUGAGUUUUUGGUUGGAGGUGUAUCUUUUGUUUGAAGUCAACGUUUUUUUGGCUUUGUAAUAAAUAGAUAAAUAAUUUCAUCAUUUCUUCAGUUUUCAUAUGUAUGAUGAAUCAGGAAAGUAAAUAUAACUGGGUUUGUCAUAACAACACAAGAUCUAUGACCUCAAACACACAAUGUUCCAUUUCAAUCCCCUCAAAUUAAGCACAAGCACCUCCAAAUAUGAAAAUGAAGGCCCCCUGUUAUUUUUCAUCCUUUUCAAACAGUAUUUUAAACACAGAAACCUACGCAUCAGCCUUCCCCUAAGAAGUUAUAAUAAAACAUUUUAACAAAAUUGAAAAUGAAGUUGUGUGACUGACUAGUUUAUGUAUUUAGAUCAGAUCUCAAAUCUUUUGUUAUUUUGGGAAUUUGAAUGAGAUGCAUGAUUCAAGGCUUCAAAUUUUCAGAUGACAAUGUUCCCUUUGUGGACUGACAGGCUUGUUCUUUUAUGAAAUAUAAAUAUAAACCUCUUUCUAGUGAAAUAAGCUUGCUCUAAAUUUAGUUUAAAGAAUAGGAAAUGUUUCUGUUCCUCAAAGUUGCAUCAGAAAUUGAUAAGUCGUCACAGUAACACAACAUGACUGAGGAAAGAUAGACAGCGAUAAAAAAUAUUGCACAGAGAGCUUCUCUCAACACUUCAGUAAUUUUGGUCUGUGUACUUUUUUGACCUUUACUUCAAAAGUAAAACUACACAUCUGACAUUGAAUAUAAACACAUGUAUAGAUAUAAAAAAACACCUUUUUAAACCCCAUAAUCUACUGACAACUCACAGGGGAAGUUGAGAGAAGCUCAAAUGGUUGGUUUCCGUGCUUUUCAAAGCCCUCCUAAAUCUGAGAAAUAAAACAUUAUGACUUCCUCAACAGGACUGGUGGGGACCUGAUUUUCUCCCGCACAUAGUUCCUGUGGAAUCGCAGAAGAUCUGUCGCACUAAAAACCCACACUGAAGUGUCUGCCUCAGUCAUAUUUCUGUAUGAACAGCGUUAAAGACCCCAGUGCACCUCCCUUUCAUACACUCUUGUCUGUCAUCUCCACUUUCCUCUACGCCUUUUAUUUUCAUCUUAUGCCCCCUCUCUCUCUCUCUCUCUCUCUCUAUCUCUCUCUCUCUCUCUCUCUCUCUCUUGCACACAAAUUCACAGCACAUAUCUUCCCAGCAGUCCUCUUAUCGGGAUUCUUUCAAUGGUGUGGUUGAGAAUAGAAUCGAGUGCUUGGCAGGUUGCCUUGUCGUUGUCACCUUUGGGUUCCUGAUAAAAAAAAGAAAAAGUCUGCAGCAGCCCAUAGAAACAUCAAAACGUAAGAGUAAAGCUUUGAGUACUUUAUUUUUCUAACACUGUUGUUAAAGAUAAAUGUUUGGAUUCUGAGGUCAGUCGACAUUUAACCAAAAGACCAAGACUCCUACAACAGACAGACGGACAGCAAAAUGACUCUCUAGGCAGUUUACAUGAUCCUUUCUUAUCUUAAGUGAGACUUGACAUGAAAUCUGACAUCAGAUGCUGUCAGUGCAGUUUAAAUAUGUUUUUCUUGGUGUUAUAAAAUGGACAACAAAUGACUCGACCUUGCAUGUUUUCUUAUUGCUACAUCUCUGCGCUCUAAAUUCGUGAACACACGCUGCAGGAUGUUAAAUGUUUUAUUUCAAAGUGGAGCUUUAUGUGUUCGACUCUGCUGUAAAUGUAGAAAGCAGAAAAAAAUAUUUUCUUAUCCAUCGGAAAAGCUCUCAUAUAUUCAUGAUUGUCAGGUUGACUAACACUUUCUCAACAAUAAUGGUCCUUCCUUUUGAAAAUCAAUCGGUUCUCCAUAGUUGUCAUUUCUAAGUGGCUUUUAAAUUCCACACGGAAAUCUUGUGAACACUCACAGCAAUAGUUAAUUGAAUUCCUGUUGUUUCAUUUUGUAUUUCACUCAGAUGAAUUUAUUUACUGCCAAAUUUGGAACAGUUUCUUUAAGAGCAGCACUUAAACUUAAAUAGUCUGUCUUCAGCUCCCUGCUUUUUUUGGUUUAAUCAAAGAUUUUUUUUAAUGAUGUGAGAAAAAAGAUUAUAUUUCUCACCCCAAGGAAAGAAAUUUAUUCCUGCAGGGGAGAGUAAUUUCGUUAAAUUAAGUUUCUGGUAUUUAUUCCAUUUUAGUAGAACAAUUGAGCUCAUUUUGUAGCUAAAGCGGGGUGCACACUACAAGAUUAACAGCCUGGUUUUUGGGUAUGGUUCUCUGCUUCUGACCAAAAGUCAGCACAAGCUGUGAUUUUAGAAGGAUUUCAAGAUUACGUGACAUAUUUACUAAUGGUGUGGAGACCUAGAGCACAGCUUUGCAUGCUCACUGUGAAGUGUCUUGAGAAACCACACAAUCAAAGAAACAUGGCGGCAGAAGUUCACAUGGACCAUAAAUUUAGCUGGAUCUUGGAAAAGAAAAUCAGCUUAUGUACCAGUAAUUAGAGCUGGGCAAUAAACCGAAAAUUUACCGAUACAGAAAUUUACAACAAUAACCCCAGUCAUUUUGCCCAUAUUGGUAUAUUCGGUGUCUAAAAAGUUGGUUUUGGAUGUGUGUAGGUAGGCUAUGGUCUCAUGUCCCUUUAAGACACUGUCCUACCUCAAAGACGUGACUCCACCCCAUCCAGUCCAUAACAAAGAGGGAAAGACAGGUGAGGAGAUGGAGGACGGUUCAAAAGUUGUUGUGGCUCAAGUAAAAGAAAUUAAUGUGGGAGGGGGUGAGCAGCUCGUGGAGUAGUUAUUGUCCAUUUAUCGUUAUCAUUGUGAGUGCCUCAAUAAAUCAUGAUAUUGACUUGAAGCCAUAUUGCCCAGCCCUACCAGUAUUAACAGAAAAAUUCUUCACUUUUCUUAAUCUAUCUCCUUUUCUCGUCAAAAUGUUAUUUUUGGGGCAAUUUUGUUUCAUUUGUCUUUGUGCACUUGUCCCCAGUGUGAAUAUUUAGAGGUUAGGGUCUGUCAGUGGGAGACCACUUAAAGAACAACACACUGGCAUCAAGACACAAUGAAACAAAAGUCACAUAUUUGAUUGUAUGCUGAAUGAAGCAAAUUAUCCCUGUUAUGAUUUGUGCUUCACUGUUAAAAAUGUAUGUUUUGACGACUCCUUCUUUUUUGUUUUUCUGAUACUGUCAUUUAAUAACAUUCUUUUUUUUGAGAAAAGUCAAAGCGUAUCAUGUCGAUCAGAUGUAGGAACUUUGUUACUGAUUGUUUUAUCUCAAUAAGACAUGCGGCAUCACAAGAGAGGACUGGGAAAUGGAAAGCCCAUACAAAGUGUACAGCACUGAGAACUUGCUGCAUGGUGGUUACAACACUGUCAUCAGCAUGCUGUAAAACAGAGUGGUAAAAGGAGCAAAGGAUAGAUAAGAGCGAAAGGAUGGCGGGCCAGCAGACAGCAGCCUGCCAAGUCCUGAUCACCAUCUUUGUUUCUCUUGAGGGUCAAUUCAAAGCUUUUCCCUUUAGACACUUCUUUGUGUGGGAGAUUCAAACCCCUACUGUCUCUUCUAUGGAGACUUGGCCUUGAGUGCAUGCCCACUUUGUUCCCCGGUGUCUUGGCUGAAUAAUGAGCUCAUUGGAGAGUAAAGUACUUCUGCUUUCUGUUUGCCAAUUGUUUCCCACUCUCAGGUAAGUAAGGGUACAGUGAGCCUUGUUUUCAGUCUGUCAAACACUAAAUCAUGGUGAAUUAACUGAGGUGGAAAUCUUUUAUUUCAGCCUGUAUGAAUUGUAUAAAUUUAAGUUGAAUCUAAGUCUUUAAAAUUAAAAGUGAUGUCUCUCAAUAAACAGCAGUGACAUGAUUUUUAUUGUUACACUUAAAGACUGAAGUAAGUUUAAGUGUUUACAAGCUAAAGGCUCUCUGAAUGCAUUACUCAUUAUGAGCUGUUAUUGUCAUAAAAUACAUACCCUGGUUUCUUUAUCAUUACAUCUGAAAGCCUCUUAGAAAUAGGCUUUUAAUCUCUUGAUGGACAGACUAUGAAAACUUUUCAUAAAUGUGAGGUAAGUAUUUGAAGACUAUCCUUUAUACUCUGCUAUCUUAUUGCAUCAUGACAUUGGGUAGGGCUGCAAGAUACUGGUAAUCACUGCCAUUAGACAUGGUCACAAAUACAGUUUUCUUUUUUCCCCAGCCAGAUUAAAAUCAUUCUGAUUUAUUUGCUUAAUCCAUGUAAAAUCCUGUUCACAAUACAAAGGCUUUAUUUAAACCCCUCAUUCAGAGCAGACUGGACCGAUCCAGCCUCCUGGGGCAGAAAUGCCAUUUUUUGAGAGGGUUUGUUUCUGCUGUUUGAGAUGCGGAUGGUUUCCCAUUUAAAUCACUUUUUUAUUACGGUAAAACUAGUUUUACUACACAGCUCUGCAUGAUGUGACAAACUGCUGCUUUUAUUUAUGACUAACACCCAUCCUUUAAGGAUAAAAGAUGGUUGAACUUCUCAACAUAAAUGAAAGACAGACAUCAUAAAACACAGACUCAAAAGGAAAAAGAAAUGUAACUCCUAGUGCAGAGGCGAGAAGAACAGAAAUAUGUCAAGGCUUGUAGGGAUGCUGUUUUUUAUUUCUUCUCCAUCAGGAACAGAUGGAGGGCACAUUUUUCGGUAACCCUUUCCUUUACGAUACACUUAUUACCAGGUAAUUACCUAGUAACAACAUGAAAUUAUCUGGUAAUUACAUGAUAACUACUAAGUCAAUACUGUCUAGCUACCAGGUAGGUAACCUUCCAUCAUCAUACAAAUUUGAAGCCGACUUGCUCUGGUACUUCCAGGAUUUUCUCCGCUUCCUGGAACCACCACUUGCGCAGCAGCAUAACAUACUGGUUAAACCACAUGGUUUGAUAUUAGACGCCAAAGAAGUUUUUAACUUUCUGAUUAUUUUUUUCAGCUCUCAUAUCUUUACCACCUGACAGGGUCUGUGAGCCUGAGUGGCCUACAAACCCUUUCUGGGUGAGAGAACAGGUGGGGCCAAUACCAGGGCAGCAACACUACAGAGAAACCCUGAAACAUGUAAGUAAAGAAGAGAUUUUUGUCUCAUGAAAUGACAGUCAAGGACAUAAUUUUACUCUGUGGUCUUUCUUCAUUCUAUGGGGUAAAUGGGGUUUCAGUCGCACACUUUCUUACAGUUUCUUCUCAGGUUGUUUUUCCAUAAAAGCCUUGAAAGUUCCACAAGAAACUGUCUUGGGGUUGUCAUUGUAAAGGUUUGAAUAAUAAAAGGAAUUGUGAUGGUGGAUACACACAGUUGAUUUACACACAGAUUUACGGUGGCCCUCAGGGCUCAGUUGAUUGCAAAUUAAGAAAACAGAAUUGAAUAUGAAAAGAUAAAAAGUCCUCCAUCAACAUAACAAUACAUUUGCAGCACUUAGAAAAUGCAUUGCAAAAACAACAGCACGACAAAAUUGCACCAGGCAAACCAAUUCUUGAACAAAAACCCCAAAACACACAGUCGGGUUGAAGAGACACUUCAUGAGAUCAUUCUGACAGUUUUCAUUAAAGUUUCAGAGUCUGAGUCAGCCAUCUGUCAGUGACGGAAAUGAGCCUAAAUCCACCUUUUUGGUCUGUUACAGGAUCUCCGCUUUAGACUCUCAUACAUGCCUUGUGGCAUUUGGUUGUGUAUUCUUAUCGGGUUCUUGGUGUUGCUGCAUAUUUGCUUAAUGUUGACACAAAUGUGUUAAGUUCAUGCAGAUGUUUUCUUCAAUUUUCUCGUGUUGUCUCAUUUUGCAUGUUUUCCUCAUUUGCACUGUUGAGCCCUCAGGGCCGCCGUACUUACUAUAAGAGGCACAGUGUGCGGUGAUGUAAUGAGAGCACCCGCUAAAUAAAGAACAGCGUUUACUCACCUCCAACAUUUUGGUAAAUUUGCAUUUAAUUCAAAACACUGGAUCAAGCCCGAUCUAAUAUCAUACAACUUUGAUGGUUGUUUAUCAAUUCUGCACACACUCUCAAAUUAGUUUCAGUGGCACUUCUGAAGAUUUGCAAUUUGUGAAAAAUUCACCCGAAAAAUCUCAUCAGUAUGCAGAAGCUAAUGCCAGCGUAAUGAAGCAAGGGCACAUUUACUCAAUGAAAGAUAAACUCAAUUAAAUGAGAUCUCAUACUGGAGCUACAUCAGUGCCUUUUGUUUAUUGUAUCAGUGUAUAAAUGUCAUAACCCUAACCUUCAGAGUCAUCACUGUAAUCCCUUCAAACAGAAACUGAAAAAAGAAAAUCAAUUAUUUCUUCAUAAAAAAGCUUACAGUGAUUCUUUUAACUCGCCUUCUUAAAGACUUUAAUGCAUAAUGACGCCAUAAUUUUGAAAUAUAUCAAUUAGAUUUCAGAAGUUCUUGUGCGUCUACCCGGCGCUAUUUCAGGCAAUUUAAUAAUCAGGGAGCGCUAUAAGGAUGUUAAUGUCUUAAAGUGUCUAUUUUGCUUCACAGCUUUAAAAUAACAGUGCAGCAGCAGCAGCCGUGUUAACCCUGAGAACAAAGUCAAGCACUAUUUCUCAUUCAGUGUUAAUGGAUUAUCUGCAGCAAUGAAAGGUGGUCACACCAAGAGAGAAGGCCCUGAUGCAAAGCUUAACUAUCAAGUCCACCCACAAAGUAAUUAACAUUCCACUUAUUUAUUUUGUUCAUGCUGAGGUCUAAACAGGGUGCAAAUUUCCAAGGUGGUGUGCAGAUGUAUUUUAUGUGAGAACCACAAUGAAAUGUCAAAAAAGCAUUUCCUCAUCAUCCAGAGGAUAUCACCACAGCUCACACAAGCGGAAGCUGCUGCUGUACUUUUAACUUGGCCUGGCCACCACCCCAUUUACCCUCCCUCUCCAUCUCGGUCAGACGCUACGUCAAGCUUGCCCUCUUUGAUAGGAUAAUUGAUGUUACGGGUCCUAUUUGCUCUGAUGUCCACGCUUUGAGUCCCAUCACACAAGAAAGGGUCUGCAUUGAUCCAGCAUUCAUAAACAGGCUGAUGGCUAAAACCACAAAAAAAGUUAAAUUACAAAUCAGUAAACAUGGAAUUGUACAUCAGAAAUGCAACUGACAUUGCUGAAAUGCAAUGUCAGGACACUAGUGAAGGACAGCAGACAUCAUCGAUCAGAGCAUAUAAAACAGUGCAGCGCUUGAUAGAUACUAUUGGGUGAAUGAAUAAACUAAUAAGGGUAAUGGAUCCAUUGGCUCAACAUCACUGUGUAGAAGACAGUUAAACAACUGUUCCCAAGCUCAUCAGAUUUUCCCACAAACUGCACACUUGGUCCAAACAUUUGUUUGAGACAUUCUCCAUUGGCAUUGUGUCUUAGCAUCUCUUCCUAAUUUCUAUUCUGUUUUCUCUCUAGUGUCAUUUCCUUUUUCUACCUUUGGAUGCUCUGCCAUUAAAUCAAAAGUCCAAUAAAUGUAAACUGACACUGGAAAGAUCCUCUAUGUUAUCUACAAUAUACUAUCAGAAAGUUGUGUUUUUUGUCAAAUUGCCCACAGGAAUCAGUGAAAUCACAAACAGUAUGCUCCUCUCAAUGGAUUCAUUUAAUAUGUUUGAUGUGUACGAUCAGUUUGUCACUGGAGUUGCCUUUGCUCCAUCAAGUUAACAUCCAUUUUAACCCACCAGAAUCCAGUAUUUGACACAUUCAGAGUGAUUAACAAGAAUGCUGCACAAAAAGUUGUUUGUACAAGUUGUUUGUAACAAAUCCAUUAUUCAACAAGAUGUUCUCAAACACAACUCAUUUCUUUUCUUCUUUGGCAUUUAUUAAAGACGGUAUGACUUCUGUAAGUCUUCUGUUGACUUGUCUGACCCAGUAAUUGUUGGAUGCUGGACCACAAAGCAGAGAGAGUUCAUCUGUUUGAGUCCCUAUGCUGGUUUAUAUCUAAGUGUGUAUUUUAUUUUUUAAGCACAAACAUGCACUUAUCUCCUGCAGGGAUUUAUAGAGGUGACUACUCGGACCUUAUGGUUAUUUAAGAUUGAGGUUAGAUAUGCAGUGAACAGUAUAUUAUUGCAGAUGAACCAAUGAUAUUAUUCCCAUUGCCGGGUUAUUCUGGCUGAGGAUUCAUCUUGUUAGAUAAGGUUAACCCUGUACCAGCUACUGGAGACUGAAGAGGACAUUUGUUAUUUUAAAAGUUCUUUUAGGACCAAAUUGGUUUCUGGUUAUUUUGAUGUUAUCGUCAGGCUCAGCAGUAUUGUCCUGGAUAAUAUAUGAUCUUUUUACACCAAACUCAGUGCUGUCAUUUCUUUGUUCACUGCACUGCCAGAAGAAAAGCCUCUCAUUUGGUUUCUUGAGUCUUUUGUUGAGAUACUAACGGUGUAUUCCAGUUGUACUUGGAUUUCCGAACUCUGAGAGAAUCGUCCGAACUCAGAAAGUCGGACGAUCCUCACCAAUCCCGACUUGACGACAACGUCAUAAUCCAAGAUGGCAGCACAGUGCAUCAACAGUAAAGAGUAACAGUGAAAGCUCUCGUAACAUACUAUUUAUUAGCUCUUCUGUUUUGUUUUUGUGAAAUCGAUAAGUGGUUAUUGUUGUACUGCCCAACAUCUAACUGUGAACACGGUGCUAUGGUGUUUGCAGGAGUAAAAUACUGUAUUAUGCGUUGUUUACAACUGGUAUAUCUAACAACAGCUGACAACAGCUAACAGUAGGCGUCCAUCUUGGUUUUCUGACUUGCUUACUGGAACGCCGUCAACUCGGGUGUCACGUCAUUUCCAGCUCUGACAUCCGACUUUGAAGGUAACUGGAACGCAGCAUAAGUUACGGAAAAGUAUUCCUCUGAUGUUGACUUUGACAUGACCCCCUUAACUUUGAUCCAGAUUUGUUGGGUCUGUCUUUGUGAGAAGUGAGGCCAAAUCCAUGAUUUCAGAUGCAUUUCAUGAAAUCAAGGAAAUCUAAAUUCCAAUUGAUUUGAAUAGAUUUGUUGUUCUAGCUUAAAUUACAGAGCAGGUUAUCAUAGAUAUCUAUUUCUAGAGUUUAAAAGUUAUUAGAUUGCUAGAAGGAAUCUGUCAGUACCACUUGUACUCCAAACAUACUACAAUCAGUUUCUGGAAAGUCAUGAUAUAACAUUACCUGUCAGUGAAAGAUGAUUCAUAAACUCCCCUUUAAACAUUAUUAUGUGCUCUUUCCAAUUAAAGACACACUGGAAAAGGAGCAAAGAAAUAGUGCAGAUGAAGUACAAAGUGAUCGGACUUUUAAUGGAUACAACACUGACUCCCGGGCUCAUGUGGAAAUGCAUCGUUGUGAUGUCUGACAUCUUAUUGGAAAAAGCUGAAAAUAAAGAUUAAAGCCCCUGGAACAUAUGCGUCCUCUGUAAGUCUGAGUUGCUGUGCUACUUACUUGAUACUUGUCUUAUGAGCUACCACAGAUGUGAAGCUUAAUCCUCAAUGUUUUUUUUAUUUUUUUUAAAUAUCAACCAAAUAUUACAGAAAAGCCUCUGAGUCAAUAUCCUCUUCAAGAAUCUGUAGACAGAGCUGCCUUUUCUAUAACAAAGUCAAGUAAUCCAAAAUUAUCAUUUUUAUUGCUGUAUUUUUUUGGUGCUCUAAAAUCUCUUUGAAUCUGUGAGGAUUAAUGUUUUUCAAAUGUCUUCAAUCGCUGACAUUUCCCACUGAUAUCACUGGGUUGUCUUACAGGUCUUUCUGUCUUAUUGCACGUCUGAAAAUAUGUUUAUUUACUUGCAGAAGACUUUGUUCAGCGUCCUUGUAAGAUCAACAUCUCCCUAGUUCUGAGUGUCUGCCUCUUUGCUUUCCUCUUUCAUCUUCAUCAAACCCUCCUCCCUUUUCCUGUGGAAGGAUCCUUGAUAGUUUUGACAACCCACCCUCUUGUGCAACAUUUGGAGUCUUCGCUGCUGUCUUACCGAGUUAAUUAAGGGUAAAUUUAGAGGGCUGGUUAAGGACCUGCUGCGCGUAGUUCAUACAGAUUAACCUCAUUUGCAGCAUCCAAAUAUUGUUUGCUAACACACACAUCCAAGCAGACACCAAAAAGACUCUAGCUCUAAUAUAGCAUGUUGUCUAAAGUGAAGUCAAAGGUUGCAGAAGUUUGUCUUCCUUCGCUGCUGUCUCACUUUGUAAUGUUGAUUUAACUUUGAAUCUGCUCUGUCAAUCUUCCUCCUUCCUCGCACCAUUUACAUUUUUAUUUGACACGCUUACAGACCAGCGCAUCUGUCACGAUGAUGCAACCUUGCAGAAACUUUUUCGGCAUGUUUAAAGCAUGGCGGCUGAAAUAUUAAUGCAUCAGGCAGCGUCUGACUUUAAUCAUUUUGGUUGUGGUGUUUUUUUUUAAAUGUGGGUCUGAUUGAUAUAACCCGUUGCAGGAAGUAUAAGCCUGGAAAUAUCACAUAAAUUCUGUUUGUGCUUGAUGUGUUUUUCCAAAACAGAGGAUGUUUUGAGGGUAGCGGGCUCAAACCUCAAGGUCUGGUUAUUGAAACAGUUUUGUUUUGGGGUGCAAAUACGCUAGAGCAACACCCUCAAAAUGUGCUAGUAUUUAUUGAAGGGAUCAUCAUGAAAAUAGUGAGGGCAUGCAUGUCCACCUCAGGUUUACUAUUAAUGUGAUCUUUGAGCUGCGGGGGAGCCAGUGGAGGGAUCCGAAAUGAGACGUUUUAUUUGAUCUGGUUUAGUCUCUUGUGGAAGAUAUAAAAUCCGUUUAUGAUUUCUCCUUGAGGCACUAAGUAAAAGGAUACCAGGACAGAUCCCUGCAGCAAAUAACAUGACAGAGAAGAUAGUUUAGAGACGCAGAUUCUGAUUGAAACAAUAAAAGACUGCAUGCUACGUGUUGCUGAUAUUCUGUGUCCCAAAAAAGAAAAGCCUGUUUUACAACCUUUCGCUGUCGGCAAACACUGUGGCAGAGCGGAUUAAUGGACUUUCUGGUAAAAUCUUUGAACAGUUACGGGACAAAGCAGAAAAGUUUCUGUUAAAAUCUGUUAAAAUAUGCACACAAAGUUAGAGUUCUUUUUGUGUUUGUAUUUAAUAUAAAGAGACAGUAUGAACGGAAGUGCUGUCAGUUCAUGAAAAGUUCUGAUUAGUUAUCUGAGAAGGAGGUUAAAAACAUUUGCACUUGCUGUGAAUUUAGUAGUUUUGUAAUAUUAUCACACAAUAUUUGAACAUAAACCCCCUUUUCAGUAAUAUUUGUGAUUUUUUUUAUAUUUUAAAUACUCGUCUCAAACGCUGAAGUGGCCCCCCACUGAGAUGACAGUGCCAGCAGUGGCCCCCAGCUCACUUGAGUUUGAGACCCCUGGUCUAUACAACCUAGGUGUUUGAGGGUGUACACUCGACUUAUUAUUUACUGUCUUAUUUAUUGAUGAAUUUUGUGUUGUAUUUUGUAUAUUGUAUUUUAAACCCCUAUAAUUUGUUUAUGGAUGUGCCUAGGGGAGGGUCUAAAGGGUAGUGAAGAAGUGCUUCGCUCACUCUGAGUGGGGUUUUUGGCCUAGUGGCAUCAACAAGUGAGCAAGUGUAAGUCCUUCUGAUAAUGUGCUGUAAAUAUGACAUUUAUUUGCCUAUUUUUUUGUUUUGUUUUGUUUCCUGCACUGUAAGCAUGUUUGCCACUGUUUGCUGUUUUUGGGGAGUUGGUGUGAAUAAAAACCCACCACACUGGAGUUUCAACUGCGGCAUCGUUUUUUUGUCCAGAACGAACCCGUGACGACCUACAUGGAGUUUUGGAGUUAAAUAAUUUUGCUCUGAGAAUUAACAGAGAAGUGAGAGAGUAUUUCUUCCACUGCUUCUCAAAAGACUUGGGUUUAGCCUUCGAUGUCCUGCCUUUCCGGCUCCUUUUCAAAGCCGUCUUCCUCUACGCGCUGUCAUGGUGCUUUUGCAAAGUGCUGCUGUAAUAAAGGCAGCCUGUUCCAACUGAUAUUUCUGAAAAGUUAAAGGCUGCCUUUGCUUUCAUACACGGUUCGAGCUUUGCUGAUCUUGUUAUCUGUCAGUCACCUUCAUUUAAAACACAGUUAACUGCUUCAGGAGGAGAUUUAACCUCAGCACAAUAGAAGCUCAAUCAAGAAGCUGGUGGGAUUGAAAGAGAGCAAUCAUGUCUUUUUUUUUCUUUCAUUUUUUGCAGACUGAGUUGUUUGGGUGUCUAGGAACGCAAAGAAAUCUCAUGUUGAGGUAAAAAUGGUAGCAGAAUUGGAUUUUCUUUGUGAUUAGGACAUUUUUGUCACAACACUAUACUUUGCUUUUUCCUUGCAGUCAGGAGUGCAUGAUUGUGACAUUUAUUGUCUGCUGUAUCAUCUUUAAAAUAACUGGAUUCAAGCCUUUAUAAGUCUUGUAAGAGGCCAAACAACUAUAAAACAUAUGAAGAGUUGUGUGGAGAGCUGUUGGUUCAGCGGGCAUCCUCAGUAAAGUAAAUUAGCCAGGUUUACACACGGCGGCAGAGACAUUUACUGUUGGAGCAAAGUUACGACCUAACUCCAUAAAAACAUAUCAUCAAGAACAGAAGUCUAAUGCAGUCUGACUGGACCAACAAACAGUCUUUCAUCGCUGACGAUCGGAGGUCUAUACAACAACAACAACUUAAAGAUUUAUGUCCUUGUUAAGAUAUUUAUACCCUGUGGCUAAAAGGUGCAGAUGGUAGAUUUCAGUCUGUCUUUUUGCAUUAAUAGAUUGAAUCGAGAGGACCUGUGGGGGAAAGGUUUCAGAAUUUUCUCAACUCUUUUAAUGCGAGAUAGACAGACUUUGGUUUUGAGUCGAAGGGAAGAGCUUGAUAUUGUAAAUGUUCAUUGUAUGAUUGCUCUAGGCUAAACAGAGAUGAUGUAUUCUGAGUCUGACCUCAAACAAAUUGAAAGCUGUUGUAAUUGUAAAUGUACUCUGACGUGAUUUUUUCCUUUCUGUUUUGGAUGGAUCAAUGAAGACGAGCAAAGUGGUUUUAGAGAAGAGCUUUUAUGAGGACAAGGAGAAAGUCUUUGUAUACAUCACAUCCCAGUGCUUUUUGGAUAAGACCCCUGUGCUUAAUUUAUCUUGGGAAUGGUUGGUUCCAAAUGAAGUUUGUUAAUGAAGUGAAUUCAUCCAAAAAAAAAGAAAGAAAAAGAAACCUGGAAUAUUAACGGUGCCUUUCAAGAUGUUUAAACUACUCAUGUCAUGAUAAGUUUAUGCAUCUUCAUACCAUCAAAAAUGCUGGGUUUUGAAUUGCGUACUGAUCACUGAAACACAAAUUGGGCACUCUACAACAAAAGGCUAAAAAGAUAUUGAUUAAGAUGGAUGGCAAGAAGAAGGAACACCGACACCUCAGGGAAGUCCUGAAAACAUGUGCGGACCCCAAGUGGGCCUUCAUCAAGUCAUCGAAGAAACAAGAAACAAACAGACAGAGAGAAGAGAACAACAAGUGUCAACAGGAGGCUGUGCUGAGUAUCCUCUUCAGCAUUUCUUGAGGUCUGUUGGUGAAGCUCUGAUUUCAGGUCCUCAAUCUCUUGAAAGUGGGACUUCUCCCCCUCAAAAGCCUCUUGAAGCAGAAGUUUACAUUUCUGCUCCUUUUUAUUGGAGACACUGUUCAGCCUUCAGCUCCAGGGUUUUCACCCAUGACGUCUUUCCAGAACAAGCCUAUGAUCCACUGCUGUUUUGACAUUUUGAUACACUACCAUAGUUUCGCCUCCAUGCACUAUUUGUAAGUCAUCUUGCUUGCCUGUCUGCUGGUGUACUACAUGUUUUUGUGUAAAGCCCUGAUCCUAAGUACAGCUGUUUGUUCUGUAGGGGCACCGUAGCUUUGGGUCACCGACCCAGCUCGAUCUGGGUGUUGCUCGCUCUGUCUGCUGAUGGGGUGAACUGUGCUGACCCUGUCGCCACAAUCUGAAGGAGGUGAGACCGCUGCAUGCUGAUGCCCUUCCUCUGUGACACUGAGUUGAGAAUGGACUAUUGUAACCCCUUUUUCCUGCAUUUGAAUGAAUGGACUCUGGGAGUUACUUUCUUUGCUUUGAUUAUGUUUUUGCUUUUGAUUACUUCUUUGUCCAUUUAAGUGAAUUUGCCAAUAGCUUUGUUUUUAGUUAGUUUCCAAUUGAAUGAGUUAUUGAAGUUGCUUAUUUUGGUCUAGUUAUCUAAAAUUAUUUUUGAGCAGCUUCAGUAGUUUGCGAUGAUUACUUAAUUAUCAUGUGUUUUCAGUUCCAUUAACCGUCUUUUCUCUUUUUCCUCCCUAUUUCAGUGGCUGAGAUCCUGGUGGUGGUGCUGGUGAUCUGGGUGGCAAUUCCCUCCUUUUGUUUGUUGUGUGCUGUGUGCCCCAGUUAAGUUAUUGCACAAGAGUGUGUGUGUGGGUUCUUGACAUGUUCCUGGGGUGUUUUCAAUUUGAUUUUCUCACAACUCUCCUGCACACCCUCCUGAGCGGCCUUCACCCAGCUCCAGCCUGUCCUUUCCCAUGUUCCAGGUACAGAGGGAAAUGAAGAGCCUUAAGGUCAGGUAGGCUCUGGGUCCAGAUGGCAUCAGAUCCAUGCUCCUCAGAUCCUGACCAGCUGUGUGGGAUUACAGCGCACCUUUACACCGUGAGCCUGAAGCUGGGGAAGGUGCAGCAGCUGUGCAAGACCUCCUGUGUAGUACCAGUGCCAAAGAUCUUUCACACCAAGACUUCAACUACUACAGGUUGGUGGCAGAUAAGUAAGAACAGGUUCUCAAGAUAUUUAACUUGUGCACACACAAUAAAAAAUUAUCACCUUAAAAAAAAUAAAUAAUAAUAAUAAUAAUAUUAAUAAUAAUAAUAAUAAAAUUUAAAAAAAUACAUUUUUAUCAUCAGUGGAAUCGAUUUUUUUUCCCUGAUAAGUUUGAAAUGUUUGAGUCAGUAGAUGAUUACUAUUAUAAUCACAACAUAACAAAUAACUGACAGAAAAAGCUUACAUUAAAUUACCAUGGAGACUGCUAAUUUAUCCAGCAAUGUCUAUUUCAAUGUGUGUGCCAUGUUUAAAUGUUUAUAUGUUAAAUUACAAUCAAGUGUGUCUCUAUUUUGGUUGGACUUCCAAACAAACACACACCCUCAGAACUUACCAGACAUUCCCAAAUGAAACUCCUCUGCUCCUUCAAACAUGUCAUGGAUGAUAAAAAACGAAACUGCUUCCACAAUAUGUGCUGACCAAAGAUUUAUUUUCUCACUGCAGGUCUGAAGGGUAGAGUGAUUUUCCUCAACAUCAUCCAAGUCUCUGGUGCCUUUUUGACAGCCUCUGAUUUCCUCGCGGCACCUUUACCUUGUCAGUCAAUCUGUCUCUCUCGCUCUCUUUUCCUCUCUGUCUGUUUGUUUUCUCUCCAGCGAUGGGGCUGCUCAGCUGCAGACUGCUGGAGAUGAUCAGCUCUUGAGCAGUAAUGGCCUAUUACAACUCAUUUAUCACAAAGAGUGUCACAUGGCUCCCAGCUAGUCCUGUCACUCAGUCCCCAUGAAUGAAGCCACAUAAUCUACAGAAAAAUGGUCAAUUCUUCAGUAGGAUAUUCGGACAUUAAAAAGGGAUAUUCCGGCGAAAAAUUGAGUUAUGGUCAAUCACACUGUGA